UUGUUCUAUUUAUUUAUAGAAAUUACAAAACAAGCUUAAGAAGAAAGAAAGAAAGAAAGAAAGAAAGAAAGAAAGAAAGAAAGAAAGAAAGAAAGAAAGAAAGACCAUCAGAACAGAACUUCACUUGUUUAUGGUUGGGCUUUGAGACACUUGUUCCGCAGUACAGAGGAAACACAGGAAGCUGAAAGGUGGAGUGGGUUGCACCAUUUCAGACUGUGUGUAUGGGGAGGGGACGACGACAAAUCUUCUUUCUGCAAAAACCUGCCAGAAUACAGAAAAGGAGCACAGCAGGGAGGAAAGAUCUACCCCAUCCCUUUGGUCACUGUGCUGUUUUGCUGUGUUUUCAACUGAAGCUGGGUUUUGAAUGCAGGAGAGCAGUCAAAAAUAUGACGACCCCCCCCCCUGUCCGGAAUGGCACAGCCCAUUCUCUUACCUCAGUUGCUGCAACCUGUUUAGGCCCCACCUGAGCUCACAUCUGAGCUCACCUGCAACCCCGCCCCCCCCAACUUCAUUCCCAAUUUACCUCUCCCUGCUUCCCGGAACCAGCGGCCCCCCCCCCCAUUUUUCUCUGGCUUUCAGUCUUAAGGAAGACAGAAAAGUUUUUGGGAAAUGUAGUCCUUGAACUCAGCACUCAUAAGGUCUCUUUGCAUUCAGAUUUGUCCUAAAAGCCUCAAGCUGGGCUAGGCCCUGACAGUCUCCAUUUUCCCCUCAAGCCACGAUUAACUGUAAGUACAUUUUAAUUUUCUGUGGUUUAUCCCACCAUUCCCCAAUUUACUGCUACCGUUCUCCCACUUUUGUCACACUUAAGAUUUUUAAUUUAUUAUUAUUAUUAUUGAUACAUUUAUUUACAUUUUACACAUUCUUAAAAAAAAUCUUUUUGGACAAAGUAAAGAUUUUUAGUUGCUUGUGGAAGCAGGCCCUGUGUUUCGUUUUGCUAUAAAUCACCUUUUACUGUGUGGUGGUUGUUGUUACAGUUAUUGUUUUUACCACCACCACCAAUUGCAACUGCUUACUUUUAGCAGGGUUGUGUUGAAUAUCAAUGUAGGCAAGUAAAUAAGGAACAUGAAAUCUUGAAUUUUCCCCAAUAUAUGUUGUAUUAUGUGUUAUUAUUAUUUCAUUUCUAUACCGCUUUAUAUUUUUAAGAAAAAUCUCAAAGCGGUUUACAGCAUAUUAAACAUCAAUAAAACAAUGCACAAUCAAACAUUUCUGAAGAAAGUCAAACAUAAAGUACACAGUCAAAGCAAAACAAUUAACAGGAAACCAAAAUACCAUCUCAAAGGUUUCAAAAUAAAAUAUUACAGUGGAGGUCAACUACAGAAUACAUAUUUAACACAAACAAAGUUAACAAAAAACAAAAACAAAAUCUUAAACAUUUCAAGGAAAACAUUGCUAAGUGAAGUCAAAUAUAAAAUGCACAUUUAAAACAGCAUAAUUAACAAGAACAAAAUAUUAUAAGCAUGACACGGCUGUUUGGCAGUAACAAAAAGAGGGGGCAAAAGAAUACAAUACAGUGGUACCUCGGGUUACAUACGCUUCAGGUUACAGACUCCGCUAACCCAGAAAUAUUACCUCGGGUUAAGAACUUUGCUUCAAGAUGAGAACAGAAAUCGUGCUCCAGCAGCGCGGCAGCAGCAGGAGGCCCCAUUAGCUAAAGUGGUGCUUCAGGUUAAGAACAGUUUCAGGUUAAGAACAGACCUCCAGAACGAAUUAAGUUCUUAACCUGAGGUACCACUGCAAUUAGGAUUUGUUGUCAGGCAUAGCAAUGUCCCUCCAGUCUCCCCAGGGGCCUCUGUAAUGGAGCUGGGUGAGUCUGGGCCCCGCCCUUUAAACCAGGUGGAAAGGCCUUGCAGGGAGUGGCCUUCACGACUCGUAGGCGGACGUUGUAAAUAUAUUGCAGGUAGGAUUCAGCUCCAGGUAGGAUGCAACUCCGUUAAAUAGAUUGAAUACUGACUUAAUGAGUAAGAUAGAAAUAUGAGGGCCUGGUAAAAACCCAGAAUUAUUUCUCCCAUCCCCCACAGUGCUUCAGAGACAAAACAAGAAAAAAAAGAAAAGAAAAUACAAUAUUGUCAAUACAUUAUUGAUUUAAUUUAUUUGAGAAAAAUUUUACACCGCUAACAUUAAGGGGGGAAAUAUGGUGGCGGACAGCAUAAAACUUACAAUAAAGUUGCAUUCAUAAAAGAAGUACAAAACACAUUAAAGUCGUUAUAGGUCUUAAUAACGAACAGGCACAAAGGAUUCGGGACAGAUUCUUGAAGAUUCUAAUUCCAUUUUCUUCGUGAGUGUAAACAUGCUUUUCCAAGGAGACUUGCUCCUCCUCCUGCUACUUAGAGCCCCACUGACCACUAUGAGUGGAACAGAGCAGGUGAGCAAGAGUGCUAGCCUGGUAGAGGGACAAAGUGUGUGGUGCAUAGUUUUGUCACAACUCGUGGCUGGAUCUAUUGCAGGGGUAAGCAGGAAUGAUUCCUCACUGGAUGACCCUCUUAAGGGAUCUUUGGUUGUCACUUCGAGGCCCCGGCCUGUUUGGGAGCUAACAUGCCUGCCGCACACCUAGGUUUCACAGAUGCUCAUGGUACUGGGCUACAUGUGAGCUUUCUGACACCCCUCAACAUUUUCCUACCAUGUAGGCAGUGUGGUUGUAUUGGUCACUAGUUAGCCUGUUUAUUUGGAUCCUCACCAUAUGCCACACCAAAAACUGUAAACUGCCUGAAACCAAUAAUAGUUGUGACCAUGUUAAACCUAUUUUUCAACAUUGAAAUACAGUGGUACCUUGGGUUAAGUACCUAAUUAGUUCUGGAGGUCAGUUCUUAACCUGAAACUGUUCUUAACCUGAAGCACCACUUUAGCUAAUGGGGCCUCCUGCUGCCGCCGCGCCGCCAGAGCCCAAUUUCUGUUCUUAUCCUGAAGCAAAGUUCUUAACCUGAAGCACUAUUUCUGGGUUAGCGGAGUGUGUAACCUGAAGCAUAUGUAACCCGAGGUACCACUGUAGAUGAUAUCCUGCCACACACUGCGGACAAGGGAGAACAUAGAACUUGAAGUAUGGCAGGUUUUUUCACUCUGAAGUAUAUACAUUUUUACUGAGAAACAAAUACCAUUGAUUUCAACUUACUUUCAAAUUAGGUACGCUCAGAAAUGUAGUUUUUAAUUUUGGUCACGUUUGCAGCGUUUGCAUUUUUUCCCCAGAGCAGCUGAAUUUAUUGUAGUUCAUUGUGUUGUCUGUUGCUGCUGCUGUGGUUGCCUUAAACUUUUUUAUUAUAAGCAUGCAGUCAGUGCCUGCCCUCUUUUAUUGGACAGGUUGAAGGAUGAACGGAGAAGCAAUUGCUUUUUAUUAAUUGUGUCAAUAUCAACAAAAAUAAAGUAGGAUUUUCUCAAACAGAGUGUUGGAUCUACGUGUCACACAUCUACUACUGUUACGCAGAUGCCUUCCAAUCUUUUUGCUAUAUUCUUUGCUACCUGCAUAUACUGACUGCUAUGUUCUCCACUGCCUUGGUGUUUACUUACAUACUUACAGUUUAAUUACCUUUUCAGUUGAUCUACUCUGGUACAUAUGUGACAAGCAACACAGAUAAGCAUUCAGAAACAUGUAUCUGAUUUAAAUCCUUGUCCAUUCCAGUCAUAAAUUCUUGCUUUAAAAAAACAAACAAACACAUCAAACCAUUCAUAUUUCCCACCACAGCUAGAGCAGUGGGAUCUUGCAUAUCGCUUGUCCUCUGAAUGACUAAUUGCAAGGCUGUAAUUGUAAAUAAGUAUUUUAAUUUACUAUAAUGAAGAUAAAUCUGAUUUUUCCCCUCCCAUACCUCCUCAAAAUAUUUGUCUGGAAAAAUUCUAACUUGAUACACAGUUUGACAAGUUGACCUCUAGUGGUAUUUAGUAUUUGAACUCUGACAGUAUGUUAACGUUGACAUCUGUAUAGCAUUUUGGUAUUUUUUUUCACCUGAGAAAAAACAGGAUGUUAAAAAAGUUACUAUAUCAGAAUUUGAAUUGUGCAGUCAGUCAGUCAGUCAGUCAGUCUAGUCUCUCUUUCAGUUAGCUGUGAAGUCAUUUUUUUAAAAAGUUAAAUUGAAAUUUGUCAAGUUUUCAAAAUUUUCUCUUAAUUCUGUGUGAGAGACAGGAUUUAUUUAUUUAUGGAGUCUUGAACUUCCAACAUUGUUGCAGUUUUUGAUAAGGUAAAUGGACUGUACAAAUUAUUCUCAGUAAUUCAGCCCUUUCUCAUUCCACCCCCCAUGCCACAGUCUGUUAUUCCAGAUGCAAGCACCAUAUUGCAUAACUUACUUAAUUACACGAUUACAUGUUUGCGGAAUUGUUGAUUUUGCAUUCAGUAGCUAUGGCAUCAGUAAUACAGUUAUGAAUGCUUACUGAAAUCUGAUCAUGGGCACAUCUUUUUGGAACCACAUCUCAGAGUUCAGUUAAACUUACAGCUUAGAAAGGUUGGAUACUGAGGAACAAGUCCCAUUAAACUCAGUUGAACUUAUUUCUGAACAAACAUGCAUAAUAAUAAACUGCAUGUGUGCGUUUUUUUUCUUUCCAAAAUAUAACCCAAAACCUUUAGCAUUGUGUCUUUGUAUGAUGGUUUACAUGAGACUGCAUUUUUUUACUCUUUAUUUGAGACACUUUAUUGGUGCACUAGCAAAUAUUUUAAAAUAUUUCAAGUUCCUUCUGCAGUGUGACAGUUUUUGAAUCUCCAUGGACUAUAUGUCAUUGCGGUUUGUUUCAUGUUGUUUUUAAAAGCGAUAUUAAUAUGUAGUAUAUCAGAUAUUUAUACUGAUAGAAUAAUAGAGUAGAUUUUCCCUAGCUUAAUAUAGACCGUAUCUUGUCGGUUUUCUUUUAAUUGUCAAAUAAUUCUGUGUACAUUGCAGCAGCCUUUGGCUAUGUGCAAUAAAACUGACUGAGACUGAGACUAUAUAGAUUGCCAAAGCUAGUGGUGAGUUCUGUUUUGUGAAAUCAUUUUCUAAAAGAUGAGAACUGGAAGCUGAUAGCAACUUUACAAAGCAGAAGUGGAACAGAAUAUGUACACUUAAAGAAUAAAUGUGAGAAGUGGAUCAUAGAACCAUAGAAUAGUAGAGUUGGAAGGGACCCUGAGUGUCAUCUAGUCCAGCCCCCUGCAAUGCAGGAAUCUCAACUAAAGCAUCAAUGGCAGAUGGCCAACCAACCUCUACUUAAAAACUCCAAUGAAGGAUUGUCCACAACCUCCCAAGGGAUUCUGUUCUACUGUUGAACAGCUCUUACUAUCAGAAAGUUCUUCCUGAUGUUUAGUUGGAAUCUCCUUAAGCAUUAAAUCAAAGAUUUGGAGAAUGAAAUUAAAAUGCAGCUUAAACAUAUGGAGGUUUUAGGUUCCUCUGGUUACGUACUUAAUUGGUUCCCGAGGUCCAUUCUUAACCUGAAACUGUUCUUCACCUAAAGCACCACUUUAGCUAAUGGGGCCUCCCGCUGCUGCCACGCCGCCGCUGCACUAUUUCUGUUCUCAUCCUGAAGCAAAGUUCUUAACCCGAGGUACUAUUUCUGGGUUUGUGGAGUCUGUAACCUGAAGCGUAUGUAACCCGAGGUACCACUGUAUUGUGCUGUGUGAGAUAGGAACAGGAUUGCUGACAAGUAUGCUCGAGUUCCAGAUUGAAGUGGGGGUGAAAAGAGGUCAAAGUCCAAAAAGUAGAAAGGAAAAGCAAACAGAGGAGAUAGUAAGGGGAGGCAAAUGUGUGUUACGGUGCAAAGGGGAAAAGAGAAUGAAUUCGUAAGAAGUAACAUUGUUAGCUGAAGGUAAGCAAAAUCUGUUUCAGAGGGACACAGCACACAUUAAUUUUCAUCUAAUUUAAGAUUACUAGAAGAAUCAGUGGUUCAGUAAAACUGAUAUUAUUCUUGGUGCCAAUUGCAAAAGGUCUUGUAACUAGUAGUAGUCACAGUAUUUAAUUAAUGCAAGGGAAAGUUAUUCAUUGUUAUAAAAUCUAGUGUGUAUUCUAGCCAAAGUUAGGCCUUUUAAAGUAAUAUCAAUAGUGGUGUAGAAAUGCAUGUAUACUUCAAUCUCCCACUGAAAUGAAAGGACGACUUAAAAGUGCUUAACUUUUGACUUGGGUCACUACCCUAAUUGUUAUUCUACAAGUAAAAUAUUUCCCUUAUUGGUUUCCUAAAGUUUAGACUUGUUUAGACUUUAGCUGUUGUUGUUUAGUCGUUUAGUUGUGUCCUACUCUUCGUGACCCCAUGGACCAGAGCAUGCCAGGCACUCCUGUCUUCCACUGCCUCCCGCAGUUUGGUCAAACUCAAUCCAUAGUAUUUAAUUGAUUUUCAUUUUAGUUAUUUUAUUACACUUCAUAAUUCUUAUAUUAAAUUGAAUAUUUUCCAUUUUUCCACUUAGAUGCAGGACUUGUGCAUUUACUGCUCUAUUUAUGUCAAAAUUUAAUAUAACUUAAGUAUCCAGAGUUAAUGAAAAUCACUGUUCAGGCACAUUGACUGCACUAGAGAUGCAGAAGUAUUUUAAAAAACAAAACAAAACAAAACAAAACCCCCCAGAAUGCUGGCUGACUGUUGAUAAGAGGAUAAUUGGAAAACCAGGGGAUAGGGAUCAAAUGGAAUAUGCUCAGACAACAUGGCUGGCUGACUGGCACAAUGCAAGAUUUUUUUCUGCAAGCACCAGUUGUAAUCCGGGCCUAGCUGGUACCUAUUAGGGCUGUUCUUAUUUUAGGCACAAAAAUAAAAUGAAUUAAUGCUGUUUCUCUCUCACACUCUCUCCAAACUAUAAUUCCGUGGAAGAACCACAUUAUCUGGUUCUUCAUCUCUAGUGAUAAGGUGCCAUUUAGCUUCUAGCUUUCAUAUCUCAGUUUCUAACACUGGUUAGGCUGAGAGGCAUUGACUGGCUCAAGGUUACCCAUUGAGCUUCAUGGCCAACUUGGGUGAUUUGAGCCCUGGUUUCCCAAGUCCUAGUCUGAUAUUCUAACCACUGUACCAUACUAGCUCUCAUGAUGUGAAUGAAACUGCCUCAUACUGAAUAUUUGUAUGAUUUUUGUACAAUUGUUGGGUAUGAGGGAAAUGCAUUUAAAUAUUGUAUGUGCCAGCUCCAUCCCAUUGUCAUCUGGUUCUGAAUAGCUGUUUUGAAUAGUGUUUUGGCCCAUGGCGCACAAUGACCUUGUUCACACAUAGCACUAUGCCAGACUAUGUCCUACCAAAAACAAGCACAAGGAGAAAAUUUCAGCUGCUUCGUUCUUUCCCCACUUAUGCUGUUUCCAUACUACUCAGAGCUAAGUCAUGAUUUGGCUUAGCAUUAUCCUAACCCAGACUCACGGUUUGCUUUCCCCCAACAAACCACAAGUAGUUAACCAAGAGCAAAUCUUAGCUACAGCAUGGUUUGUUUGAAGCGAGACAAACCACUAGCCCAGGUUUGCACAUAGCACUGAGCCAUACCAUGGCCUAGCUUCUGGUAGUGCAGCAGGAGCAGGGGAGAAGCAAAGUGGUCGUGACUUUCUCUUUCUGUACCAGCCCACUUGCUCGCUUAUGGUAAGCUAUAGUUUGGCUUUGUGUUAUGUGAAAAACAGGCCAAGGCUUUUGAUCAGUUUUCCAGAUGCUGCGCUCAAUUGUGUCUGAUAGUACAAAUGAGGCUGUAUUUUGAAGCAUUCUGUGGGCAAUGAUGGAGGAAGAAUAAUUCUCUUGCUCAAUUGUGGAACUUAGGUGAAUAGCAAAUUAUGUUUUGAAGGUGACCAAGUGGUGCUCUUCUAUUAAUUAGGAUAAGUAAUUAAUUAGUAAUCAGUACUUACUUUAAUUAGUAACAAAUGGAUUCUGUGCUGCAGAAAAAGCUUGUUUCAUAGUGGAUGUAGGCUGAUUCAUCACCUACCACCAAAUGAAUGACUAAUUCAUUAUUUGCAUUAAUCAAUGGAAGUGGCUAAGUUUUGAAUAAACCUUUUGAAAGCCACUAUCUGGCCACUUUCCACAUAAAAAUGGCUUUUCAUUAGGGCCUCAAAUUUGAGCAUGCAGAAAUAUGUAAAAGAAAAUAUUUCUGUCUUGUAGCUUUUGUUUGAACUUUUUUUUUUUUUAACUGAAACAUGAAGGUAGUGAAGACACUAUGAGUGGUGACCACUUUGAAUGCUCCAAUUGCCAGAUUUGUGCUCAAUACAAUUUUAGUCAACUAGAAUGUUGUCUGAGUUAAGACAAGUGGAAUCAGGAUAAGACUGGAAAUAGAAAAUAGGAAGGCAAGAGGGUACAAUAAUGAGGCCUGGGGAGAUGCUGAAACUAAAUAAAACUAAAUAAAAAAUACUACAGAAACCAUUUUGAAUAUGUGAUUGUGUUUUUCACUUUCAGUAGGGAUCUCAUCUGUACCUUGCAUUGAGCUUCUUUCUGCCACACAGAAAGAAUCACGCUAGUUCAUCAAGAUGUGUUUUCCAGUGAUGCAGACAAUCUGAUAAAUGCAGAUGGAGGCUAGAAACUGAAUCUGGCUCUAUAGGAAAUCUUGGUGUCAGUGAAAAGGAAUUUUAGGGGACAACUGUUUAGAUUUUAUAUCCUUGUGGUUUGUGAGAAAACAGCUUUUCUCCGGCAGAGGCCUAUUCAACUGAAAUUUCCUCUUGCACUAUUUCUUUAGUGCCUAGUCUGCCUAUUCCAGUCGUGCCUCCCAAGCUAAAAACUUGCACAUCCACAUCAAGAAGCUAAAGGAGCCAAAAGAUUGCUCAGGCUUGAAAAUGCAAGUUUAAAUGUGGCAAUGCACCUGCCAUUUUCAGGAGCACAGAUUGUAGAAACAAUAAUGCUGCCUGCGGCUUUCUGAUUCUGCAAGUUUGAAUGACACUAUAGAAUUUGUUACUGCUAUUGGAGCAGUGGUAGAAAACAGAAGUUGCUGAUGUAGCUCUAUAGAGAAAGCAUUGUAUUUAAAACUAAUGGCUUUAGGGCUACAGCAAUAUGCUGCCUUGAAAAAUGCUGGAAUUGAGAACUUCUCACUCUUUCCUUACACUCCCAAGUAUUUCACUUUUUAAAGCUGGAAGGCUGUACCUCAGCAGACAUAACUAUAAUCUUUGCAUCAGACACUAGCCAACAGAAUCUAAAUGAAAAUAUUUUCUCCCUUUUCAUUUUUAGAGUGAGAAAUGGAUCUGUCUUCUUAUGCCUCGCCGGCAGCCAUUAUAGAAACCGUUGCGUCACAGCUAGCAUGCAGUCCAGUGGAUAAGGAAGUUGCUGUUCAGUUAGAUGAAGAAGAUGAACUAAAACACCUGCGUGCAUGUUUUCAUAUUCCCAGAGUGAAGGAUCUGCCUCCAAGUAAGAACCACAGUUAUACCAAGGUGGCUUUGUAUCUCCUUGCAUAUGUUUAUUGCAAAUCUGCAGGAAGCCUUGCUGCCUAAAGGAUAAAUGGAGGGAUUGGUGCCACAUCUUUGAUCACAGCAUGUCCCCUGCGUUGUAAAAUCAGCAUCUCAAGUUGAGUGCCUUAUAUGCUCUCAUUCCCAUUCUGAUUAGAAUGGAAGAAUACAAUACAGCACUUAUGCCGUGCUUAGGCUGUCACUCAGUCUCUUUCAACAAUAUAGUGACUGAUUGAAAAUUAUAGGCAGGAGUGUUUUUUAAUGGAUUUGAGCUACUUUGCCUCCAGGUGCUUAUUGCCAAAGAAGCUACUACUUUGGGCAUUCAGGAAAGUUUUGCACUAUCAGUUUUUUAUGGUUGAUUGGAAUCCACUGGGGAGGCCUCUGGCACAAACCUCAUUUGGAAGGAGCAGGAACAACACACUUGGCAGGAGGUUAUUUUGGCACUAUAAGAGGCCUCAUACCAGGUAUGAGGGUUACAAUGUUGUUUGAGUUGAUAAAUAAGUUAAAUUAAUUGACAAAAUAUUCUGAUCAGUUAAACCAAUGUCCCUGAUUAAUUGGACAGCUGGUUUUAAUGUCACAGCAAUCACCAUCUCAUGACACGCUGCUUUUGUUAUACACAGGUGAGAAUACUGCUUCUGAGAUGGCUAAUGCUGCUACUGUUGCAUAUAUUGCCUAAAUUCAAAUUUGGAAAUACCAUAUUUUUCAUCUAUAAGACGCCUCCACGUAUAAGAUACCCCCUAUUUUGGGGGACUCAGAUUUAAGAAAAUGGGGGGAGACAGCUCCGUGUAUAAGAUCCCCCCUAAUUUUUGACAUUAUUUUUAAGGGGGAAAGCCUAGUCUUAUACAUAGGAAAAUAUGGUAUUUUUUAUUCAUAUGUGUUAGUUGCCCAAAUCCGGUUUGAAGUCCAUAUCGUGAUAUUGGUUUCAUAUUUUUUGACCUGGCAAUAUAUCACAAAUCAUGGGGAGUGUGCGUGUGCAUGCUAUGCAAAAAUCACAAUGUGGGGAAAAACUCUGAAGCCAGCCAAUGCCUCUCUAUAUAGUAGCUCCAUUCUUAUUUCAGACAUUGUGAUAUAUUGGUAUAUUGUGAUGUUUAGCUGGUGAUAUAUUGCAGUGUUGAAAACCAGGUUAUGCCCCUGUCGUAAUAUGUGUGUGUAUAUGUUUUCAAGUAAUAUAUUAAAACUCAUAUAAUUCAUUGGCUAAGAUUUCUUUAUUCAGGUUGCAACUCUUCUUGUUUUAGGAGAUGUGCUUCUGAUGUGAAAAAGUAGCCAAUUCAACAUAAUACAAUGAAAUCUUUUUUUAAAAAAAAAAGCAUGCAAGAAAGGAAGGAAGGAAGGAAGGAAGGAAGGAAGGAAAAGGGGAGAGGAAUAUAUUGAAUAAUUUUUUAGCCAAUCCAUGACCCGAAAUAUGAACCAUGUCUCCUUAACUCUGUUCCAUUACAUUCAAUAGGAGUAGAUUUAUGAGAUUUCAGGUGCAAAGUCCAAGGAUGUGUAGGGGAAUUCACCACAUCUGGGACUGCAGCAGGAAAUUGGGUUUUCCCUCAUCUUUUAUUUCUACCCAGAAUCCAUAGGCUGAACUACCUGCUUUGGCAGCAGGGGAUUGUACUGAAUGAUAACUCUGUCAGCUCAUGUGAUCUCUGGCUGCUAAACCAGCCCAGCCCUGUCUUAGAAACAGCCAUGGGGAAUUUCUGAGCCUGGGAUGGGCAACCCCCUGCAAGCUUUGCUGGCCUCGGAGAGCUCUCCUGGCCCUACAAAGCACAUGUCAGCCAGGGAAGCCAACAAUUUUUGUGUGUCAGAUUUUAAUUUGAGCCAGAGAAGAAUUCAGGGGCUUGUAAAGCUUAUAUUUGCUUUGAGUUCAGUUUUAACAAGUCCCUAAAGUUAUUCUGCUGUGCCUGGAAAAGGAAAACUUCACUAGGAUAUCUGUUAAAAAGUAAUGAAGUUUAUGGUGAUAAAGUUUUAAAGGUUCUUAAGCUAAAGGUGCUUGAGCCAAAAGUAAAUCUGGCCAAGGAAUCUAUAAUGAAUGCUCCCUUUCUCUUUUUAAAGGAUUCUUCAGAUUCCCCAUUUAUGAACUAUUUUCAAAUCAGUAUUUUCUCAGUUAUUUUUUCAGAAUUAUUCACUAACUGAUAUAUAUAUAGCAAUUGAAAGAUCUUAUUUUCCAUUCUGCCUUUGAAAUACCUUUUAAAUAAUUCUUAUUAAUGAUUUUGGCAGGCAGUCUAGUUUGGGAAUAGAUAGCUACUGAAAAUGUAAAAAACAUACAUAAUAUACAAAGUCACAUGACAUUUAUCCAGUCUCCUAAUUGAAGGUUGAUAUUCAGGGGCGGGGAGGGAGGUCUGUCCCAAACACUCAAAUAUACAUUUGCAACCCUUCUUUAUGAGCAUUCUGCAGUGUUUAUUUCAUAAUUAAGCAAGCAGACUGGCUAGAAAUCCCCACCUUUCAUCCUUGUGUUUGUGACAGCUAAUCAAUUUUGUGGUAAUUUUCUCAGUCUGAAGUCCAAAAUAAGCACUGUGGAGCAACUCUGAAUUCAUGUUGUGGUUGUGAGUGUGGAUUGUGAAUCAUGGGAACUUCUCUCUCUGUGUAAGCAUGUAAAAUAUUCUCUCUCUCUAUUUGUUCACUUGAUUUCCCAUGUUUUUUAAAAAUGUGGGAUCAAGGUGUGAGUGUUCAGGAUACUGGUGAUUUUCUUUUUAAACAACAAUCUACUAAACUAGAACAUUGAAUUGUACAACAGAUCUAUGCAGCUUGGUGUUACUGCCUAUGAAAGUGUUGUCUGCUGUGUUUAAAGAUAUCAAGAUCUGACCUUUAUUCUGAAGCAUGUGUUUUUUGAAAAAACCAUACACCAUCCUAAUAUCUUUUAUGUGCUUAAAAUAGAACCAUCAUUUACAGAAAGUAAUCCGUUCUGGGGGUGUGUUUUUUUAGUCAGUCUACCAUAAAUUAGAUAAUUAGGCAGCUUGAUUGAUUGGACAUCUUUAAUGGCUUUGUGUUAGCUUACCAGUGGCACUUAGCAAAACACCAGUCUAAGGCUUCCAGUCAUUAAGCAGGCUAAAAAAGAUGAACAGAAUAUAUCAUAAUGGAAGAUCUUGAAAUUGUUGUAUAAUCCAUGAAAGUAAUCAAUACAUCAAAAAGGCCAGGGUGUAGUAAACAGAAAGGUGAUGAUUUCAGGUAAGAUAAUAAGGACAUAAGAAGAGCCUGCUGGAUCAGGCCAGUAACCCAUCUAGUCCAGCAUCCUGUUCUCACAGUGGCCAAAGCUGUGCAAAACCUGCAAGCAGGAUUCGAGCACAAGAGCACGCUUCCCUCCUUUGGUUUACAGCAACUAGAGCUCAAAACUUUGUAGCUUUCUAUUUAUUUGUUUACAUGACUUGUAUCCUGCAACUUCUGCAUAAAUUUAUGCUCCUUGGGUGGCUAACAAGAUAGUUAAGAAACAAAAAAGUACAGUUAACAAUAACAAUCAUCUUUUUAAAGAAACCAACCAACCCAAAAAAGCAACAGUCUAUUCAAAUAGACAGUAAAAUCAAACUGCUCUGAGGGUGCCUUCACAGUGUCAUUAUUUUGCAGGAAAGAUUCAGUCGCCUACCAGAUCUUUAGUUUUGUACUUUUAAAGCCCCCACAUAAACCUUCUGCCCUAGCCAACAUAAGCAGAUGGGCUUGGGCUGUAGCAGUGGCUACGUCACUCCUUUUGGCCCUGUUGCUUUCCAGCUGGAAGUUAAGAUUGCUCCCUUUAGCUGUCACUAAUGCCAGUUACAGAUCUAAAUAAUAGUUGGGGUAAACAUAAUUUACAUGGUGUGUACAAGCAUGAGUGAUCUUGCUUGACAUUUAUCUGUGCACCAAAUGGAUCUUGGAUGUCUCACUCAUGAAGCUAAAAGAGAUAAUCCAAGUUCUUUAUAUAUUUACAUAAAACAUUGCACAGCAUUGUCUUGAAAGCAGGGUAGAGCAAAUCCUAUAAAGCAGGUAUGCCAUUUAAAAGGGGGAGGGGAGAAGCUUAUAAACUAUAUAUUAAUCUUGUCUAAGUUUUAGUAACAGCUUGUUUUACGUAGUCAUGACAUAAAUCAAGAGAGAAGCUGCCAAAGGGUUUUUUUUGCAUUCCACUUCUUUCUGCAGUUUAAGGUGGCAGAGAUUUAGCCAUUGUAAUCAAGAAAUGUGCAAGGGAAAAUACAACAGACCUAUUUUUAAAAUGUUCUGUCCAGUACUUGUUAAAGCACUUGAUUGCCACAUAUUUUGUCUGCCUUCACAUCAUUUGUGUAGAUAAAAAAAUUAACCAAGACACCCGGAUGUAGAUGUGCUUCUGUAUGUUGAAACAGAUUUCUACAUUUAGAUAUCUUGCAGUUUGUCUCAAUUUGUGCAGAAGUGAGUUGUGUAAGAGAUACUACCCUCUCACACAAACAUACAUCUUGUCCUCAAACCUCAGUGUUGAAACUCCAGUAGUAUCAUUUCAACUUCUUCUAAGCAGGUAAUAAGCAACCUUUGUUUAAUUGGCAGGGAGAUGGUGGUAGGGAGGGUUUUUCUUUAAAAUAGUUUUUCCUAAUGUUGCUUUGAGUCACGGAAGUCUAAUGUAAACAUGAGUCAACAAUAAGUUACUGUACCGAAUGUCAUUUUGGAAUUGUAUUAAAAGGAACAGAUUCAGAAUGAAACCAGUCUCCAUAUUUCCAGCUAGACUGUCUUGAUUGGUAAGUGUCAGGGACUGGGCAGAGGAGGAAUGAUGGAGACCGCCUCCCCAUCCUGACCCUUCCAGGGAGGAGGAAGAGGAAGACAGUAUAGAUUAACAACAGGGGUUUGAGGUAGGUCACAGCUCAGAGGCAGAUGAGGGGGGAAGUUGGGAAAUCAUAGGAGAGCCAGCGCAGCACCUGGCUGACACAUUGUCAUUAGAAAGUGUUCCAGACCCACCAUCUCCCAGAACCUGGUGAGUCUUAAAAGUAGGAGAGCAAAGAGCUUGAAGACAGGGCACUUAGCAGCAACCGUAGAGGAGGUGAUGAUGGUGACGAAUGAGGAAGUGGGAGAGAGGGCCCCCCGGAAAUUUACUUGAGACAAUGGCAUUAUCCAAGAGGCUGGGUUCUAUAGCCUCUCUCUGUAAAUAUUGUAAUAAAAAAGGACUGUAAGAAACUUUUAACUCAGAAACUUUGUUGCUGGAACACAGCUCUCACCAUCCCUAGUCAUUGCCCAUGCUUGCUGAUGCAGGUGUGAGUUGUAAUUCAGCAAUAUGUGGAGGGCCAAAGGUUCCCCACAUCUACUCUAACUAAUCUUAUUUUUCAUCUGCUAAUCUUUAUAACUUCCCCAGCUUCUUUGUUACGCUCACACAAACAUAUACAUAGUCAAGGUAUGAUCUCACUCACAAAGUGGACCAAGCAAUCAGUGCUGUUUCUCCUCUAGAAUUAUUAAACCCUAUUCACCACUUAGAGGUUACGUCUUCAGAAGAAAUAUUAGAGGAGCUAAUAUCAUGAGCACACUGAAGUCCAGACAAGAGGAGAAGUAGUACUGCAAAGCAAGGAUCUAUUUAGUGAAAGUGAGGUGCUGUGAAUGAUGGACUGUAGUGGUGUUUAGAUAGAAAAAAUGUAAGUUGAUUCGAAGUGGAAUGAGCAAGCAAAAUGGUGUAAAUCUGGACUUAAAAGGGUUGAGUCCAUCUAAAUUGUUGUGCACGUGGAAUGAUAUCUGCAAGUAAAAGGUCACCCCAACAUGCUUCUUGUGGACUGUUGUGGAAAACCCAGAGCACAUUGUGCAUGUGUGUGUUGUGUGUGUGCACAUUUGCACGGGAGGAGGAGAGGGAGGGAAAGUUCUGUUACGCUCAUGGAAAUGGAUCCGUGCUACAGUGAUUUGGUUGCAUACCACACCCAGUUAAGAAAAUAUCAGUAAGUAGCAAUCUAGUAUUGUGCGCCAAUGAUCAGGAACAAUGGUUUUGUAUAUUUAAAAACCUUUAAAACUGCCUUAUAUAUUAAGCUCUAAAUGGUAUAGAAGGAGCAGAUGAAAACAUACCUUAACAUUGCCUGUUCUAAUGCUUGACUGGAUUUCAAUAAAUCCUUCUGAAAAUUGCUCAAAGACAAUAAUAAUAAUAAUAAUAAUAAUAAUAAUAAUAACAACAACAACAACAAUAAUAAUAAUAAUAAUAGUUUUAUUAUUAUUUGUACCCCACCAAUCUGACUGGGUUGCCCCAGUCACAAAUAAAAUGCUUGCUUCCUCUAAUCUCAAUGAGACUCCGUUAUUGUUCUUCAGAAUAACAAAGGCCUGUGAACAGAACCAAUUUGGAAGUGUGAAUAAUAUUUACACCUCUGUUAUUGCUCAUUUUAAAAAGGAUGCUGAUGAAAACAAGGAGAGCGUCAGUAAUAUAGAUUAGAUUGAAACUGGUUUUGUGAUUUAGGCUUUUUAAAAGCCUUUAAAGCUUUAAUUAAGAAGUUAUCUUCGUUGUCUCUUACGCCUGGAAAAUGUAUUAGUGGUUGAGUUCAAAGUAGUAUCUUUAAAAUGUAGUUUGAGUAUCUUUGUGGUUUAAUGUUUCCCUAUAGCCCUAAAAUGAAAUUGCCUCAGACAAAUGUAAACUUAUUCUUCUUUAUAUAAUGUUAGAAGUGUUUAUGUAAAUUUUAAUGCAUUUGCUCAAGCUGCUGACUAGUAUACAUUCUUGCACAAGCUAUUGAUGACUGAGACAUGCAAAAAUGAGCACUGUUCCUUAUGACCCUUGGCAGGAAACAGUAGCAUAUAGAAUGAAAGGUGAUGAAAAGGGCUAAUCGCCCGUUUUAUCAUUUACAGGCAUAAUAGCUUGCGUUUCCCCUACAGAGCAGAAAACAUUUUCAACAGAUAUUUUCCUCCUUCACAAGUGAACUGCGCUUGCCCACAUUUCAUCUUGGCAACUUAUGAAAGUCUAAAGAAAUACUUAAAUUUUUAAUAUACGUAUUUCCAGCUUAGGGAAUAUUUUGCAUUAUCCAUCAAAAAAGAUGAGUGUUAUCCAACAUUAGGCAUGCUCAGAGUAGACUCAUUGAACUCAGUGGACUUAAGUAACUUAAAUACAUUAAAAUGAAUAUAUCUGAAUACAACUUACUUGGAUAUUGCCCUAUAUUUUUAGUUAAAUUUUUAGAGGACUAGUGCUACAGCCAUAUACAUGUUUGCUUCUCGCUGGAUCAUCACCUUGUCAUGGUAAGUGGGCUUGCAUGUUCCUAUGAUCCUUGUGAGCGAAGCCGUUGGGAGUCUCAUAUUUCCAGUAGGGUCACCCAAGACAGUAAGGUCAAGGGGCAGGAGCUAGACAAAGAAUGAUCCAAGAAGUCCUCAAUAGCAGAACAGGCAGAAGAUAACAAGCGGUAUGUUACAAGAGCUGUGAAGGCAGAUGAAGGCUGCAGCAGAUAAGAAUCUACUGGUCGUCGUGAUAUUCAUGCCAUCGGAAUAGAGCCAUACCGUGAAGAAUCUGCGUUGGUCAGCGAGCACUGAUCUACACACAUCAAGCAAAUUCAUGCAUAGGCGUCUUCCAAAAACCCAUCCCAAACCAAAAAAGUCUCAUGGUGAUCGGCAAAUGGUAACGGGGGCAGAACCGUGAAAUCUGGAACCCUAGUCAGGGACCUGCGCAUGAGUGGUGGAUACAGAUUAAUUUGUUCUGACUCGAGGAAUGAGGCAAUUGAGUAGCUUGGCAGCUGUAUCCACAACUGAGCAGUCCUAUUUAGGAUCUACUCUGCUCACCCCCAAAAGGGGAAGGGGCUAGAAAAGGUGCCCUAAACAUAGUCUGCCUCCCUUUUUCCCUGAAUGGAUAACAAUGGCUCUCAAAGUGAACCAUUCACAGUGGCAUCAGGUGUUAAACAGGGAUGUGUUAUCUUCAUUGAUGUUUGGACGCCUGACACCAUUUCAAAUCAUGAUGAUGGACUUGACUUUGGCAUGACGACUCCAAACUCUCAAAUUGCACUAUCCAUUUAAAAAUCAUAGCAUUUUUUGGUUUCUACAAAUUUCUGAGCCGCACAAGACUCCCCCCGCUACUAGAAUAAAUGAUACAGAGGGACCACUUCAAAACAUUUAUUUAUUUUUUGCUUAAAAUUUGGAAUUAAAGUUCACUGUUGCAAAUACAUCCCUGUAAACAAAAGAUAGAAAUGUGAAAUCAUAUGCUAGUGUAUAGUAUUCCUUUCCUUUCACUGAUGUUCUGAGUUAAGUUAAUCUUAUCUAACUGCAUGUGCAAUGGCAUUUGAGCUUCUAAUGUCCCCAGUUUGCCCUUUUCGUAGUAAACAUUAGGAAUUGUCUUUAAAAAAGAUGUGAUAUAUAGAAUGGAAGAAUCUUGUGCUAAUAUUUUACCACUGAGGCUACAACCCAUGUUAGAUCUCUUAUUUUUGCCAUUUAUAUGAGCAGGCACUGUUGACUAGGCUUGGAGUAUCAUGUUGACUUGGAUCCACUGAAAGACAAUAUCAGGUCCAUGGAAUUUGUUCCAUGCACAGUGGUACGUCUGGAUGCGAACGGGAUCCGUUCCGGAGCCCCAUUCGCACCCUGAGCCGAACGCAACCCACGUAUGCGCGGGUCACGAUUCGCUGCUUCUGCGCAUGCGUGUGACGUCAUUUUGAGUGUCUGCGCAUGUGCGAGUGGCGAAACCUGGAAGUAACCCGUUCCGUUACUUCCGGGUCGCCGGAGAACACAACCUUAAAAUGCUCAACCUGAAGCGUCUUUAACCCGAGGUAUGACUGUACAUUUAUAUUUUGUAUUGGAACUUGGGGAGCGUAUAGCUUUUGUGUGAUGUCUAGCACCCAACAAACUGUUGAAUAGAAGUCUAGCAUCAUCAUCAUUAUUAUUGUAUCAAUAUUAAGUACAAGUACUUGUAUAUCACAGUAUUAAUUAAUAUACUCUGGUUUCUCUUUAGAAAAUAAUAGUAAUGGAAAAACCAAGAAGUUCCUUUCUCAGAAGUUUUGCUUUUUGUUACUGAGAGAAAGUGAAUAGCUUGCUUUUACUAUACUUUUAACACAGCUGGUAUAUUUUUCUACACUUGUCUGUACUAUGGUGAAUUUUAUGUCAGUAUUUUUGGCAUAGUUUUCAUAGAAUCUAUGACAUAAUGAAUAAGUGUUUUUUUAAUGAAAUGAAUUUUACCUGUUCGUUAAUUGGAGGGCUAUCUCAGGAAUAUAGUUGUAUAUUGGGUUCAUCAUUAGUGAAUGGAUAUGACGUUUUUCAUGGGGAAUCUUUUGUGUAGAUAAGAAAGGGAAUGGUGGCAGCAUUUUUAAUGGCUUUCUUGGAUUUUCCUCCUUCAGCCAAUCUAGCCUUAGUGCAUAAGAAUGAGACCUGCGUCUACUUUGCUGGGAACUCUCUUGGUCUUCAGCCAAAGAAAGUUAAGACUUACUUGGAUGAAGAACUUGACAAGUGGGCUAAACUGUGAGUAGCUCCUAGUGACAUAAAUCACUAACUGCUUUUUUGAGGGUAAAGAAAAAUUAUUUCAUUUUGAAAAUGGGCCUGAAUAUGGUGAUAUUCUGUUAAAAACCCUUUCUCAUGGAAAUACAAUGAAUAGUCAGUGCUUUCCCAACAAUAGGAAAACAAGAAAUGGCUGCAGUAACCUUUAACCAGCUCAUAUUGGAAGGAUCCUCCUCAGCUUACAGCUAUUUGCCUAAUUGUUUUUUAAUGGUCCUAGUUCAAGUCUUACUUAUUGUCUGUAUGUGUAGUUGUUACUACUAGUCUAUGUGAUUACCUCUUGCAGUCCUUGUAUCUGUCUCAUUAUUUCUGUCCUGAUCUGUGCAUUUCAGGCUACAUACACCAUAUCUAUAUCUAUAUCUAUAUCUAUAUCUAUAUCUAUAUCUAUAUCUCUAUAGAUAAUGUGUAUGUUCCAAAUAAUCUUGGGAACUGUAGUUUGUUGAGUGUGCUGGGAACUUUAGCUCUGGUGGGAGAAUUGUAGUUCCCACAAAUCUUUAGAUGUCCUUUGAUAGGUAACCUGGUGCCUAUUUCAGCAGUAUUCAGAUUGACCCUUUGCUUGGUCAAUCCUAAAUCUGAGACACUAGAAUAAAGAAUAUUGCUUUGUAGCCUCAAACUUUUGAGAUGCUUGUAAAAUUCACAUUCUGAAAUCUGAAAUUUGCAUUUCAAAAAAUAAAACAGAGUUGUAAUAAGGUCUGCCAUAAACUCAGAAUUUGGUUCAGUUUCAAAAUCUGAAAUUGUGGAACUCCAGGCAUGCAGUAUUGCUGUGCUUGCAACUCUUUCUUUCUUUCUUUCCUUGGCCCCUCAUUAUUACUAAAAUCAGCCACUGAACCCCAUUUACUAGUCCCACCAGCAUUUUUGUGUCCAUGGUAAAUUCUUCAAGUGGUUUAUUUCAGUUGCCCAUAUUCACACUCCUCCCAGGAGAAAUGGCCCUAGGAAGGUGGUGGAAGAUGGAAGGAUGGUAGAGUGUGAGUAAGCAUGGAUUGGUGGCCAUAAUUAAAGUUCAGGAAGGGAGGAUCAAGCCCAGAGAGUUAGGGUUGUGCUGGGCUGAGGUUCAUAGCAGCCUGAAGAAAUCAGUGCUCCCGUGUAAGUUGUGAAGAGAGCUUAUAACCAGGAAAUGUUUAUAUCAUUCAAGAAAAUGGUGUAUUUUAUCUACUCUUGAAAUACUUUUCCUCAUGUCCUUAAAGUUUUUUUAUUGGUUCAAGCUCAUCUUUUGCUCCAUCAUAUUAGAUUUAAGACUGAUUUCACACAAUCUGACUUUGCUGUGUGAUAAUGCCCAUUGGUUUCAGUGGGUCUGUUCUGACCAUGACUUAGAUAUCACCUACUAGCAGUUCAAUCCUACAUCUUCCUACCAGGGAAUAAGCACAAUUGAACACAAUUGGACUUCAGAGGGAAAGAGUUGUCCUUACCUAUUCUCUUGUUAAAACAGGAGAGUUACAAUUAAUAAUAAAAAGGCAGCUACUUUUUUAGAUAGCUGUGAGGGAAGGAAGGAGGGAAUAGGAGCAUAUGAACUUCAGUUAGCACUUCUCUCUGUUCAUUUAGCACAGCUCUGCAGUUUUGCCAGCCAUUUUAAGAAAAUGCAAUCCUGUCAAUUUUUCUGUGAUUAUUGUAGUAGCUCAGGGAAAUGGCUGACUUCAUUCAAGAAGUUAAAGUUAAAUAGCUCUCUUCUCCAUUUAAAGGGACCAAGAGAGGUAAUAUUUCAUUUCUCACACAUUAACUUUGCAUUUGUUCAUUUUCCAUGCAUCUGUUUGCCUUGGGUACAAUGAAAGAAUUUUAUACUCAAGACAGAUGUACUUAAGUGUGGUGAUAAUAGUUUGAACAAAAUUCACUGCAGUCCAAGGCAUUUAUUUUCAGGGAGCAGAAUCAAUUCCCCCCUUCUUUCUCAGUUUGUGAAAAGAAGUAAAUAUGAUUCUGUAUAUCUUAUAUGUGUCUGUGGUCCAUUACCUUUCAUGAAACAAGGAAUACAGUUUCUGCCUUAUCUUUGACACUCCUGUAACGAAACAAACCCAUCACACCUACAACAUGUUUACUCUUCAGUGGGGCUUACUGCCAGGUAAACUGUGCACAAGAUUGCAGCCUCCCUUGCUUGGGUCUAUCUUUACUCUUAUUUUUAUAUACAGAAUGAAUGCCAAUAGAUAUAAAUAAAAGAGAUGAUUAUUGUGUUUGGUCUAGAAAACUACAGUUACAACAGUGUGGAGAAGCAGUUCUCCUUUUCAAUGUUCCAGUCAGCUAGCCAGCCAGCCAUGUCCUUUUCCAUGGUACUCCAAUCUAUUAUUCCUACCACCUGGUUUUACAGCCCCAUGCCAAUCAGUCAGCUUUCUGAGCAUGCUCAUUCCUCAUUUGGCUGGUUUUUGGCCGGGGGGGGGGCGGUGUCCUUCUCCCUUAGUAGUUUUUGGUAUGUCUGCAAACUUUGGAGUUGCUUGAAGCUUGCUAAUAUAUCCAUGCUAAUAUGUUCAUGGUGCUGUUUUGUGUACAAAAGUAUCAACAUCCACCUCUGAACUUUGGAAAUAGAAAGACUGAUAUUAAGUAUGAUUGUGUGCUCAUACAUGCACACUCCAGUCACACCCACACCAUACAUUUAAAGCACACGACUUCCCCCAAAGAAUAGAGUUGUUCCAUCACAGAGCUACAAUUCCCAACAAGCUUCACAUUUCCCAGGAUUUGUGGGGAAAGCCAUUGCUUUAAAUGUGUUUUAAACCAAUUGUAGAUAAACAUUAGUUUAGAUUGUGUAGAUAAGACAGUUUCAAAAAUAUAAACUCAGGCCAAAGCAAUGUAUUGAGAAAAUAUUAGAAGUAGAUAGCAGUCUGUUAUUUCACAGAAACGAAAGAAAAGAAAAGAAAAUGUCAGAAUAAGGCCAGACCAAAGUAGAACAGUAAGGGAAGAGCAGCUUAUAUUUAGAAAAGUCAGUGCCCAAAAUCCAGUACAAAUGCAAGCCUUUCAGAAGGCUAAAGACUUCUGAAAAAUGAAUUGGAAACCUUUUGGUCCUAUUUGAAGGCAGUGCCAGUCUGUCGUGGCUGAAGGUUGCUAUUUCAUGGCUACUUACUAGCUUAUAGAGCUACUGAAACUGGCAAAUUAGUAUUUUGCCGUGUUGAGGAAGACUGCAAGAAAGCAAUAGAAGCAAAUGAAUGUUAUGCAAAUUUCUGUUACUUUUAAGAAAUGCAGUGACUAUAAUGUUUUACUACAACAUCUAUCUUACAGUGAUUUCAAUUUGUUAAUGAAGACCCUGAUGUGACAGUGUUUGAAAGUAUUCUGUUAGAAAGGGGUACAACAUCAUUGUUUUACCCUGUAUCUUAUAAAACACAUAGCUUUUCAUCACCAACACUAUCCUCAAAUUAUGUUUAAACUGGUCUUCCGUUGCCAAGAUCAGACCUUGGCUACUAUUUAUGCUUUGAAGAGAAACAAACCACAAACCCAAGUACAGAUGACACACCAAGACUUGUAGCAUGUUGCUUGUGGCACAGCCAGGAGUGGGGACAAGGUUGGAAUUUUGGUGCACUAUUUAUCAGCAAAUUGCUUGUUUAUAUUAAUUAUGGUUUCAUGUAAUGUGAAAACCAGGCCUAGGUCAUCUAUCUUUUUGCUUCAUGAAAUUAGUUAACAUAUCAUAUUGACCAUGUGCCUUUCAGGUUGGGAGUCGGGAAUAAGUGAGGGCUGAGUCUGAUAUACGGUAAAACUAAUUUGAUAUAGGUGUGUUUUAGGGUGCUAUAUAUUGUAAAAUUUCACAGCUGUUUUCAGAACUUUCAAUCUAUAGUAUGCCCAGUACUUCAGAAUUGAGUACAUAGAAAAACUAUGACCUAUCAUCUAAUGUAAAAAAAGAAGGUAGGAAAAUGCGGCACUGAAAUCUGUUUAGUCUAGAUUAAAUAUUAAUCUAUGAGUCACUAAAGAAAUGCUUCUGCCUAUGUAAUAAUUGAAACUUUUCAUUCAAGUGACUCACGUGAACCUGUUUCUUACUGUCUUUUCUUUAUGUUUAAUUUAGUUACUUGGGUUUGGAUUUAUUGUACACAGAUCUUUUCCCAUUGUAAUAAUAAUCACAUUGAAAAAUUUGUAAUAGCUCAUAGGAAUGUUACAUAAAAUAUUUAAAAUGUGAGAUCCUUUCUGUUGGGGAAUUGGCAGAGAAUGAAGAAGUUUAACAGUGAAUCUUGUAAAAUGACAGAGCAAAUGAGAGGAUUCAUUUGCGGGCACUUUUCUAAAUCCUACUAAGUAACUGAGGACAAAGAUGUGUAAUAUAAAAAGAGGACACACCAUUAAUUUUCUAGUACAUUAUUUAGGCAGGUUUUGCCUCUGAACUGAGAAAUUAGCCCGUCACCCAUUCCUGCCAGACCCAUUGCACUCUUGUACGCUAUCACCAUUUCAUCUUGCUUCCUGGACGAGCAAGUUACCUGACAUAGAAGAGACAUGACUGUUUUGCAUUGUAGGCCCCUGGCUGCAGGUUCGCUUUGGCUGCAUUCACACAUAAUGAUAACCUAAGCUUCCUGGCUUACCGUAGUUUACUCUGAACUUGGUUUACUGUGACUUUGAACCAUUCACAGUCCUAUUCCCUAGCUGUUUGCUGUUGCUAUUUUUUGUUUCUCUUAUAACAAAGCAUGAAGAUGGCUCAUUAGAAUCUGUCCCGUGUCUGUUGACUUUGUUUUGUCUGUGUACAAUACAAAACUACAGUAGACUUCUUGUUUGCUACAGGUACAUGAAGUGCAAUAAAAUUAUUUAUAUUCUCUUCUAGCUCCCCAAUAAGUGUUGCAUUCUUGAUGUUAGGACUAUACCAAAGGCACAUAUAUGAAUUUUCAUUUGUUCUCUCUUUCAGGGGUGUUCACGGUCAUUUCACAGGGAAACGACCUUGGGCUUUAGGGGAUGAGUGCAUUGUGGAGCUUGUGGCUGAUAUUGUGGGUAAGAAAAUAUUUUUUUUGGAAAAUAUUUCAUUUUUUCCCACUGUUUAUGUAGCACUAGAAAAAAAACCUGACAAUGGAACUUUUCUUCCAAAAAUUUACCAUUGGGGUUUUUUUUGUUCUGCUUUGAGUGCUUCUCAGUAAGUAUGUGAAGUAACUGCAUUUUAAAACUUUGUACUGAGAAGAUUUAAUGCAGACAGUAAUAUAUGAGCAAAUGUAUAUCUUGAAACUAAUUGCAGUAUGUGGUUCUGGGAUCGUCAUAAACUAUUUGGUCUAAUGCAUGAAACCAAAGAAAACUUGGCACUCCUACAAAUGUCACCAUGAAUCAGUGAUCAUUUCUUUUGUUUACAAAGCGAUAGCUGCUUGUUACAUGAUAAUGUCUUUAAUUGCUGUCAAGGAAGUCAAUUUUUUUUUUAAAAAGAAUUAAUAGUGCAGAAAAUGAUGAAAAUUAGAGUUGAUACUACCUGUCAAAUUGUCUAAAGAAUCUUCAGGGAAGGGAGAGGACUUGGGAUCGAAAUGAAGUAAACAGUGGAGGUGUGAAUAGUGGUGCCACUCCUCUGCAAUUAUGCCUCAAGCAGCAGUCACUAGAUGACUGUAACACUUGAACAACCAUUUCCCCCAAAGCGGUCACAAAAGCAAUGGAUGCAAUACCCAGGGUAAGGGUUGGCAUUACUUAUUCUCAGACAUAAUUAUUUUACUGUGAGUGAUAUGAAAAUAAAUUAUCCUCUCAAUAACAGUACUACCUUGAAGGAAACAGGCAAGCAUACAGAUCAAAUCUGAGGUGUAUAUUUACUGUGCAGAAAUUGAUUAUACAGAAAUAGACACAUUGCGGGUAGCCAGUGUACCCUUCAAAUGUUGUUGGGAGUCCAGCUUCCAUCAGCCUUAAGCAGAAUAGCCAGUGGUGAAGGAUGUUGGGAGAUGUCCAAAAACAUCUGGAGGGCCCCAUGUUAAGUACUCCUGCCUUAUCUAAUAACUCUAUUAGUUACACCCCCCAACAGCACAUAUGCUUGUGUGGGCCUCUCUAUUAAUGAAAUACUAUAUAAGAAUUAAUAGAAUCCAAGAGUUGGAAUGGACCCUGAAUGGCAUCUAGUCAAAUGCAGGAAUUUCUAUUAAAACAUCCAUGUCUUGGAAAGUUUACCUUCCUUCAUGUAACUUUAUGCAUUUGAUGAAGUGGAUUGUGGUCCAUGAAAGCAUAAAACAUAAUAAAAUUGGGAGCCUUUAAGGUAUCACAAGACUGCUUGUUCAUUAUUCUAAUUGAAGUUCUUCAUCACAUCUGUGAGUAUUUCCAGAGAGGCACUGCAGUGCUGCCUCUGGUCUCAUAUCUUGUGUGUGGCCUUGGCUGUCCUUCUCUUGUGCUUCUGCUGCGGGGCUGCUGUAAGAUGUGAAGGUGAAUACACUAGAGAGGGGUGGAUAUGGAAUUCAGUGGCUGGCUGCAAAAUCUGUUUUUUCUGCCUCCAUUUGGACUUCUUGCUUCAGCUAGAGAGUCAGAGCUUACCUCAUGUCUGUGGCAAUGCAUGCCACACACAAUUAAUUCUCUGCUGCAGGGUUGCCAUUCUGUCUUUAGCAAAAUCUUCAGUAAGACCACGGUCCGCAGUGUCCUUUUAAAAAACAAAUGGGGUCCAGAAAAUAGCAAUGCAAACCAAGAGGAAGGGAAGCUAGAGACACAGAACAACAUAGCAACAAACAAAGCAAUUACUGGCUGUGAAUGUUACAUGAGAAAAUUUAAUGUAAAAUCUGCUAGACAGCCAAUAAAUCUGUUUUACACUUUCUUGUUCACCUUGGUCAGAAAAAAAAAAAAGAAUCUUGUUAUUUUUAGAUCUGGGACCCACAUAUGCAGUCAAAUAUAACAACAUUUUCUCAAGGAAAACAAGAAGAGUUUUUUAAAAAAAAGAUUUUUAAAGCUUUGCUCUUUCAACUAUGCCUUCAGCAUUCAGACACUUUUUUUAAAGUUUGGAAGUUAUUUUGCCUUUAAAUACAAGUGGAGUUUUAGAACUAAUAGGAACAUACUCUAUUUGCUGUCACAGAGCUUAUGUCUGCUCAGUGAGGCCCUUCUGCCCAUUAUCCACCAGCUAAGUUUUCUGUACCCAAAACAGUAGACCUGUAUGCAGAAGCCUAUUUGUAUUCUCUUUGUUGGGGAACCAUGUUUUAAGCUCUCUAUAAAAUAAACUAUGAAUAAAGAUCUUCACAUCCUUAACCUGUUUUGUUUUGCUUUGGGCAGUAUUUCAUAGGUCUGUUGCACACCAGGGACUAUUAAGUUUGCUAUCAUGUUAGUGCUAUCAUGAUCUCUCCCUCCUUGCUUGUACAGAUAAUCCCACCACACCCCUCAGUGGCUGUAGAACUGAAUUUCAAAGUGUGGCUUGGCAUUCACCUUACAAGUAUUAGCAUUAUUUUAUUGUGGGUAAAUUUCACUUUAUUGAUUUUGCCACGUUAGUGAGUUGCCCCCCUCUCCAAUAAUGAGAAAGGAAAACAAAUUAACUUUUCAAGAAUUCCAAAUUAUGGUCCCAUUAUGUUGACAAUCUCAACUGGUUAAUGACUACAUCAUUUGCCUUUAGGUAAAAAGAAAAAAUGCAAAAAGGAUAAAAUACAAAAUAAACCACUAUUAAAAUAUUGUCCAUCCAGCAUAGUAUUUAAGAUGGGUAUGCAUUCUUUCCAGUAACAAUGGAUGCAGUUACAUGGAGGAAAAGAAGGGAUUUGUGUUCCUGUGGUAGGCUUGACAAGAGAAAAUAAACUGAAUUUUUAAGUUAGUUUUUUUAUGCUUAGCAUUUUAUGGAGGAGGAAGAACCGCUGGAGCUUGUUCUAUCUGUAGAACAAAAAGUGAGUGUUGUCUUGUGGGAUUUAUUCAGGAAUACAAUAAAGGCAGUAAAUGGUUUUUCCUUUGGGCCAUUUAAAGGUUUAUGUCUCUAUAACACCUUGCUUAUUAAAUGAGCAUACCUUUUUCUUGUUAAAUGAAGACUCCAAUAGUAAAUAUGUUGUGAAAUGCAGAGUCAAGGUCACCAGAGACCCAAACUUUCUCCACCCCUUCUUCCAUUCAUUCCCAUAUUAAGCAAAAGAACAGGAAAAUAAAAAUUUGUUCUUUUUUUCCACAGCAUGUUAUUAAUAUAUUGCAACCUUCUGAUGGAAUAAGAUUAACUGCAUUGCUCCUUCUUAUGCUUGUGCUGAGAGAGAAUGUAUACUGGGCUGUUUUGCUUUAACUUUGAAUUAUAAGGAUUAUUUGAAAUACCCAAACUGUCUUGUCUUUUCUUUUUUUGAAGUCUUGUCUUCUUUCUUUUUUCCAGUUCAUCCAGCCAUUUCUCCCUUUAUUUUCCACACAAAUUUCAGGCAAGGGCUUGGUUCAUGUUGCACUAAUGCAACUGCUGUACUUUCCAAAGUUACAGUGGCGCAUCACAAGUCAUGCUUUUUUCCAUUACAGAAAAGAUUUAUCAGGAAGGACAUAUGGGGGUUUAUGCUGUCCAGGAUAUGUGGUGCUGAGUAAUGAGUUGGAGAGAGCAAACUUCAUUUUGUCUACUGGAUACUUGUCUUUGAAUAUUGUAAUAGAUUAAUUGGAUCACAGAAGCAUCAUUUCCGAAAUGCAGUGCAGGCUAUGAAGGAUAACGAUUUUCCUAGGGCACAGAUAAGGCUUGUUUUGUGGGCACCAAAAUCCAAUAAAGAAAAGCUUUUAAUAAAUAUAUCAUUUACAAGAGUCUAAGACUUACAUGACAAAUGUGGUGUCAUAUUCAAUAUAGGAUAUUGGCAUGCAUCUAAAGGUGAACUUCAGAUUAACCGUUUAUUUUUGGUCUGUGCUUUGAACAGCAAGUGAACUAACAGUAGUUAUAUUUAUAUUCUGGAAAUAUUUUGAAAGUGGAUCAGUCAGGUUGUAAAAGCACCAGGAUUUGGGGCUUAUGUUUCAGUACCCAAUCCAUAGAGUGGGAGUCCCUAAGAGGGUUGGAUGGCAUCUUGCACGCUUCCUUAUGGCAAUUCCUCCAGCCAUGAUGGUGCCAAAAGGAUUGCUCUGCUUUCCUUUGGGGCCACAUCAGCAAGGCCGAGAGGAGGGUCUUGUUGUCUGCGCAGCCCAGGACCCCCAUACAUAUUGCCCUGGUUUGCUCCCCAGAGAGGUCAUUUUGGUGUUGCUAAUGCAACAAAAACAACACAGCAGGCAGCAGUUAUGAAUCAAUGGUUUUUGCAGCCACAGCAGGCACUGUGAUUCUCCAGUGGUUUGACUUCACCCCUGGAGGCACAUUCCAUUGUCUCUUGAGACAGACAGGUGACAACAAGUGUACAUCUAGGACCAUUACUUUCAUAGGCAGAAUCCAGCUCAGCCCACUGAUGAGCCAAGUUGAAGCUCCCGCCUCGAGUGGAAGAAGCCCUAGACGCAAUGCCUGCCUCACACCUACCUUGCGUCUGCCACUCAUCCUGCUGUCUUUGCCAGCAGCGGAAAAACUGCACCACAAGCUGCACCUUUUAUUGGUGAGAUCUCACCAAAAUCCUGCGAGAUCUCACAGAGCGCAUGAGAUCUCACGAGACUUCAGCAAGCUCUUGCCACGCAAGGCAGGUAACAGAGGCGUGGGAGGGGCAGAGGUGGGGUGUGCACAGCAAAACAGGACGCACAACACCUGAGCAGAAUUGUAUAGACUUGCAGGAUCUCUCUUGGAAUAGAAAAGGCAGCAGAGAAUGCAGAUAGCAGUUAUCUCUGUGUGUCUGCACACAUGACCAAAAUCUACAACAAAAAUAAUGGCAUUUAGCAGUAAAUGUUUCUCACUUAUGGAGCGUAUGUGCUGUUGUUCUGCAUACAGUUCAAUAUAUUCACAUACUGCAUGUCUGAUACAUGCAAAAUCUAGAAGAGAGGUGUAGUGCAGCAGUGUGGACUACUAUUGGUUUUUUAUACCUGGGAAUUUUUCUUUUUCUUUAAGAGUAAAACUCUGGACAAUGUACUAUACAUUUGUGUAAAUUUGAUUGGGCCGAUUUAAGAAAAUGGAGCUACAUAUUAUGCUCACCACAUGCAAGCAACAUGGCUGUGCGUGUUUAGAAAUUGUAGAGCUCAAUCCUCCUCCUCAGCAGAGAAAGCUGAAGCAAAUCCCAGGGAAAAACGCAGAGAAGGAGAACCUGAGAACCUGUUGUCCUGGUUUUGUUGUUGUUGUUGUCAAUCUCCAUCCAUUUUUCUCCUUUGUGAUUGUUCUCCUGGUUAUCUCCCUUGCAACUGCUAGAAAAAUGAGCAACUAAGAACCAUUGAUAGAGAAAAAAGAUGACAAAAAACAAUCCAGCCAAUAACCCCUUCCUCUUUACGACUUAACAAACCACAUCAGAGUUAAAAGCUUCUUAUAAUGCUUGCAUAUUUUUCUGGUUCAUGUUAUUUUCAUCUAAACCCUGGGGAUGGUUUUUUUCUUUGUGUUCUUCCAUUCGUAACGUGAAUUUAUUCAUCCUUUUCUCUCACCGUAUCGACUAACAGGAGUCAGAGAGCACCUUAUUGUUUCUGGUGUAUUGGAAAAAUCCAUUUGUUGUGCUUCUGAUUCCCAUUAAAUUUCAUUUAUUUUAUUAAUUGCCAUAAAGCUCAGAAUCCAUGACCAAAAUGCAAUAGUUUAACCAUGUUCCCAUCUUUGCACCAGUUGUCUUACAGACCACUGUUAUGUCUACUGUAAUGAAGGUCUGAAUAAUUGUUAGGCAAGUCUCUUUAUUUUUAUUAAGGGCACAUUUUAGCUUGGCAUUACAAUGGCCACUUUAAAAAUAGAUGAUUGCCCCUAAGACAAUUUAGGCUUUUAUAUUGAAGAUAUAUUUAAUGGGCAAAGGCACACUAGUACUGAAUUUGACCAAGUUGUUAAUGAUAGCAACAAAUCAACAGGUAGAUUUCAAGGAAGGGUUACUGCUUCAUUAUCUGCUUUAUUUGCCACAACAGAAUGGUAAAAAUAAAUAUUUCCCUGUUAGAAUGGUGUACUAUGUCAACAGGGGAACUUUUUUUACUUAAAUUUCUCCGUGGUGACACAUCAAACAUGUAUUUACUUCUCAGUCAUUAGGGAGACAUUGACUACAAGCCAAUGUCAUGAGGUUUUGCACAGCACUGGCACAGACCUUGCACAGGACAAAAGAAAUAAGGAAACAUCUGCCUUAUUGCUUUUCAGGGGCUCAUAAAGAAGAGGUAGCAUUAAUGAACGGCUUGACAGUUAAUCUGCAUCUCCUAAUGGUAAGUCAUAAGAAUUUCUUUGCUAGAUAUAUCUAGUUCAGAAUUCUGUUUAAAAGAGAGCUUGAUUCUUCCGUGUGUGUAUAUGAAGGUAUUAUUUGUCCGUGAGCAUCUGAUAUUGAAAACUACACUGUCUGUGAACAUGAAGAUUCUAUUUUAGUUGUCUUUUUAUUUUAAUAAUUUAUAUAAAUACCACAGUUUCUAAGCAAUGUAUACUAGGAAUACUGGAAGGAUAAAAAAGGGAUAAAGCAUAAAAUAAAAUAAUAAAUCAGUUAAAAUUAACCAUAAAAUUAGAAAAAGCUUGCCUACUUAAAAUCAUGGAUCUGACUUCGAUGGAUCAGUGAAUGCCCUUUUAAAGUCUUCUAACCUAGUUUCCAGCAUCCUAUUUCAAAACAAUGCAUUCUGUAAGUUAUAAUAAAAUGCAUUAUAAUUUAGGUGUUGUGUCAGGGUUACUUCUUUUUAUAGCCCUUAACAGAGUUUGGGUGGCUUUCUGUCAUGUAUGAUCUAGUUGAGAUUCCUGCAUUGAAUUGGGGUCCCUUCCAACUCUAUAAUUCUUUGAUUCUGUGAUUAUAUGGUUCUAAACCCGUGAGGCCAUAAAAUCCUUAUAAGGAAUCAUAAGUGGUCUUCUAAUUAUCUGUGUGCAAUACUUCGUUUACAAUUUACAGCUUACCACAAUUAUCCCUAAUGUCAAAGCCCCAGUUUUUCAUUAAUAAACAUAUUCAUUGAACAGUUUGAAUUGGAACAAGGUCAUGCCAGGAAGACAUCUCAGGUUGGAAGCCUAACUGCAAAGAGCCCUUUGCUGCUGUGAGCAGCUGCAGGGCUUUCAUGAAACUUUUCAUUGGCUACCUUGUUUACACAAUAAGGUUAGUGCAUUCCCAACCGCCCUGCCCUAUGAAUUUCCUCUCAGAGUUCUACCCACCCACCUCACCCUUUUCAAAGCACUAUCAGAUGCUCACUCCUGUUACUUACUUCUUAGGCUUCCACAUGCAUCUCUAAAAUUAUAUUUUGACUGCUUUCCUGACAUUUAUCAGAAACUGUUGUAGUUCCGAACCACUUAUUUGCCAAAAGAGUGUGGAAGUAAAUUUUCAGAAGUCAUUGGCAGAAGCAGACUAAAUAUAUUAGAUGCAUGACAAUCAAGGUGGGGUCAGGGAGAUAGGGAGGGAUAGGCCCUGGUGUGUGUACCCUGAGUAUGUCAGACUUGUUACUGUGUGGUUCUUGCCGUCAGUUCUAACAAUAUACUUGGUUACCAGCUUAAACUAAAGAGUAGUUUAUUUGAGUAGCAUACUUGUGAGCAGUGUAUCAUGAGAGCCAUAAAUUCAUGUGAGAUUGCAGUUCGUCUUUCAUAGAAAUAAAAAUUUGCAGGUCCCAUGUUGCACUACCCAUGCUAGUAUACUGCACGCACCACCAACAUAUCACUGUCACUGAGUGAGGACUAGAAAUAGAGAAUUGUUGAGAUUGAAAUCUUUAUUUCCCAAGUUCUGAGCAGUCUUUCUAUUGCAAAUAGAGAUAGAUGCCCAUGAAACUUGUAUUUUUGGAGUGGAUACAAGUUUCAGGAAGUAUUAGGAGCCCCAAAUUGUUCUCCUGCUUUGAUCAAAAUCCAAGUCAGAAACAAAUUCCCACCCUACCCAGCAAACUUCCUUCCCUACCAGCCUCUGGUUCUUUUCAUGCUUUCAAUUCAUGCAGACACAUUUCAGCAACACAAGCAGCUGUGGGGAGAAGGAAGACUGGAGAAUUUAGCCACCAUGAUGGCGUGCAGGAACCAUUCAUCUUGUUCCUCCAUCAAUUUACAAAGAACUGGGUUGUUGUUGUUGUUAAUACCCCGCCCAUCUGGCUGGGUUUCCCCAGCUACUCUGGGCAGUUAUAUAUCUAUUUCGUAUUGGCAUCCAUAAAUUUCAUAACUGUAUCUUGCACCAUGUUGAUGUGGCUGGUUACUUCUGAAAAAGUUGCAGCUUAGGGGUAGGGCCACUUUAAACUAAUGAAAUGAAUAAGUGUUAAUAAUUAUGGACUAAUAAAUAUUUUACCUUUUUUUACAGUUAUCAUUCUUUAAGCCUACCUCAGAUCGCUAUAAAAUCCUUCUGGAAGCCAAAGCUUUCCCCUCCGACCAUGUAAGGAAUUAAUAUUGCAUAAUAUUUGUGUUAUCCAUUGUGACUUUCAAAAGCAUACCAGCAAUCCUGUCUCAUUAUUUAUUACCUGAUCCUCCUUUGGAAAUAACAGGAAAUCUGGUCAUGUACUCUUGGGCUUGGCAUAUUUUACUGAUCAUGCCUUUAUUCUUUUUGUUCAAAUAAAAACCUUGCACAAGGAAAAGAUUGAAUGGCCAUAUUGAUUUAUUAGUCCUUUUAAAGACAUUGAACAAGCUGUUGGUCUAAAUCAACAACAGGUUGUAAAUGUUUUAUUAAUUCUUGUUUCUGUUUUACUUUAUGAAACCAAAUCAAUACAAAGCUCACAACAUUAACAGUUUUAUAUCCCUAGACAGAUAGGGAAAUGCUUGUCCAUGGUGCUUUAGAUUACUAAUUCAAACAUCAUUGUGUGCUAUAAAAUGAGACAAUAGCCCAUGCAUCACAGAUUGCAGCAAAUUAAUCUUCAGAUUUGUGACUCACUGCUACUUUAUCAAACUCUGUAAACACUCAGAAAUUGAUGGGAUAUUUGAUCACCGAGGCACUAUAAAAAUCCUUACAAAUGCAACUCACAUAGGGUGCAAUUCAGACCCUUUCUGGGCUGCCAGACAAUUAGUUGACAUGACACCUUUUUCCAGCUAAUAUUCUUUUGUUGCUCAUACGUUGUAUGAAAUACAAACAUCUUCCGUCAAUGCAGUAGUUUAGUUUUGGGAAUAUUACAAAAAAAUUUCAGCUUGGAAACUGCACCUGUAAUUUACUUUGCAUGAAUGGGUGUCUCCUUCACUUCAGUGAGAACAUUUCCCCCUCUAUGGAAUGCAUACAUGGGGUUCCCUACUUGGAUUGGAAUGAUAGUGGAGGACAAAGAGUUCAAGUCCCCUACUCAUGUAAGAAUUUGGGAUAGGGAGUUAUGUAUGCACUGACAAUUUACUUUUUAAAAACCCUGCAUUUAAAGGCACAACUGCAUAACUAAUGUUAGAUGUUGUUUGAGCCAUAGACAGAUUCCAAGGCAUCUCUGUGUCUCUGCCCCUGCCUGCCUUCAGCUAGCCCACCAAUAUGGUUUUGCCCUUCCGUCCCCGCAUGGAGUUCUACCUCAAGUUCUGGCAACCUUCUUUCUAUAUCCCAAGCUUUGUUAAGCGGCCCCUCCACUUCUCCAAACUUUUCUGUUUUAAAAGGGAAACGUUUUUUUCCUGCGUUGGCAUCACACCCCUUCCCUGUAAACUUGGCAACCUCUUUUUUUGCACAGACCCCAAGAUCUUUCUUUGAUGUGUUGAUGUCCAGCCACUGUUUCAUAAUGGGUUGCACUCAACUAGCCCAGCCAGGCUAGAUUGCAGAAGCUAAACUUCCACGUUUUGCCCAGUUCAGGAGAACUUCUGCAGCCUGUAUGUCUCCUUCAAUACCCCAAGUAUUAGCUAAAUUCUGACAUUCAUUAAUUUCCAACAUUCACUAACCUCCUAGAAUUGUGAGGGCCUUUGCACCUUCAGACUCUGGUAUCCCAGAUCUAUAACAAUAUGAAACCAAGGAAGAGCUGUGUUUUUGUGCUUUCGUCCCACACGGCUGAGGGCUGCAUAGAAAUAAUACAAACAUCCAGGGAGGGCAGAUUGCAUGAAUGUAUUCCAUGUAGUUGGUGCUGAGUGGGAAAGACCCCUCAAAGGUCUUUUCUCUUCAGUCUUUUACCAUUAACCCUUGUAGCUGUGAUAAAUCCGAUGUGGCUUCUGUCUAGUCUGUUUUCUCCCCAAUUGUCUCUGCAGGCUGAGUAUUCCUCUUAUGUGCUCUGGCAUACAUUACCCAGAUUUUAAAAGGAAGGUAGUAGCAUGCCUUUCCUCCAUCUGAUACCGCAAGACAGUUCUACAACUAACUCUCAGUUUAAAGGAGAUUGAGUGUGGGGAAUGGGGGCAGUGCACCUGUGAGAUUAAUACAACUUGCUGCUUUUUUGACUAUCAAGCUGGUUAUACUGUAUAUUUUUUAUCAUGAUUUCCAUUGGUCUCCCCAAGUACAACAAUUUAGCAAGCCUACUUCAUAAUACUAUCAUAAUCUACCAUAGAGGUUGCUGUUGGAAAGUUAUUUCUUUCAUUUGUAUCAAGCCAUGGAUACAGUUCCAGAGGACUGGUUUCAGGCCAGGGGUUUGGAUGGAAGUUAAGCGUUUUGAGAGUGAAUUCCUAAUUUGCCUGUUCCACACCAACCAGCUGCACUCAGAUAAGGGGUGGGUCCCAUGAAAAAAAGUGACAGAAAUUCCUGUGUUUGCAUAUAGCAUCAUAUCCGAAGAGCAUUGGGGAAAACCAUGAAGAUUAGCCAAGUACCCAACCCCCUAUAAUCUUUAGAAGUACUGAAGCAAGAGGAAGAUAGCAAUGAUCUGUGUGGGCUUAGCAGGGCCUUUUGCUGUUAGAACAUGUCAACCAUACCAUUUAAUCAAGUAUUAUCUACUCCGACUGGGAGCAGCUUUCCAGGCUCUCAUGCAGAAGUCUUCCACAUCACCUGCCACCUAGUCCUUUAAACUGGAGAUGCCAGGCACUGAACCUACAACUUUAUGGAUGCAAAGCAUGUGUUCUACCACUGAGUUAUGUCCUUGGAUAGCUCAGUUGGUUAGAGCAUGAUGCUAAUAAUGCCAGAGUUGCAGGUUUGAACCCUGUAUGGGACAGCUGCUUAUUCCUGCAUUGCAGGGGGUUGGACUAGAUGAACCUCAGGGUCCCUUCCAACUCUAGAAUUCUAUGAUACUAUGUUUCUAUGGUUCCCUGAAUUGCAAAGAGGAAGAGCCAUGUAGAACUGGAAACAUUUUGCAGAGAUUUGCCCAAGCACAUCAUGCACACACAUCCUGAUGAUUGUUGCUAUGCGAAAGAAAUGCUUCUUUUGUUGUUUACAUUUGCUCACUAAAAACAAUCCAUAUUUUAUUUACAGUAUGCUGUUGAGUCUCAACUCCAGUUUCAUGGGCUAGAUAUGGAGAGCAGUAUGCUUAUGAUAGAACCACAAGAGGUUUGUAAUGGGUAUUUGAUAUUGAUAUCAAGAAUGGAUAUUGGUAUGCUUAUGCUUUAUUUUCUUUGCAACUUAUUAUAAAUAACCUAUUGUGAACUUAUGAGACAAGAAAACUAAAUGCAUAUUAUUCUUAGAAUCUCCUUGUCUUCCCAGAUCUACUUUUUUGUCUAAAAAGCUUCCACGUUGAUGGAUGAUUGUGAAACCCCUGCUGAUGCUAUACUUGACUGUAUAGGGGUUAUUCAUCGCACACUGUCUAAUAUAGUACAUCUCUGUUAGCACUUUGCUAAAGUAUAUAUUCAGUUUUCAGUGUAGCCCUCCAGUGGUUCUUCACAGCAAAUUCCCACAUCCUUUUAAACAUUCAUGAGUUUAAGAAGUGAUUUGGGAUUUUACCAGCAUUGAUUGUGAAGGUGUAUAAAAUACUGACAGUGAAUUGUUAUAACUUCAUUGUGCUGUGCAUUCAGAUCAUCUGAAUCAGAACCUGUAUUUAUGAUUUACUUGCUCAGCCCUUAUAUUUCUUUCUAAUGUGAGAUAAUUUGUAUUGUCACUAAUAUGACCUUGGACCUGCAUACUUAAAGGACUACUUUCCCCCAUAGAAGCCUGCCCAUUUUCACAGACCAUAAAAACAUGGGCAGGAGCAACUGGGGAAAGGGUGUAUGUGUUGUUGUUGUUGUUGUUGUUUUGCUCACAUGGAAUCAGCCCAUAUGUCUUUUUAACACUAGGCAAAGUCAUUUUUUUUAUAGGUGCUACCAGAAAGUAUCAGUGCUUCCCUGCAUUUUGUCCCUACCUUGACUCAAAUUCUCUUGUUUUUUCUGGAUAUCUUAGCUGGCAAAACCUAACAAAUUUGGAAAUAAUUUAUUUUGCAGGUCUCAUUGACAUUUCAUUGAAAUAGAAAAGAGAAUGCCCUUACACUAUAUAUGAACACUGUAUAUAUCAGCCUGGCAACAUUUGGUUGAACCAAAGCCAAAUCUUUGUGUAUUAUUUCACUCAAGACAACACUGUGCCCCAAAUCAAUUGGCUGCUGAGAGCCCUGAGUCCUUAUAUGACCUUCCAAUUCAUGCUGAAACACACUCACCUAAAGCCCAAAUACCCCUCUAUUCAGAAAAGUACAGAUGACAAUAUUUGUCUUUUGUGCACCUGAAAAUUUCCCUUUGUGUUGCUGCCCUAGUUUUUGUUCAUCAUCCUCAGUCUAUAACUAGUCUUGGAACCCUGAACAUAGUGUGAUUUCAGGUGGAGGGGGGAAUUGUUGCUGAGAUGCACUCAGUAGAGUAGAACCACACCCACAGUGAAAAAAUGUUCUCCUUGCACCAGACCUUCCCCUCUCCAGGGGGACUUAUUCUCUGAACACAGGAAAGUAGAUUUUAGAUGACUGCAGUGGUACCUUGGUUUAAGAACAGCUUAGUUUAUGAACAACUUGGAUUAAGAACGCUGCAAACCCGGAAGUAGGUGUUUUGGUUUGUGAACUUUGCCUUGGAAUAGGAACAUUUUUCGCUUCCUGUUGAGUGUGUUCCAUUUGUAAAUUGAGUCCCCCUCUGCUAUGGGAAAGCACGCCUCGGUUUAAGAACACUUUGGUUUAAGAACGGACUUCCGGAACAGAUUAAGUUUGUAAACCAAAGUACCACUGUAUAUAGACACAUAUCCCGAGCAGGUAUGAUGAAAAAGCUUUUUUAAAAAAGAAGAAGAAGCAUUAGCUUAAAUGAAAUUGAUUUUAUCCACUUCUCUAAGCUUUAAAUCUUACAUUUUUAAAACCAUUGUUUCAUUGUGGAUUGUUUUUUACUUUUUUAUAGUAUUAGAUAUCCUGAUUUUAUUCAUAAUUAAGGGAAUUUACACAAAUAAAUAGGUUUCCACUUUAUUAUUUUGUAUGUGUUUUUAGGACUAUAUUAAAAAUGGAGUGGACUUAUAUUUUUCAAUAUAUUUAAAUCAUGUUUUUUAGUUAUUUUUAAAUGUUUCUACAAAUCUAAACUGAAUAAUCGGAAGAUGAUAUUCCUUACAUUGAAUACUCCUACACUGAUACUCGUAUGUUCCUCAUACUGUACUUCCUCUGAAUAUAUAUAUUUGUGAGCUUCAGUAUAUUUGAGUCUCAGUAUGUAGAAUACUCUCUGUUUCAUAGAAGUCCUAUGAAGACUACAUACAGUUUCCUUUAUUACCACAGCAACACGUUUCUGCUUGGAGGAGUAUGUAAUUAGGAUCGUUAUAAAAGAAUACCAUGAAGAACUUUUGUUACUUUAUAGUAGAACUGUUGAUGACCUUUUGAUUCUUGAAAAAAGUCCCUUUCCAGAGAAGUGAAAAGCUACUCUCAAGUCCUUGAUAGAUGUUGAGAGAUCGUUAAGAUAAUAGGAGCUACUUUCAAAUCAGCAAAUCUUAUCUCAGCUCUUUGCAGUGGCAUGUCUAAUUUCAUUUGGAGUUUUCACUGCUUAAUUGAUCCCUUGGUGAUGGUGUGUUUUACAUGAUCCCUUGCUAAGAGGAAAUGAGGAGAGGGAGUGGGGGAUACAGGCUUUAAAGGAUAAAAAGUGAUUCCACCCCCCACCCCCAUUCAAAUUUCUCUAUAUUUAAUGACUUAAGGGUUUUAACAUUUUUGAAUUAUAUGAAUGCUAUUGUUUCUGAAAGACAAAUACAGUAACAUUUUUAAUAGCUUCCUGUGGGAUACAAAGUUUGUCUUAAAAGUGUGAAGAGGGAUGCAGGGGGCUGCUUUUUAAGUCAUGUGCAGAUGUCAGAACUGAAAAUGUCAUAUAAAUAGAUUGCUGAGUCUUGGACCAGCUUGACAUCUUUAUGUUGUUGUGUAUAUGUCAGUGGUGACAUGUUAGGACAAAUUAGGAUGUCACCGAAAUCCUAAUUUGGCAGGGAACCACAGGAUGCACAGUGAUUGACACUGCUUUUCCCUUAAGAAUGGCAGUGUCCAUCAACUGGGGUGUGUGUGGCUAUGCUUUAUGCUAUACACACAGGUUCACAUAAGAAGAGCUCUUCAGAAUCGGAACAAAGGCCUAUCUAUACCAGCAUCUUGUUUCCCACAGCCACGUAAUUCUGGUGAGUCCACAAGCGCAGCUCAAAGGCGAUAACUCUCUCCUGCUAUUAUUCCUCAGAAGCUGCUAUUCAGCGGCAUAUUUAACUCUGAAUCUUGAAGUUCCAUACUUUCCACAUACUGCCAUGACGAACACCUAUGGUUAUAGACACAUAUUCUGUGGAUUUUUAAAACUAUAUGAAGUAGUGCACAUUAUAACAUUUUGUGAAAGGCUGCAAAUAAUACGACUAAAUUAAGGCUCACAGGAGAUAGAAAUGUGGCAUGUUUGGACAAUUGUCAUGUGUCCAUAUGGUGAUACCAUAAUUUCCAUUCUCAAUUGCGAGUGUCUUAAUUUUAGAUUGGAAAACUGAGUCUUCUCUUGAUGACGCAUCGUUAGUAGUAAGCUGGGCCAUAGCUUCUUGGGGAAGGCUCACAGUAGUCACCAGCAUGUCCCCCUCUGUGUAUGCUCUUUGAAUCAAAAUUUACAUCUUUUUACAUCUUAAAAAACAAAAACAAAGGCAGUUAAGGGAAUCUUGAAGUGUUCAGGCAAGCAAAACAUAUAAGGAAGCAACGUGAAUCUCCUUUUUAAUAAUAAUGAUAACGAUAAUGAUAAGAAUAGUAAUAAGAAUAAUUUACCAUCUUGAAGCUAUGUUACUAAUGAUCAUUCACCCAUUCAAAGGUUACUCCAGGGCUCUUACUUUCGUAGAUUACUGCCAUGUUAAGGAUUUGCUUUUGAUCGCUUACUGAAGUCAGCAAGGCACAUCAUAAAAAAUAGAUUAUGAAACAAGAAAUGACAGUUUCAGCACUGCCAGGGUUGAUAUAAAAUAUGUGCUUAAAUUUAUUUCAGGGGGAGGAGACCUUGAGAACUGAAGAUAUCCUUGCUGUAAUUGAGAAGGAAGGGGACUCUAUUGCCAUAAUUCUGUUCAGUGGUGUGCAGUACUACACAGGACAGCUGUUUGACAUCCCAAGAAUAACAAAGGCUGGUCAAGAGAAGGUACAAUUGCUACAGUAGUAAAGAUUCACAUAUCCUUCCCCACAAAAAAACAGAAACCCCUCAUGCUCUUGACAGGUUUGACACUUUUAUGAAAAUGAACCAAUGACAAAUGUCACCAACAACCAGGCCCACCAACUCUAUGGGGCCAAAGUCUCUUUGACCCCCUCAAUAUCUGUUGGGAAGGGGCUGGGCCCCCUCAGGGGGCAGAAGAGGCUGAGCAUGGUGCGGCUUCAGUGGCUGGCUCCUCCUGAGCACGAGAGAGUAGGAGCCUCUGGUCAUUGAAGCCACACCAUGCUGCUCUCCGUGCUUGGCCUUCUCCAGGCGAUGUAACAUAUGCAUGAUGUGUGUCGCACACAUGAUAUCACACAUAACAUCAUGUGUACCGCAUGUUGGGCCCCUCAGUCUUGGGUUCAAGUCAGCGCCUCUGCCAACAAUGGUUCAAGUAGAAAUCAAAAAUGGUUUGUUGCAAAUGUAUAUUGGUUGCUGCCAGGGAACAGUUGUGCUGGCUAAGUGUUUGACAUAAUAAUGAGCAGCCUGCUUAACAAUACUGAUACUUAAACAAAUUGUCUUUUUUUAAAAAAAAUUGUCAAUUCAGGAGAUACUGUUGAGGGAUAGGGCUGGGAAGUGAGAGGCUUGUCAAAAUAGAAUAUUAGAACUGCACCCUUUUUCUGCUAUUAAGCCUGGCAGCCAGACUGAAUUAACCAUUGUGCUUAAUUAAGGUUACCAGAUGUCCCCUUUUCCUGGGGACAGUCCCUGGAUUUACAAAUCAGUCCCCAUACAGAAUCCAUUGAAAUUGAAAAGUGUCCCCGGAUUAAUUGAAAAAAAUCUGGUAACCUUAUGCUAAAUGUGCUGUAUCGUAGAGCUCCACCUGAUGCAUCAGCUUUUCUGUACAGGCAUACCUCAGGGAUAUUGCAGUUCCAGAUCACCACAAUAAAGUGAAUGUCGCAAUAAUAUGAGUCAAAGAAAUUUUGGGUUCCCAGUGCCCUUAAAAGUUAUUUUUAAACUGUACUGUAGUCUAUUAAGCCAGGCCCCCUUGGCUGCAGGGGCGGAAGUGGAAAAACCCGGCUCCAGCCCUAGCCAACUCCAUUCCCAUGGACAGUACAGAGGCUGUAAGGGCUUUCUUCCUUUGGAAAUGGAGCUGCACCAAAUCCUCAUAGGGAACAAUAUCUGCGAAGCGCAAGAAAGUGGAAUGCAAUAAAAUGAGGUGUGCCUGUAUUUGUUCAAAAGUACCAUCUACUUAGCAAAAGAUUGGCUGUGUUUUCUAUUCAUUGACUCCUUUAACACUAGCUAGUAGACAAAGUUGAAAGGUCUUGAAGUUUCACUCAUUUGACACUUGAGUUCCUCCAGUGUCAUUGGAACCUAUUCUCUGCCUUAAACUCCAGAAAUGCUGUAUAAAAUGAUCUCCAAAUUGACAGCAUUCACACUCCUUAAGUGCUCUUCUGUGUACCAUGUCAGGCCUAACUAGUUCUUUGUCCCAACCCUUUCAAGAAAUACCCAAGUGCUCACGUAGUUCAAAGAUCUAUUCAUGCUGCUGUUGUGAAAAACCAUUCCUCUAAUUCUCAGGAGAGGCUUUAUAUUUCAAAGCCAACCAUUUUGGGUGUGAGAAGCUUUUCAUCGAUGAGUGGCACCAAGAAUUAAGCACACCCUCUCAGGUCUUCCUUUUAAAAAAACCCCAAACCCUGUAAUCAACUUUAUACAAUUAGUAUUGACAGCUGCUGCCUAGGAUCUGGGUGUAUUCUCUUCAUCUAAAUCACACAUGCAGAAUUAUGUAUCCAAAAUCUCAAGAAAGGUGGUUGUUUUUUACAGCACAUUUACUCAGAAGUAAGUUCAGCUGAGUUCAGUGGGACUUACUUUCAAGUAAUCUUUUGGGUUGGUUGUUUAAGGCCAUUGUUUUAGUUGCUUAGGCUGUGGAAUUAUACUUGAAAACAUCUGGGCAGUGUAUGCUAAGAUAAGGUAGGGAAGGAAACAGGACCUCCAGAUGUAAAGGGUUUUGUUAUUUGCUAGCAGGCAUGCCAAGCGAUACAUUAAAAUUUGCAAAUGAAUGCACAUUUUUAUUAAUAUUCACAAUAUGUUCAGCUAGCAGGAUGUUUUUUGGUUAGGAAUUAAGGUUUUAUUAAUGCAGAGUAUACAUAGCAUUCUCCUUGACCAGCUCUUAAAAGCCAUGUUGAAUUUAAAGGGCUUUUGUUCAGGAGCUCUCUAGGGAGCAAGAAGCCUAUCUCAGUGGGUGGGUGAAGGAACCCUGAAGUGCAACCUUGACAAAUCUAGUUUUUUAGCAUGCCUUGCUUUGAAAGUUUGGGGAAUAGGUGACUAUGUAUUAUUUGCUUGUUUAUAAUAUUUAUGCCUCCUCCAAUGCAGUUACAGUGGUACCUCGGGUUAAGUACUUAAUUCGUUCCGGAGGUCCGUUCUUAACCAGAAACUGUUCUUAACCUGAAGCACCACUUUAGCUAAUGGGGCCUCCUGCUGCCGCCGCGCCACCAAAGCAUGAUUUCUGUUCUCAUCCUGAAGCAAAGUUCUUAACCCGAGGUACUAUUUCUGGGUUAGCGGAGUCUGUAACCUGAAGCGUAUGUAACCCGAGGUACCACUGUACUAAUAAGAGAAGAAUUAAUAUAUAAAAAACACAUAAGCAGCUUUGUAUUUACGCAUUAGCCUGACAAACAUAGGUAAGAAGGGAAUUGGAUGUUGGUGAGUGCAUGCAGGAGAGUGAAUGGCUGGUGAAGGAGGGACAGAGUGUCUCAUUCAUAUUCACAUAGAUGUGAAGUAGGCUCUUGCAGGAGGGAUGGUGUUCUUAAACCUCCUUCCACCAACCCUGAGCCUACUAGCAAACAUUUUUUUCAGGCUAGUAACUGUUACGAAUUUAUUUACAAGGGAUACAUAAUAUGAUACCUUUGCAAUUCAGUGAUGUCUUACAAAAGCCUUGAUGGGAAAUGUUCACUACCCAAGCUGCAGAUAGCACUGUUGCUGAUACUGCUUAAACUGCUGCUCUUUGAAAGUACCAUGAUGGCCAUAGUGGGAAAUUAUUCUCCCUUCUCUCCCUGCCCCCUAGCAACUAGGGCCAGGUAGGACUAGAGGUUUUGGUCCAUGGGGGUGGAGUUUCUCCUCACCAGGACAGCUGUAUGCUCUGCAGCUCUUGGCUCUUCCCAGUAGCCUGAUGAAAGUUCUGAGGAGGACAAUAAUGGAAAAUGUUCACUGCUGGGCCUUCAACACUGCUGCUUAUUCUUGCAAGACUGGCAUUUGUGAACUAUAAACUCGGUACAAGUUCUACAUGAUCAUGGCCUUGAGGUUGUUGCUAAUUUAGUCAUUUAAUCUUGUAAAGUUGUGGCAAGGAACCACUGGUCUGCUGGCGUAAUUAAGCCUGGCAGGGGCCCAGUUUGGCUCUCAAGGCAGUUUUCCCCAAGCCAUGCCCACCUGCCCUGCACCUAUGGAGUCUGGAGCGGGGCAGGUAAAGAAGUGGCUCCUUUCUGAAAGCAGGGCCUACAGAUGUUGAUCAGCUGAUUGUCAGAGAUCAUAACCCAUGUGCCUUUGCUGAUGUGGUUUGAUUUCAUGGUGAUGUCAGGUGACUGAAAAGUGGGCAGUGGAAUUGGAAAGGGUUGAGGGAGGGGGAGGUUGGGGGAAGGUCAGGAUCUGGUCUGCUGGUUGGAUCCAGCUCCACACCCCUGCUUUAAAGGAACAAAAUUAGGCACAGUUUGCAUGGUGGACUGUUUUUUUAUUUAUUAUUAAAUGGGCAUCCAUAUUGUCAUGUUUUACUCACUUUAUUUUUCAGAAUGAUCUGUAUUGGGACUAGAGCAAUUGCAAGGCCAGUUCAACAUAGCCAAAUCCACUGAAACUUUGCAUUCCUUUUCAGUUCAACACAUUAAAAAUGGUCAAGCAAGUUGAAGCUUAAUUUGCUUCAAUAUAAGAGGUGUUUGUGUAUUUCAACAACAGUUGGUUCAGUGGCUGCCUUUUCCCCAACUCAAUAGCAUCUGCUGUUGAAAUAUUUUGCAUUCCAUCAGGAGGGCCGGUUUGCUCCUGGUGGUACUGACAGUAUUCCUAUUCAGCUCAGCAAUUUCACAGGAGACAGGCAGAUUACUGAGUAUAUCACCUCCAUGAGGUAACUCAUUUUCAGUGACUCAUCCUUGGGGAAUUUACAAAAAAGACAGACUCUACAGACAUAUCUCAGGGAUUCUUUUUAACCUCAGGAAUCAGAAAGAACAAUUGUCAAUUAAGUGUUCUUAUCAAGAGGUCAACAGAAUUUCAGGAGGUGUAUCUUUUAUUGGAUGUGCCUUAUCUAGCUAGAGACAUUUUUAAAAAGCACUGCAGGAAUUGAGAGAGUCACAGUGGACAUGCUAGCAAUGCUGAAUAGUAAGUGAAUAUCCUAAUACAUAUCAUUCUAUUGAUUAAGAAUUGUUGCACAAACUGUUGAUACUUUUUCUAAAACAGUACAAUUUUUAGCUUUAUUAAAUUUGAACUGUGUCUAAACAGAAAUGAUCUAGACAUCUUACAAUAGUAAGAAACCCAUUUUCAUGUAAACAGUUGAGUUUCAAUUAAUUAAAUAUUAAAACUAGACAUUGUAUCUAAAAAGUAGCUAGUCUUUAUGCACAGAUUAAUAGUUUACUAAAAUGUAACACUCAUUUCAAUAAGAUCACUAAGCAUUAUUCUAAAAACAAGUUCUUUCCAUUAUGUUCUGAAAAUCUCUAAACUUAGGAUCAGGAAAUUCUCCCUUUGUCUGAAAUAGAAGGCUACUUCAUGAGAAAUACAGUACACGUACACCAUGCCCUAGUCCUAAUAGCUGAAUGUUUGGUGGAGGUAAGGGACAGCCUUAAGCUAGGCUUCUUCUGCUGAGCUUUCUUAACAGAUGGGUUUCAUAUUGAGAAAGAUGUUCCCUGGUAGGCCUAUCAGCGGUUCUCAACCUGUGGGUCCCCAGAUGUUGGACUACAACUCCCAUCAUCCCUGAGCUCUUGCCUUGCUAGCUAGGGGUGAUGGGAGUUGUAGUUCAACAUCUGGGGACCCACAGGUUGAGAAAGGCUGGUAGAUCAUUGCAUCUCCUUCUGUAAGUAAGAACAUUCAACACAUUAAGCUACAGAUCUUAUCUUUGGGCCAAACUAGACAUUAUGGUGGAUAUAUUGCUGCUAUCAAAAAUGUCAGCCACACCUGUUGUUGCCAGUUUACUCUCUAUAUUAUCUAAUAGAUUAUAUUUGUCUCCUGAUGUCACGAUACCCUGUGUUGGUCUGCCCCUGUUCAAUGUUAUUAGCUGUCACUUGUGGGAGGUGAGAGUGAAAGCACAGAGCACCAUGACAUUGGUAAGUUCAUAACUUAUAAAAAUGAAACCGUGAAUAUUAAUAAAAGAAGGAAAGCAGACGAGAGCCAUUUUGCGAAAAUCUGUGCUGUGCAAAUAUUUAUUUAUUUAGUAGAUAGAUUUACAAAAGAAAUCAAAAGACAGUUUUUCCUUUUGUAAGUUUGUAAUCAUUGAUUGAAAACUUGCUUCUGUAAGCAAGUUUUAAACACAAUAUAAAAGAAGGAACCCACACACAAAAUGCAUUCCUGCCAUGAUUGGUGGUGGAGGAUGAGUUUGAAAGCAUUUUGCAAAAUAGUUGUCCUAGCAUGGUUGGAUGCUUUUUCUUUACCAAAACACAACCACUAACUAUGUCAUGAGUUUGUAAUCCAGUUUUAUAUUACAUGAUUUUUUCCCAACCCCUUCAGGAAGCUUUAAAAAUAAAAAAUAAAAAAUGAUUGUUUCAGAAAACUUAUGACUCUUUCUCCCAGUUUUAUAUUUUAUAAAAGAAAUAUUUCACAUUGAUUACUUGUGAAAAUUAUGAGUUUAAACUACUGUACUACUGCUAUUGUUGUUCUCAACAUUAUGCGGCAACUGAGCCUGUUCAUCCCUCAUUGGACUGUUUGGUGGUGGUUGUGAUUUGGCCCCUUAGAGGGCUUCCCCCUGCAUAUAUUUUUUUUGGGGGGGGGUACUUCUGGGUCUGCUUUUGCUUCUUUAUUGUUUGUGGGUGGUGCCUUUGUGACAGGAUAAGGAUGGAUGGUUGGAAAAUGAGUUCACUAUUAAUUAAUGAGUUCACUAUAAAAACUGGCCCUGCGAUAAAAUGCUGCAUGGACUGCUCAUGUUCAGAAUUUCAUUCCAAUACCAAUACUUACCUUGAGGAUUCUCCAUUUCAUUCUUUAGGUACAUGCCUCCCUUUAAAUUGUAAAUAGUGUCAUAUUGGCAACAUAGGGAUUAGCAAACUCAUUAUGAGUCUGCUAUUAAUGCAAGUCAGCGUCACCAACAUGGUGCUCAUGCAUCAUCAGUGGCCUUCCCUGGCACCCACAGGAUAUCACCCUCUGGCUGAAGAUAGGUUUGAAAGAAGCAUUCUAUUGUAGCCCAUAUAAUAGGUUGUGGGGUGUGUUUGGUUGUAGGGUGCAUUCAUGUGUAAUGAGGCCUCAAACAUGGCCUCAACUCAAACAAGUCACUGUUCAGAGAACUGCUCAUUAUAUUCAUUUAAUUUGGUUAAAGCAAGGUGGAUGGUUUUGGGCAACAUGUUCACCACUCCCAAUGUCUGUCUUAAAAGUGGUGUGAUAAUUCACCUAGAUGAGUAAUUAUAUAAUUAAAAAUUAAAAACACUUCUAAUGUCAUCAGAAGAAAGUACAUGUAUAAGGGUAUAUUUGGAAUGAAAUCUAUAUUUGGAAAGAAGUCUAGACCACAGUGUCUCCAUUGCAUCUUAUCAAUUGAUUUGUGUCCAGAUAGCUAAAUCACACUUUUAUCAUUGGCACAUGAUAAAAAUACUGAAAAGGACAAUGAGGUUUUUGCUGCAACUUUUCUGUAUUGGUAUUCAUGAAUAGAAGCUAGGUGAUGGUGUUGUAAUUUGUGAAAUCUCCUCACCUCAGUUUUUCUUAAGUACAUAAUGCUUCUGUGACUGUUUACUUUGAAGUAAAUGACACAUGCUAAAUGAGACAAAGAAGUAUAUAUAAGAUUACCACUUCAGACGCCUAACUGUCUCAGAGAGUCACUGCUUGAGUAUUAUGAUGUUUUGGAUUUUUGUGGAGGCAUUAAUAUGUUUUCACCCAUGCAAUACAAGCCAUUUCAUCUUUCCAAUGCAUAAAGCCUUUUUUAAGUCGUCCCCAAACCAGUCCUUUUUGUGUAACUGUUUUAUUCAAAGGGAUUUUCUUGUUUUAGGAGCAGAGUAUAUUCCAGUAUUCUUAUGAGGUUGUGCUUUUAUAGUAUUUAUACAUACACAUUGAAUAUUGCAUAUACUAUACAUAUUGCAUAGUUCUGCAAUAACCUAUGUUGGCAAAAUGGUAAUGGUAGCAAGAGAAGCUCAGCAAAUGAAACCUUAACUACUGCUGGAGAGUUCAGCUAAGCUUUCCAGUAUAUAAUAGACUUUGGAACAUGGAUCUUGAUAAGAAAGUAUAUAUGUAAGAACUAUUGAUCUGUGCUCUCAGCUGACUUCUCACUUGAUGGUCAGAUCUGGACUUACUCUGAAGCAACUGAGUUCAAGAUCAGGGGGCAGGUUUAGAGUGAGGGAAGAUUUUGAAUGAAGCCCACAGUUUUGGUAUGCAUGGUGUGAAGAAGUACUUUAUUUCUGCCUGUCCCGAAUCUUCCGGCAUUUAGGUUCAUUGGAUGGCCCCAAGUUCUAGUGUUAUGUGAGAGGCAGAAAAGCUUUUCUUUAUCCACUUUCUCCUUACCGUGCAUAUAGCCAGAUUGGGUUUAAUGCUAAACUCUGGUUAGUUUAAAUUAUAGCUGUAUAAAGAGAGCUUGCUUCUGUGCAAGCCUUACUUCUGUCCCUUCACAUAGUCCUAAACUAUGGUUUAGCGUUAUUUAUUAUUAUUAUUUUGUUUAUUACUUUUGUAUACUGCCCUUCUGCCAAGGAUCACAGCGCAGAGCACAACAUAAAAAUACAAAACGAGAAUGCAAAAUACAAAAUAAGAAAACCAACCAACCAACCAAUAACCCCUUCCCACAAACACAUUUAAAAGGCCAUGAAAAGUUCACUUAGUCAAAGGCCUAGUUAUAGAUAAACUUUAUGCCUGCCACAUAAAGAUAUGAAAUGAAGUCUCCCGGCGAGCCACCCUGGGGAGAUCAUUCCACAAAUGGGGAGCCACUGCAUAAAAGGCCCUUUCUUGUAUUGCUGCCCUCCAGGCCUCUCAGAAUUAUUGCAGCGUCUGGGUCAGGUCAUACGGGGAAAGCCGGUCCUUGAGAUAUUAAUAUCCUGAGCCAUUUAAGGUUUUAUGGGUCAAAAGCAGCACUUUGAAUUGGGCCCAGAGUCUAAUUGGCAGCCAAUGCAGUUGGGCUAGAAUUGUGUGGCUUGCAUCUAACGCAGCACCAAGUAAGCAUCCUGUCAGCACAAGGAUUUACACUUGUGUAAAUUUCCCCUUCUACCCGCCCCUCCCCCCCCCGACCCCUUACAGCCCCUGUAACUGUACUGGGGUUUCCCCAAACCCUCUGGAGCAGAUUUUGGGAAGGAGCAUUUUGUGUGGGGCGUAGGAGAGGAAGAGAAAGUCUUGUUGCACAAGUGUAAAUCCUUGUGCUGAUGGGACACUCAGCACUGCAUUGGCUACAAGCUUCUGUGAAACAGGUCACUGUACUAACUCUAUUGAAAAGAAGUCUUGUUUGCUGUGAAGUUAUGUGUGAUGAUUCAUUUACAUAGUUGCAUAUGAUAAGAAGCUGUGAAAAGAGGAAGGACAAGUACUUUCAGUCAGCAUGUUACCUAGUCACGAGAUGAUAUCUGCCUUUAUCUAAGCCUCGUAAUUUCGCACCAACAUGUUUUAAAUGUGUAACGCAUACUCAACUUCUAUCCAUAGUUAAGCCAUAAUUAACUUUCAUUAGGUUAUCCUCCUGAGUACACCUUCUUGCAAAAUCACAUACAAAAUGUCUUCCCAGUUCAAAUCAUGCUUGCCCUGUCCAGAUUUUUUGCAAGAAUCUUAGCAACCUGUCAAUAGAAUAUUGUCUCCCUUUUGCCCACCCUUAUAUAGUUUUCUUUAAUCCAUCAUUUCUAGCUACAUUUGACAAGUGAUGAGGCCUACAAGUUCAUCCCUUCAUUUUGAAAGAAUUUUAUAGGCUGACAGCCUCAUUAGUGGCUUCAUUAGAAUUAGCACAUCACACUUAUAAAUGCAAUUACUUUCUGAGAGCUACAUAGUUUAGAGGAGAUUUAAUAUACCGAAGUAUUGUUUUAAUAAUUUAGAUGGAGCAUAAGAAAGAACUCAAUAGUCUCAAGCUUUCGUGCUAUUUUUAUGUAAAGAUACAGGAAUUUAUGCCCUCACUAUUCAUCUUCACACCUUGCUUAUAAAGAGACCUUUUUUUUUAAAAAAAAAAGUAAGAUAUUCUUUAAUUUGUAGUCCAUGCACAAAAUGUACCAUCGUUAUUCUUCAGUUUCAUGAAUACAGCAGCUUUAUAAUACUAUUUUUUUGUAUUAUUCUUUACUUUAAAAAUGCUGCCAUCAAGUGGUAAUUUCUAUGCAUGCUUACAUAGUUCAUUUCUAGUAUUUUCUUGGAGUUUCACAUCAAAAUGCACGUAAGGCCCUGCAGAGCCUGCCUUCCCUCAGAAAUCCUCAGUAGACUUGCUUCUUCGCUUGCUUCCAGUUGUGGGGAGCUUAUUUCAAUAGUAUGGAACUACAGUAGAUGACAGAGCAAUCCUAUACAUAUCUACUCAGAUGUAAAUGCGGCUGAGUUCAUCAUUGCCAACAAACAACAUACUUGAAACUUCCCAAAUGUUCAUGCUGUUGUUUAAUCAAUGUGCAGUUGUUCUUUGCUGGGGGUUCAGGUAUGUUUCCCACAACUAGCAUUCUCAGGUAGGAAAAGAGCAUGUUCUAGGCAUGUACAAUAUUAGAUCCUACCAAAGUGAAUCCAGCCCACCACAGAAGAGCUGACAGGAAGUCUGUAGCUCCAGGCAGGCCCCAUCUAGGUUGUGAGUUGCAUUUGCUUUCAUAAGUCUUGGGGUUGAAUGGUUUUGGUAUACUGGUGGUUGUGUCACAUAUUUUUCGGGCCACAGCUAGCAGUCCUGUUACAAUAGCGCUGUACAGAGCAUAGUUGUGGAAGGGUCGUGAUGCUUCUUGCAUCAUUUCUAGACAGAUGCGCCCAUUGUUGUCAUUUUGUGGCUUUCCAACCAUUGCAUUGCAUGGAAAUAACGAUUUCUGUAUAUACAAAGCAAACUUAAAGUCACUUCUUUGUCCACAAGGGUUGCUUUGUUGGAUUUGACCUGGCUCAUGCUGUAGGCAACGUAGAACUGCAUUUACACGAAUGGGGAGUAGACUUUGCCUGCUGGUGUUCCUAUAAGGUGAGAAUGUCUUUAGUAUUCUGGAGUAUUUGUAAUACAGUUAAAUAUCAACAGAUAUUGCAAAAACAGCCAAACAGAACAGUUGGUUAAAGACUGAAGAGAACUGUUCAUUAUUUGCUUCAUAUAAACCUGUGUUAUAUGUAUUACAUUUUAAAUACAUGUAAGCUGGGUAAGCUGCUUCAGUACAGCUUUGCCCUCAACAGUUGGCAAUUCAAAACAUGGUCAUGAAGAAACGCUUUCAAAAUAUGCUGAAGGUUCUGCAAGACUGUAGGGAAAUGGAAAUCCACUAAUAUGGAGCAUCAUCUGAAGAAACCACUUUACGUGCUCUUAGCCAAUAUUACAAGAAGCUAUGCAAUUUAAAAUAUAAAGCUGUUUUAAGGAACACUUUCCUUACCGGUUCACACUCGCUCACAUUAUACUUAAAUCAAAGUCAGUCUGCAGUUUCCAAAGAGAGGUCAGUUAUGCUUUCAUGCACGAUAAAACUAAAAAUAUAUGUAAAUGCUGACUUCUAUCUUACAGUACCUCAAUUCGGGAGCAGGAGGUCUAGCCGGUGCUUUCAUUCAUGAGAAACAUUCCCAGACUGUAAAACCAACGUAAGUAUCUUUCACAUUUUCAAAAAACUAUCCUAAUAAUGAAGAGUUUGCUAAACACAUUUUUUUUAUUUGUGUGUGUACUAACAUAUACAAUUCAUUUAUUUUUGUGUGUUAAACCCAACCCUACAAAUGGAAAUGUACACUAAGGUUGCAGUCCUAUACACACUUACUUCCAGAAAAGUUUUUUCCCCUGAGCAUUCAUUUAUAAGAUGAUGCUGUAAACCAGCCAGUGUUAUUUUGCAGGAAUACACAGUUUUACAAGUAACAGUGUUAAUACUUUUUAGACAAAUAAAACCCAUCUGAAGAGAUAAAACAAGCAUGGUGUUUGAAUUGCUGUUUCAAAAUUGUGAUAACUUGCUUUGUUUAUGUGCACACACAGUCUAUUUUGCCUUCAUGGAGAUUGAUAUCAGCUCAGUCAUACAUAGCAGCAAACCAAAAUUUCUUAGCGGUAUUCUUUUAACCAGGGAAUCAAGUAAUCAAGAAAACCACCUCCUUCAUACUCGUGAUUCUUCAUUUUGAAAAAUAGCUUCCUAGGAACUAACUGCUUCUACUUCCUUGAGUAUUCUUUGUUGUUUUAAACAGCCUUGAUUUUCUAAGACUAUGGCACUGGGACUGAUCACACUGAAAGAAUACCGCAAUGCAUAAAUAAAUGCAUGAAAUAUAUUUUCGCUUCUGUGUGAUAGAACUGCAAGAGUGUGCUAGAAGCACAAUAACAGGUUCAAAUCCACGACCCUGAGAUCAAGAGUCUCAUGUUUUACUGACUAUAUAGUAUGGAGAAUUGACAAAGACUGAGAUAGCUUUUUUUAAAAAAAUGCUAUGAAAAUAUGGAGAGCAGAAAGUAAUAUGGUAAUAAAUGUGUGAGUGUGUAAUAUUGUAUUUAGAAGUAGGUAAGUGUAAGGGGUUAUAAGCAGCUUGCUGUCAGUUGCUGCAUAUACAGAGAAGCUGUUAUAGGCCUUUGUGGUUCAUAGUUAAACCUGUCAGCAUUUAUACAAGAUAGGAGGAUUCAAAAGGUCACGUUAUGAAAGGCCAGUUAAUUAACAUUCUGCUGGCUCACAUUGACUCAUAGUUAUAAACCAAUGGGAUGUCAGAUAAUAGAAGUGAUUGUUGGUGAAAGGUCUGAAAUUGUAUAAAAGCACACUCCCAGAAUUGCUAAAGGAUCAAUGUGUGGCCUGCAUGGGCACUGUGAACAGUUCAGGCAGAAAAGAGCCCGAGGAAGUAGCAGGCAGAGGAACAGGAGUUGAGAUGAAAGGAAGGCAGAAGGUAUGAGAGUGACAGCAGGAGGCAGUUGGCCUCAGGAAACAAUAAGGCUUAAGACAAGACACAUGUAUGACCUGACCCAAAGACAAACUUCAGGAGAAGCUGAAGGAAACUUGCCAGAUCUUUUCAGCCCUGUAUCUUUCCAUUAAGUACUGAAUCAGAGAGCAGGUGCAGUCUGAAAUGUAAAGAUGUUGUUGCCAUGCCGCCACCACCUCUUUACUUGGGCCAUGUGGUGGCGCCCACUAAGCAGCAGUGGUGAUGGCAGUUUCUGGUGAUAUUGGAGUGGCCACUGCUGCUUCUUCACUAAUGGCAGGGUGGGCAGGGGCCCUGCCCUUCCUCAUAGUGUUCCUCAUAGUGUUCUACCACCUGAGGCGGCUGACUCAGCCUGCCUCUUGGGUGGGCCGGCCCUUCUGGAGAGAGAGCUUCAAGUCUUGUUCUUUAGCAUUUCUGGGAUUUUAAUCAGGACAAUAAACUGAGAUAAGAAUAUAACUGAUUCCUUAAUAUAAUAGUACAAAUUUGAAUCAGAAACAGUUUAAAUGUAAUGGUAAAGGGCCGUCUGACCGUUAGGUCCAGUCACGGAUGACUCUGGGGUUGCGGCACUCAUCUCGCUUUAUGGUUGAGGGAGCUGGCGUUUGUCCGCAGGCAGUUUUUCCGGGUCAUGUGGCCAGCAUGACUAAGCAGCUUCUGACAAACCAGAGCAACGCACGGAAACACUGUUUACCUUCCCGCCAGAGCGGUACCUAUUUAUCUACUUGCACUUUGACAUGCUUUCAAACUGCUAGGUUGGCAGGAGCAGAGACUGAACAACAGGAGCUCACCCCGUUGCAGGGAUUCAAACCACCGACUUUCUGAUCGGCAAGCCCUAGUCUCUGUGGUCGUCUAGUCUAUUAAUAUAUAUUGUAUGGGCAGCAUCCAGUGCUGUUUGUCUGCAUGUGCAAUGGGUCUUCAGUUUCUCUUCUCACCCACUUGCAGCCCCCUCUUGCCACCUAUAUCUGCUCUGGAGGGUUCACCAACUUUCCAGAGCUGAUCAUAGGCACUUGCAGUGCAGUUCAGCAAAGAGAAGAGGAAGUAGAAGCCCCAUUGCAUGAGUGGAUGACAACCUGGGCUUCAUUGAAUCUCACCCUGUAUAAACAAAGAGUUUAAUACAUGCAAAUAUAUUCCUUUAACAUUUUAAAACACCUGUGCAUGUUCAUUCCAUUAUUCAAUCAUCACCUUAUACUACAGUCCCGAGGGUAGUUUAUAAUAAAAGAAAGAAAAAAUAAGUUUCAAUAAAUUACAUAUAAAGUGGACAAGAUAAAAUAUUAUUAAAGAUGUUAUGGUGGCAGCAGAAUUUGUAAAUAAAGAAUAAAGGGGUGUGGGUGUGUACAGUAAGCCCACAACUUGUGCUUGCUUUACUUAAGCAAUUGCAACCUUACACAUGAUGGGAGAUGAAUAAGUAAAUGGGGGAAACCCAUUACUCUCCACUUAUUUAUUUUUCCCACCACCAGUGACCCAGUGGGUUUUCCUUGCUUACUGUGCUUUGGGAAGGCAGUGUGGGGACUCUGGUAGUAUCGCAGAGCCUGUUAAGGAAUAUGCCUUCACGCUUCCGGGCUCUGGGAUAUUCACAGGAAGGCUUUGAGAAGUUCUUGGGGCCUUCCUACGAUCUUCCCAGGCCCCAGUAAGCAGCACUCCACAUUGUGGGACAGGGCGGUUCUGCGGGUACCUGACUUUUCGCAAUUUUAUCUUUGCAUGUAGACCCCCAGAACCGAACACUCACAUAAGUGGCAGGCUCACUGUAUGUGUGUACAUACACCCCCCCCUAAAUAUCUGGAAGGGUUGUUAAGCCAAAUCUUCCACAGUUUGGUAGCAUGGUAGCAUCAGUCACCGUUUAGGGAAGCCAUCCCAAAGCUUUGCAUUGAGGAGUUCAUCCAAUGUCAGUCUGCUGGGAAUCUGCUUUCUCCUAUAAAUGCAUCUAAUAGUGAAAAAAUAAUGUUUAAAAAUAAGUAACCCCAAGUCAGGUCAAAUAGAUGCUUUAAUAGAGUAGUUUUGAUUUUUAAAAUUAUUCUUUUAAAUAGUAUCUUUAAUGUCUUUGGUUUGUGAACAAAAUCAAAGAGAAAUUCAGCUCUGUGGCUAAUGGCUUUUUAAUAGUGUCAUGUUUUCAUUAAAAUUAUAUCCAACUAUAAAGCUAGGAAGCAUUAGGCAAAGAUAUGCAUUAUCAAAGCCUUUAUAAUCUAUGAAAAUUAAGUGCUCUUCGAUGGUACGCUUGCUGCAUGAAAACAAAUAUUUUUCAGUACAUCACAUUCUUUAAGAAUAGUAGCAUUAUAUAUUUUAAAAGAUCUUAACAAAUGUAAAUAUUUCUUUCUAGUGCUAAUGUUUUAAGACACUGCUGGUUUAUAUUUUGAUAUUAGCUAGAAUUAGGAAGUUUAAAUCUCAGAGUAAAAGUAGUUAUGGUAGAAGCACAACUGCAUUAUAAGCAAGGCUGUCUAGACAGAUAAUAUUGUUCACAACAGUCUAGACACAAUAAUUCUGAUUAAUUCUUGGAAUCAUUUUUAGUACUUCUAAUUGAGAAGAACUCAUUAUGGGAGAUAACAGCAAUUUACAAGCUGAUUCUUGGAGAUUCUGAUUUGCUUGAGAUAAAUGCCAAGAAGUUUGUUCCUUCUUUAAACUAUUUUCUUUGUUUUUCUUUCACUUGUCUAUGUCGCCUCUCCUGUCCCGUAUAAAUGUAUUUUAUGGAUCUUCUUACAUUGUCUUUGGUAAUUUAUGCACAAAGGGAGCAUGACAGAAAUAUUACCCCCCCCCCUGCAAUUUCCAUCAUCCAAAUUAAAGAAAUAAAAAUAGUUGGGGUUACAAGGUUAUUGCUUCUCACAGAAUACUAGCAAUGCCAAUUAUGUUCUAUUGGAUGUAUAAAAUGCUUGCAGCCACUACUCUCCUGUAACCUUGUUUGAAAUUUGCAGGUCUGUUUUAAAAAUGCUCUAGGAGGAAGCAUUUUCAGCUUUCUUUGGGACAGAAAGAUCCAAGAACCAUCACAUAGAUGACUAAAGUGUAAAUUGUGAAACGUUCUAUUUUAGGAGCAUUUGUUGUAAUGUGUUUUUUCUCCCUUGGGUGUUGAAUUUCUUCCAAUAGGCUUAGCUCCCCCUACUGCUCAAAGGAAAGAAACUCUGUUAGAAUGAAAUUGUUGCCUUUCCCUCUCUUCGAGGCCUCAGUUCAUUUCCUGUCUUUGCUUGGAGCAGACCAUUUGAUUUAGGUCUGCUGUUGUCUGUGUCCUCUUCCCUAGGCCUGUGUAUUUUGUCCUUUUCCUUGACUUCUUUGUUGUGUGUGAGGUUAGCCUCUCCACCUGUUCCUUUUCUGAUUUUUUUAAAUCUCUCAGUCAGCUUCUUAGCUGUGACUGGUGCUUGUUUCUCUCCCCACGGCCACCUCAGUCCUUUCCAAAGGUUCCUUGAUUAAAUUUCUGGCUAAUAUUAUUUCCAUCUGCUUCUGAGCCAAAUUCUCUGCAUCCCCCCCUCUCAGCAUUCUAAAAAAAAAAUAAAAAAUUCUAUAGUCUUUCUGGCCCCUUCCCUUCCACACCUCAAUUGCCUUUCUGUUGCUCUGGUGAAGGCAAGGUGUGCAUCAAAACAAUGGGAAAGGCAUCUAGGAAAAGAUUGACUACCUCUCACAACUCAGUGUGCAUGUUUCUCAUCAAGCUCAGCAGUAGCUGCUGUCGGAGCACUUGUGGGUAUGUGCUAGCUAGGAUUCAGGAUCUGCAGCACCUCCUAACUGUAGUGCGCACGUGCACGCACACACACACACACACACACACACACACAUGCUUUGGCGGUGGACUGUCCCAGUUCCAGCUGAGUAGACACACGGUGACAGUGUUAGCUCAGUUGAGCUAGGGAGGGUGUGGUCAAUUCUCCUGCACGGCUUUUGUAGACUUGGAGAAGGUCCAAAAUCCACAGGCCUUGAGAGAGAGCCUGGAACUCCUUCACAUCUUCUAUCGUGAGCAAGACAUGACUCUCAGACGACGACAGGUAACAUAUUUUGCCAUCAAAUUUAGACUCAUCCACAUCUGAGGAUGAGUUUGUGGUGUUUCAGGAGUCCCCAUGUCUAGUCUCAAGCAAGGCCUGUCAAUUCUUUUGUUUAAGUCAGAGGAUCUCAAUGCAGAUGAAAAGCACCUUAUUAUUGGACCUUUCAGCUGAGAUGCUUGGGCAGAGCAAGGCUUUGGGGUCUCAUCCCUCAGCAUUGAGUGAUCAGGAGAGCAUCCACCCUCCAGGUCCCCCAAGUAACAUGCUAAGUCUGUAACAGCACUCCCCUUCUGAAGAGGAUGUGGAAAGCGCUUCAGAGCUAAAGACAAGCCCUAAUAAAAAGAACAACACCUGCACAUAGAUAACUUUUGCCUAGCAAACAACCGCCUGAAUCUAUUUCUGUUAUCCUGAGUUGGAGGAUGGGGAAUGAAGUGAUGGGUCUGAGAUGGAGGAGGAGCAUACUUGAAUUAGACAGUUUUGGGAAACCCGUUACUUACCAUUAUUAUGUAAAACAUUGAUGCUCUGGGACCUGAAUGCCUCAUCUCUUCAGCCCACAACAUUUAGGGGCAUGAGUUUUGCCAGACCUGAUGCCUUCUGGAAAAGGCAUUUUUUGUACCUCCCCAUUUAAGAAACUAGUCAAAGCUGCAUAGACCAUGCCUUUGCAAAGCAAAAGAACUGUAGCAUAUGCUGACUAGGUUUAUAUUCUAGAUCAACCUUUCCUGGAUAUUCAUAAUAAACUAUGACUGACAGUAUAGUCCGUGGAGCGGAGCUAUUAACUAUGGAUUUCCAACAUUAUUUGGCAUAAAAGGUUAAACGCCACUUAUACAAUGAUUUCCUUUAUUUCAAAUACUGAAAAAGGCUAUGUUUUGCCAUAAUUUCUGAAAACAUAAGAAUGGUAAUAAUGUGGAUUGUACACCUGUAGAACUGUAUGUGCAAUCUUUAAAACUAAAAACAAGACAGAACACAGAAACACAGCAGAACAAAGCAAUGGAAAUGCAAUAUCUGCUGGAGUAUCUUAGUAGUACAAGUAUUUUAUAGUACCAUCAGUGUACAGCAUGCGCUUUUCAGUCACAUAAACCAGUAAUUCUCAUGUCCUUCCAUGCUCAAACAUAAACAGUGGGGAGGGAAAUCUAGGAAAGCAAAUACAGUUUAAAUCUGGGUACCAUGGGAAAUGUGAAACCUUCAAAAUUAGCCUUAGUAAUUAGCAUUUAUUUGGGACUUUAAGAUUAGUCCUCAUAUUGUUUUCGAGCAAUCACAUCCUUGUGUUUUUCUGCUUUUUGCUUCCUACAUCACCAGGAUGUUCCAGGUCUCCAAAUAAGGGAGUGAGACAAAAGUGAAUUUGUCUAUGUCAGAGUAUUCCAUUUUAUUGCUGAUUUAAAUGCAGAACAAUUUGCUGUAUCCCAUACAAUCAAAUAGAGUAGAAUUUAACUGCUGUUGAAGUUGCAGGUGUUAUGCUGUGUCUGGAAGGUCUUUACUCCUCGUUUGAAUCAAGGAUGACACCCAGUGGCCAUACAGGGUCAUUCCAACAUAUAAACUGGUAUUAAGAUUUCAUUUCCUUGCCUUUUAGCCUCCUCUUAAAGAAGUAAUUAAAUUCCUAUCCACUUGAGCUUCCUGAUGCCAUUUAAAUGAUUUGAUCAAUUGCUUUCAUCCAAUGACCAAUCUUAUGGCUACCCUUUCCCCUGCCCAUUAUAGAUUUGUUUUUAACUUCUCAUUUUUCAUAUUCUCUUCACUUUAUUGAUAUUUAUAGGAAAGUAAUUUUUCUGAAAUUUAUUAAAUUACAAUGUAUGCUGUAAAUUAUAGCUUUCUUUAAACAAAAUGCCAAUGGGGUAAGCCACAGAAGAGUCCUUAUUCUUGUCCACCUGUCAAGGAAGUUUAAUAUUUAAUACGACUUAACAAGAUGUAUUAAGAUGCAAUCUUGGUCUCUAAUGUAAUUUAUCUUGCUUUGGAUCAGAUAUGCACUUUAUAUUUCUUCAAAAACACAGGGCAUAAAACAACACCAUUAGCUACAAACCUUUUUUUUUUUUUUUUUUUUUAAAUUUCUGGAACGUUCAAGUAUUCCCUGUCUUGCCUUGUAUUUUUCAAGCCCUAGAGACCACAAUUGCAUCCUAGCAAAUGGUGAUGUUAAUAAGGUAUCUUGUGAAAGCCGGACUGAUGUAAUGGCUAGUCUUUAGCUGAAACUGGAGUGACAAAGUUCAAAUUUCUACUCAGUCCUGAAGCUUAUUGGGUAAUCUUGGGCUAGCCAUAUUCCCUGAUAGGGUUGUUAUAAAAGUAAAAAUGGGGUGUGGGCUGGGAGGGGAAAAUCAUGUAUGAUAGCCUGAGAUCCUUGAUAGGAUAAAAAAUUCAGGAAAUAAGUUAGGAGCUGCGAAGCAUAUCUGUAUGGGAAUUUCCAUGUUUCCAGUUCAGCACAUUAUUGAAAAACACAGGGAAUCCAAUUUUCCUAGACUGGGAAAUAUUCCUAGAAGUAACAAGUAUAUUGAUAUGUGAUGAUAUACUAUGGAUGGCUCUACCAUUCUUACAGGCCACCAUCAAUUGUUUGGACAUGGGGCUCCAGAGAAGAAUAUAUGAACUAUACUGUUUGAUAGCCAUUAGAUGUUCAAUGACAUCCAUAAAAAUGUUGUAACAGAUUCUAGCUAGAAAGUGUUCCAGUGAGUACAUAAGCAUCAGUCUAGGAUACCAUUCUAGCUUAUUUGUAUUUAUUUUUUUUGUACAGUUUGUAUCUUUCCCCUCCUGCUUUUCUCCACAAGACAGACUACAAAAGAACUGCUGCUGCCCAGCAGAGAGUACUGUUAACAUUCUUUUAAAUUGCUUUUAAAUUGUGUUUUUAAUUUUUUAAAAUUUAUUUAUUUUUUACAAAAAUGAAUUGUUUUUAAAGGUUUUUAUGUGUUUUGAGGGGGGUUAUUUGGCUGUUUCUGCUUAUAUAAAUUUUGCUUAUGUAUUUUGUGUUUUUAUUUUGCAAUUUUAUCUUGUGAACUGCCCUAAGACCUGCAGGUAUAGGGUGUUAUAUAAAUUUAAUUAAAUAAUAAUAAUAGUUAUAAUGGGGUGUUGGAAUGAAAUCACGACAGACAAGUAGCAGGUGUCAUGUGAGAGGCGUCUCUCAAGCAAGUCCCGAGAAGAAGCUUUUAUUGAAUAUUACAACAUUGCCACAGGUGCGCUCAUUGCUGAUUGGUUAACACAAGUACAAAGCAAAGGUUACAUAUAGGCAUUAAUCACCAAUAGAUUAAAGGCUGGGAAAGGGAGCACAGAACUAGACAGGCAUGAAACCUCCUAAUUAAAUUAUAACUAAUGAUUGAUAUAGCAAGACUAAAACAAUUACUAAUGAUUGAUCAUAACAUGAAAGAAUACAACAAUCGCGUUCCAUAGAUGUGGUCAACUAUGCAUUAAGAACAGGUCAGGGUACACUGUUUCAUUAACUCAAUGGGAACUGUUAAGAACAUUCUCAGACUCAUGUGCAGAGGCAAAAACUUCCCAGCAUCUCCCCCUUUCUUAUUUGCGAGGUGUUACUAUAUGAUUUCUGGGUGAAUAAGACAAAAAUACUUCGGGAUACGUGGUAUGCUAGCGAAUGCCCGAAAUAAGUUCGCCAGGGUUGACGGGACAGAAAUACUUCGGGAUACGUGGUCUGCCAGCGCAUGCCCGAAAUAAGUCUGCCCACAUCUCCCCUAAUGUUUACUGUUGGUGCUGCCAUUUCGCAAAGUAGGCAGCAAGGAGUUUAUUGGGUGGCUGAGGGGGAGAGAGAAGCCGAGACAAAAGACUUAUGAGGCCAGGAAUGCAUUGGAGGAAGCAACAUAGCAAAAUUAAUAUACAUAUAAUGACAAUGGCAUAUUGAAAGAGAUUACGAAGCCAAGUCAGGUUUGGUAACCAAGCGGUAAGCCACUGGGUGAAAGAAUCCCAGAGGCCAGAAAAUCCAACGUCCUGUUUAAUGUGGUGUGUAAGAUUUUGCAAAUGAGAGAUUUGGCUUUGAAUGGCUUUAGAAUUAUCAGUAAUAUUGAAACAACACAUGUCAUUCACUUGUUCACAGCCAUAAUGAUGAAGCAUGAGCAAAUAGUGAUAGCAGCACGAUUUCGUAAAAGUCCAUGGUGGAGUUCACUCUGUUCUUUGUUCAAAAGGUGAAGAGCUUGUGAAGUAAAAUUCAGGGCUUUUGCUGCAGAACAAGCUAAAGAAUUAAUGUUCAUACGAUUCUGUACAGCCAAUCCAGGGACUCCUAAGAGAGAAUCAGCUAAAGAGAUAUAUUCAGACCUACUGGGAAGAGAGACAAAAUCAUCACAAUCAUUAGUCAAUUCCACAGAGUGGCGAUAUCGAGAGCGGGACAAAUGAUGCUUUUCAUUGUUCACUCACCAAUUGUUUUAAAGCAAGUAGCUUUUCCCCCGUUAUGGGCCAUUGUUCUACCCAUACCGGGGUGGUUGAUUUCCAGUGGAGGGGGAGUGCAAGCUUACUCAUUAAAUUGAAUGGUAGCCUGUAAUUGUUGUAGUAAGUCUCUGCCCCACAGAUUGAGGUGGAUUUUCAGAACACAGGGCUGGAUAUAUGCAAUGGUUUCAGAGCUAUCAGGCAGAGAAACAGGCAGCCACUGUACGCUUUUGGAAGAGGUUUGAGGUCCACCUACACCCCAAACUGCAGAGGCAGACUCAAGGGGCCACGUGGGGUCCCAGCAACUACUGGAAAUUACAGAAAUGUCUGCGCCUGUGUCAGUCAAGCCUUCCAGAACCUUGCCAUUGAUUUUAUACUUACGAAGAAGCUUCUGUUCACCAAUCCGCUGGAUUACAGCUAACAGCUGUGGGGGAAAAGGAGAGAGCUCGUGCAAAUUACUAUCCAUAAUAGAAGCAGUAGGAUGAGAAGGGAGCAUCACCAAAUACGCCCAGGACUCACCCUUUUUUAACUGCAUGGGCAUGUGGCUCCAAAGUUGAACCAUUAUUGUGCCCACAUAGUCAGGAUCCAGAACUCCUGGAAUAACCUGGAUUCCUUCUUUGGCCGCAGAAAAUUUGGGUAAAAUUAAGCCUGCGACUUUAGGAGGUAGUGGGCCUGCCAAUUGGGUGGGCAUAAGCACAAUUUCUCCAGGUAAAACAGUGUCUUUGGUCUCUUGGUUGAUCAAUUCAAUGGUAAAAUCAGAGCGUGUAUCCUUUGAGAUGGUUUUAAUAGUGGAGACUAACGGUGGAGGGCUCCCUAUUUGUCCUGGCCCGGGAGUGGGGCCCCUAAGGAGUUUCCCGGACUCCUGCACUGAUUUGCCCAAUGAUAGCCUUUUCCACAUUUCGGGCAUUUUUUGGAAGGUCUAGCCUUGUUGGCAGCAGCAUCCCUGCUUGCCCCCCCGCCAGGGGCUCUGCAUUGUUUAGCAAAAUGGCCUGGGCGCUUGCAAUUAAAGCAAUUGCCUGUAGGUUUAUUGUUAGCUUGGAUUGCGCCGGCAAGCAAAGACAUCGCAUGGCUCUGGCUACCGACAUCCGCACAAGCUUGAAUCAUAUCAGCCAGGUCAUAUUUAGGGUGAUGUAUGAUGGACUGCAACGCUUUCUUGCAAUCGGUGUUUGCAUUUUCAAAGGCCAAUUUUUUCAUCAAUUCAUUUUGAGCUGUAGUGUUAUCAAUCUGCCUAGUGACUGAUUCUUUCAAUCUAUCUAUAAACUGAUGGUAGGGCUCCGAAUGCUGUUGCUUAAUAUUGACAAAGGAGCUCAGCGGUUCCCCUGAGACAGAGACUUUCCGGAAGGCUCGUUGUACACAGGUCGCGGUGCGACUAAAAUGUAAAGGUGUCAGUGUCGCCUGGGCUGGUAUAUUAUCAUACUGACCCGCACCAUAAAGUUGAUUGGCUGUAUACUGCGGAUCAGACAGGGCUGAUGCGCUAUGUUUAAAUUCACUCUCAAACACCACAUACUGAGCCGGGGAUAAAAGCAUGCGCAUCAGGUCUUUCCAGUCUUGAGGUAGCAUUGUAUAACCAGUUGCUAUUCCCUCUAGCAUUCCUAUUACAUAAGAGGAUUUUAGACCGGAAUCAGUAAUGGCUUUCCUUAAUUCUCUCAUUACAGAAUAAGGAAGCGUCUCGUACAAUACCUGCUGUUGAGCAGUUCCUGGGUUUGUAUAGGUGAUAGGGAAAGCAGAUGGCAUUUCACCAGCCCAUUCAGACUCUUCCUCUAAGGACAGGAGCCCUUUCUGCCUAGCCAGAGAAAGCGCAGCGCGCACAGCUCCUGUAGAGCAAACAGGGGCUGUGGCAGGCGAAGGAGGGAUGGGGGGAGGAGGAUGCAGGCUGAGACGGUUGAGACGUAGGAAGGGAUUGGCAGGGUUGCGAAGGGGGCAAAAGCUUGGGGUAAGGUGGGGGAUUGUCUGCAACGGCUAAAAGGGCAGGGGCCGAGGGAGACGCCUGAGGUCCUAAUUUAGCAACGGCAUCUGCACAUUUCUGCCAAGUGAGCAGACAAUGAAUUGGAGCCCUCGGUUCUGCAAAGAGGGUUUUUUCGAUCUUUUGCCAAGUUUCCAUCCCCAAGGACCCUAUUUCUGGGUACCAGGGGCACUCACAAGCGAUAUGACAUAACAAUCAUUCAAUUUCUUUUAAGGAAAUAUGCGCACCUGCUACUCUCUGUCUGACUAAAUGAAACAGUUCUUUAGCAUGCUCUUUUUGGGACUUUGUAAGCUCCCCCCCAUACUCACGGAGUAGCGCGCUGAGACUUUUCCAGUCGAGUGAAGUAUGAGGCUGCAUGAAGGGAUCUGGCACGUCGGGGGUCACCAGAUGUUGGGUUUAAAUAACGACAGACGAGUAGCAAGUGUCAUAUGGGAGGCAUCUCUGGAGUAAGCCCUGAGAAGACUCUUUUAUUGAAUAUUACAACAUUGCCACAGGUGCGCUUGUUGCUGAUUGGUUGAUACAAACACAAAGCAACUUGUUGCUGAUUGGUUAACACAAGUACAGAGCAAGGGUUACAUAUAGGCAUUAAUCACCAAUAGAUUAAAGGCUGGGAAAGGGAGCACAGAACUAGACAGGCAUGAAACCUCCUAAUUAAAUUAUAACUAAUGAUUGAUAUAGCAAGACUAAAACAAUUACUAAUGAUUGAUCAUAACAUGAAAGAAUACAACAAUCAUGUUCCGUAGAUGUGGUCAGCAAUGCAUUAAGAACAGGUCAAGGUACACUGUUUCAUGAACUCAAUGGGAACUGUUUAGAACAUUCUCAGACUCAUGUGCAGAGGCAAAAACUUCCCAGCAUCUCCCCCUUUCUUUUCUUAUUUGCGAGGUGUUACUAUAUGAUUUCUGGGUGAAUAAGACAAAAAUACUUCGGGAUAUGUGGUAUGCCAGCGAAUGCCCGAAAUAAGUUCGCCAGGGUUGACGUGACAGAAAUUACUUCAACCCAACAAUGGGGCAGUUCAUGACAAUUUAAAAUAUGGUAACAAAUAAAGACAAAAAAAGCUAUAAUUUAAAAGAAUAGUUACUUACGUGAGGAAUUAUGAAAAAAGAAUGAAUUCUAUUUGGUGAAAAUAAUUGAUAUAGGGGCUCAAAGCAGAGCUGUUAUCAUAUUUCACAGAAGACAUUUUUCUGAUAAAAUUUCUGAUAUUUUUCUCUGAAGGCUGCUUUGCGGAAUUUCCCUCUAAUACUCUUCUCUGCUUUUGUGAUGCCCAGCAAGCCACAUCUACUAAGGUAGUUGCUGCUGCUUCCACUUGUUGCAGCAGAAGCAGCCACAAUACCUUUGGGGCUGGAAAAAGAAUGCUUUGCUACUGUCACUGGUAAUAGUGAGUUACACCUCCAGUAAAUUUCUCCUCCCCAAAGAGAUUUAGUGAAAUGGUCCCUCGUUUUCUCUACUUACAAAUAAGGUGGGUAAUUUCUAGAGUCCAUUUGUACACAGCUCUAGUUCAAAAAAAGUGUAGAGUCCUGUCACUCCCAUAAUGAUGUUUUUGGAGACACAUUGUUAACCUGUUCCUUCCCCUUCUUCAUCUUACACCCAGUGCUUUUUUUCAGGGGAUACCCAAGGGUACAUAGUACUGGCACCUCUUUUUUGUUAUUAAAAAGUGUGGCACUUACUGUAACAACUUCAUGGUGAGUACUGGCACCUAUUUUUCUAUUUAAAAAGCCCCUGUCAGGUUGCCGUCAGUUGCUCCUGGCUGGUUGCCCAGGAAAGCAUAAAGACAAGAAAAAGUUUCUUACCAUCCUUUGUUAUUCAAUAUUUACAGAGAGGGCUAUAGACCCAGCCUCUUGGAUAAUGGCAUUGUCCUGAGUGAAUCUCCACCACCCCAUCUCUCCCACUUCCUCAUUCAUCACUUCUGCAGGUGUUGCUACGUUCCUUCUGUCUUUGAGCUCUUUGCUCUCCUACUUUCAAGGCUCGCUGGGUUCUGGGAGAUGGAGGGUCUGGGAUGCUUUCAAAUGACACUGUGUCAGUCAGCUGUCGCUCCGCUUCCUCCCUCUCCUCCUCCUCCUCUCCCAUUAUUUCCCAACUUUCCCCCUUAUAUGCCUCUGAGCUGUGACCUCCCACAAACCACUGUUGUAAAUCUAUACUGUCUUCCUCUUCCUCCUCCCUGGAAGGGUCAGGAUGGGGAGGUGAUUUCCACCAUUCCUCCUCUGCCCAGUCCCUGACAGCAACAAUUGAAAGGGCCCAGUCUCUGGCUACAAACAGUUAUCCCCAUCUAGUUGGAGAAAGCUCAAAGGAACCUUUGAUCAACCUUAUUUGAGAUGGGGGGACUCGUAUUAUGAACUCCUGCAUCUCAAACAUUUUUCCAUUCUUAAACCCAGCACUUGUUUUCAAUGGCAAUGCUGAGCUGUUCAAAUGUGAAGCAUAUAAGAGUAGAACAUGUUGUGUAUAUCCAGCAUAUUAAUGCUUUUUUAUAUAUCUCAGUUAGGUCUGAUUCACACAGAAGCUCAUGCCAUUACUGCAUUUCUUCCACCUGUUCACAGAUUUCCUGUUUGAACAACUUCAGUCCUAUGGACACACAUAAUCUUAUAAACAGGGUACAUGCAGACACUCAUGACUGCAAUUGCAGGAAUUCUUGUUACACAAAAUGUUUGCCCUAUGCAUUUAUGUAUUAUAUACAGUGCUAUAAACAUACAGAUACAUAUAAGACCAAGUGUAGAUGUUCAGGUCCCGUACUGUCAAAUUGAGGGAAACUGGCUACCAUCGCACUAGGCAGAGUAUGUCCCAACCCUCAGUAAUGGCAACUGAUUUCUGCAUAUAUGAGAUGCAGUGGGUUUUCUGGUCACAGACAUCACAAUAAUUUGUACCCAUGGUAAACAGUGGGGCCUAUUGAGUGCCCCAGUCAAAUCAGUGCAGCUGUAUUACAUCACAGGAAGGGAACAACGCCUCCCAGCAUAUCAGAAAUGGUGAGACUCUAAAAGUCAAUCCUAUAAAGUGAUGUCAGUUCAUAGUGGUUCGUAGAAUGGCUCAGUAAGUAAUGGCUUUCUUUCCCUUUUUAUAAUCAAACAAUAAGAAAGUGAAAAGCAUUAAAAGCAGGAUCCCUGCCAGAACCAAAUGAAUAAUUAGCAUCUAUCUUCACUAAAGAUGCUGGUGAGGUACUCAUAUCUUAAAUAUCACUUUCAGAUGACAAAUUUAAUGAAUCCCCACACAUCAGAAGCUUCGUGUAAGAGGUUUUAGAGUAAAUAGAUUAAGCAGCAAUAUGUCGCUAGGUAUAGAUUGAGUCUGGAAGGUCUCAAUUUUAAAAUUGCUGAACCACACAUUUUGAAAUGUAAAUGUCUCUUAACACCAGCCUCUCUUUUAGAGGGUGAGAUGAUAGCUAAAGGAAUACCAUUAUUAUUAUUAUUUUAAAUGCCUGGGAACUUCAGGGUGCUGAACAUGAUUUCAAGACCAUGCAAAUUAAUAGGGAGAGGAUAUAUAUAAAAUUGUGCAUAAUUUGAGAAAAGUGAAGAGGAGAUAUUUUAUCCUUUUACAUAGUGCUAGAUAUGAAAAGAUACUAAAGUGAGGACACAUCAAGUGCCAUGUGUUCUAAGCAAGUUGGAUGAAGCAGAACUGAAGGAUAUAAAGGAGUAGUUAGGAAAGGUCAGAAGUGUAUUAACUAGUAGAAAGAAGCACUCUAAAGCCAUUGCUUAUGGUAAUGCAGGAAAGGCUUUAUGGACUAAAUGAUUCUCAAAAUAAUCUUGAGGGCUGGUGGAAAUAGGUGCUUUGUAAAGAGAGAGAGAACAGAACCUUUAUUCGUAUAGGGGUAAGAGAAAGCAAAAAAAGAAAAGGUGACAAAUGCUAUCAACUGGAAGUGAAUUGGCUAAUCUGAACAACUCUUGCUGAUCUGGACACAGCAAGCAGAACUCAGUUCCGGCACCUCUCAUUUGGACACCAUUGGCCUUAUAAGAGAACAAGGGAGACAUUCAUGGUGAGUUCCGACUAGCACACACACAUAACAAUACCAUUGCAAAAACUCAAAAAGUUUGAGUUUGCAGCACUAAAACAGCAGAGUCCUCUCACUAACACAUUUCUUUUUUUCUGAGUUUUUGUUACCAGAGCGCACUUCAUCUUCAUUAUGAAUUUAUCUGUAGCUGCUAGGCACCAGAGUGCUCCCCCUCUCUUUGUACACAAAACCAAAAGGCUGUAAACUGAAAAGGGUAAUGGUAGGCCUAUGUACAGGUGAAACUCGAAAAAUUAGAAUAUCGUGGAAAAGUUCAUUUAUUUCAGUAAUUCAACUUAAAAUGUGAAACUAAUAUAUGAGAUAGAGUCAUGACAUGCAAAGCGAGUUAUGUCAAGCCUUUAUUUGUUAUAAUUGUGGUUAUCAUGGCGUACAGCUGAUGAAAACCCCAAAUUAACAAUCUCAGAAAAUUAGAAUACUAAAUGAAAUCAGCAAAAACAAGGAUUGCAAAUAGAGCAAUAUUGAACCUCUGAGAAGUAGAAGCAUGCAUAUGUACUCAGUAUUUGGUUUGGGCCCCUUUUCAUCAAUUACUGCCUCAAUGCGGCGUGGCAUGGAUGCUAUCAGCCUGCGGCACUGCUGAGGUGUUAUGGAAGACAAGGAUGCUUCAAUAGCAGCCUUCAGCCCUUCUGCAUUGCUCGGUCUCAUGUCUCUCAUCUUUCUCUUGGCAAUGCCCCAUAGAUUCUCUAUGGGGUUCAGGUCAGGCAAGUUUGCUGGACAAUCAAGCACAGUAAUCCCAUGGGCAUUGAACCAGGUUUUGGUACUUUUGGCAGUGUGGGCAGGUGCCAAAGUCCUGCUGGAAAAUGAAGUCAGCAUCCCCAUAAAGCUCAUCUGCGGAAGGAAGCAUGAAGUGCUCCAAAAUCUCCUGGUAGACAGCUGCAUUGACCCUGGACUUAAUGAAGCACAGUAGACCAACACCAGCUGAUGACAUGGCUCGCCAAAUCUCUUUUCUGAUGAGAGCAGCUUUUGCAUCUCAUUUGGAAACCAAGGACCCAGAGUCUGGAGGAAUAAUGGGGAGGCACACAAUGCCAGAUACUUGAAGUCCAGUGUGAAGUUUCCACAGUCUGUGUUGAUUUGGGGAGCCAUGCCAUCAGCUGGUGUUGAUUUCACCUUUUAAGUUGAAUUACUGAAAUAAAUGAAUUUUUCCACGAUACUCUAAUUUUUUGAGUUUCACCUGUAGAAGCCCACAUCUAUGUAAAUAAGAACAGUGUGACUCCUUCACAGCAGUGAUCACUGAUAGGACUCAUUUUUGCUGUUCUGAUUUAACUCUUAGUCAGUUAUAGUUUUUUCUGUUAUAUUUUUAUUUGUUUGUAUAAAUUAUUCCACUCACAAUCCAGUUUGUUGACACUUACAUUCUAUAGGGUUAAUUCAACAGAACUAAACUUGCAAGUUCUAGUUCAGCUCGUUAACACUUUGAAGAUGAGCCCUCCUGGAUUAGAUUGAAGUCCUAGUUAGUCCAGCAAUCAGGUUCCCAUCAUGUCAAAGUAAAUAACUCAGAGAAGCACAAAAGCAGGACUUAAGGGCAAUAGACCUCUCCUAUUGUUGUAGCUUCCCCCACCCUCCUACCCAGCAACUCGUGUUCGGAGGCCUCUUAUCUUGAAAGGCGUAUAUAGUCAUCAUAAUGAGUAGUAGCCAUUGAUAGCCUUAUCCUCCAAAAAUUUAUCUAAUCCAAUUUUAAGAUUGGUGGCUAUUACCGCAUUCUGUUGUAGCAAAGUAUAUGCUGACUACCAACUUUUGUCUAUGCAUGACAGCGGGUAUAUAUGACUAGCUCAUCAUAGACUAUGGCAGCUGAGAGGUAUUUCCCUGUAGCAACCAUGUGCUGAUGUGAGAAUGGUCCCUGUUCAUGUCAUAAAUGUGUGUUGAACUGUGAGUUAUGUGCAUUGUGAAAGUUGAUCUUACUGUGAUGUCUGCAGUGGGAUUGUAAAUAGUAUUUAAAUAGUAUUUAAAGGUGUGAAUUUUGGUGGUUGGAUGUGGAGUAAAAAGACAAGCAUCAUUAUGUUUUUAGCAUCUCCGAAACAUAGGCUGAUCAAAGCGAGGGAUGGCUGACUUAUUGCCAUGCGAUGCUAUCGUUAAUGUCUUUAGCAUAUGGUAGGUAUCCAUGGCAGGAUAUUUAUGAUCAUUAAUUUGCCUUAAGUAAGGCACGUCCUGAAGCCAGGGUAGGGGUAGCAUGUUUGCUGUUGCAGCUUCGUGGUUCAGGCAGCACAACAAAAGUCUUUUUUUCUGAGCAAUUGAGUUCUGGGGUGGGAACAACUUUUCCUAAGCUGAAUGCUUUCAAAAUGUACAAUUCAAAAAGAUGAAAGGGUUAUAAAUAUAUGUAAAGCAGGCAAGAGAAUAAUAGAUAAGCUUCAGCAGAGGAUUAAAGCAAAACAGUACACCGCCUAGUAUUAAAAUGAAAGGAUUUAUUAUGAAGUCUUAAACUUAUCACAGGCUUACCAGCAGGUAGGGUCUUGAAAUAAAACAGAGUUUUCUGCGAUGUUUUGGUGGGAUGCUAUACUGAGAAGAAACAUGUUUUAAAAGCAUCAAUCUUUUUUUUUUAAAAAAAUGAUAGAAAUAAACAGCUAUUCAAAGUUUAGUGGGGGUGAGGUGGGUAGGGAGUGCCAUACCUUGCACAGCAGGCUCCAGGUUUGAAGAAAAGCUUAUAAUACAUUCAGAUGACUUCUUGGCUGUCAACGAAGUGAAUUGCUUUCAUUCUUGUGCUUUAUUCUUUCAUUCUUCUGCUUCAGACUAUAGCUCAUAAGUAUGUUUUUUCCUUCAUGUGUGGCUAACCUGCACUUGAGUAAAAAGAGAAAUAAACAGCUGCAUGGCUUCAAUGAUGCUGUGUCAAAAGCAUUACAGGGCAUCACUGUCACAUGCUCUGGAAAAUGCCUUAUUUGAAGUGGGAUUUGAAACAGGAGAGAUGUCAUGACUUUUACAAUGAAAUCUUAUCUGUGUACAUACACACACACACACACACACACACAUUUAUUCUGAUAAUAAAUAAAUGACUUGACCUGAAAGGCUUCUAUUUCAAGAGUGUAACCAAGUCAGCUUUGAUUAACAUCCCUAAAAGUUGUUGUCAUUGGAAUGAGAUGAAAGAAUUUAGUGGUAAUAUAGAGGAUGUCCUUGGAAAGACUUGCUUCUAUUACUGAUAGACUGUAAUUGUUUCUUAAGAAGGGUCAUGUGAAAGCAGAGCAAGGGGAUUCUAAUGAUAGUAAUUUACAAAGCUAAUAAAGGAAAUGGUUUCUAACUAUUUAGAUGCUGGUGGUUUAGACGGCAUUUGUAUUGAGACUUUGCACAAAAGGAAAGAAAGUGAAUUUCUCAUCUGAGCAGCUACCCAUUUCUCAUAUAAUGUUGCAAGAUAACAUUAAAAUGUUCAUGGGCUGUAUCAAAAUUUUACACCAACUUCUUAAAGUACCCUUGACUGUACUCAAAAAUAAGCUAUUUUUGCUGCCAAAUGAAGAGGGGAGAGCAUUUUAAGUACCUCUAGCUCAUUUGAAAACCAAAAGUUAAAACUUCCCCUGAGUAGAGGCAGUUUAGGAAUAAAGGCUUUGGCUAAUUAGGUUUAAUGGGACAUUGUCUUGGGAGAUGUGAUUGAUUAGGCCAAUCUAGACACAGAAUAGGCCUGCAGGGUUUAAUUCUUGGAUUCUCCAAGUGAAUGGCAAAUAUCCAAGGGCAUUUUUUUAAAAAAAAUAUUAGAGGGAACAUUAAGAAAGUGUGUGGUACCUACAUGUCAUGCACACAUUCAUGUAAAGUUUUGUGGAUGAAAAGCAGCCUCAAGAGGCUGCAAUUUUGAGUGUAGAAGUGGUGAGCAUUGAGUUCCUUAAGCCUUUCCCAUUCAAAAAUGCCCCUAGCUUAUUUUCUUCUAUGGGAUUCCAUUGAGGUUGCAUUACCUGCUCUUACAUGUAUACCCCUAAGCAUGCAAAAUGUUGCACAGUUGAUCUAUAUUAUCUUUUUACCUUUCUCCCUUUCAGGCACUUUUCUAUAGCUAAGCUAUCCAGAUUUCUAGAAGUCCUUUCACAGAACAGGCAGAGUAGAGUACUAUGCAGCACUACUUCCACAUCUGCCUCUUUGGAAACUAGUCAAAGCUAAGAUGAAACUAGGUGGGAUGUGUACGGUGUAAGAGUUUGGGCUUUUUCUGUGUGGGAGAUUUGAAAAGUCUUGUAUCAACGUGGAAAUUAUCACAAUCUCUUUGGGGAGGCAGAUGCAUCAUAAAGAGAGGAUUCACAAUACAGCUUCACACACAAGCAUCAGGUUGUUGAAUGCUGACUGAAGAAGUUUCUAUAGUCACAUUAUGAGUCAUCAGGGAGGUCAUCUUUAUACUGGAGGCAAUUCCCUAUUAACAUAAGCUAAGAAACCAUAUUGUGCUGAAUAUGUAGGCCUUUCAUCAGUUUCUGUCCCAACACUCAGCUCCUCUUUCUCAAUAAAUGCACAUGAGAAGUCAAAGAUCACAACUACCUGUCUUGGGAAUUUGAUAGAAAGAGGUUGUCAAGGAUGCCCAAAACUGUCAAGAGAAUUGAAUAAGAAUAAUCUAAGGUUCUGCAAACAUCUGGAGCUAGUAAGGAGUACAAAUUUCAAAAAAGAAAAGAGCUAUUUUGUUCGGUUUAUUUUACACAACACAAGAAGUGUAAUCAUUUACAAAGUUAUAUGUAUAGCAAAAACAGGGCAACCUUAAAUAUUCAGCAUGUGACUGAUACAAAAACCAAGCCAUAAUAAGUAUAUCGGCUUGUAUUAUUGUACAAUUCUGUAUAAUGUGGGACAAUAAGCAAGCUUAAUAUAUGCAUGAUCCUUGUCACAAGGUAAACAGAAAAGAUCACCUUGUAAUAAGGAGAAUUUAUUCUUGGGUGCUUUUCUAUAUUUGAUUCUAGCUCUUUUAACAUAGUGAAAGAUGUGUGCAUUAAAAAAUUUCUAUUUGGCUAUCCCUAAACCUUACUGGGGGAAAUGAUUAUUAUUGCAUUAUUAGCACUGGAAAGUAUUUUUAAUUGAAUAUAAUUUUGCAUCACUGCUUUAUAUUGAUUUCUGAGAUGUACAGUAUAUUCAGCUUAGAAGGCAAUGCAAAAUGCUACUUGCAAUUCUUGACCCAGUUAAUAUAUUCUUUAAUUUCUGUCUAAUAUAGCAGAUGUCGAGUAGAAAUAUAUAUCAUUUUCUCUGUUCAGAAAUGUAGGGCCCUUUAGUAUUGCUUAUUUCGAUGGAUGCAUUACAAGGACUCUGCAUAGUUACAUAGUCUUUGUGAAUUAAUUCAUGGUGCUAAAGAAAGACAAAGUGAUUUACAAACAAUCAUGAGAGUCAACAGCAACUAACAACGUUAAGGAAGAAGUUGCAUCUUUGAAAGAGCACAUGUGUUAUCUUUAAUCUUUUUGAGGCACUCUAGAAAGUUUUAUCACAUUUUCACAGGCUUUUUAAAGCAGCAAGGCAUUGUCUUAUAAUUUUUCACUAUUAUGGUAUUGGUUUCCCCCCAAUACUUUUAGAAUAAUUACUGCGUACUUCAUUAAUAAUAUGUAGGAAUAAAUUGUCUCCCAGGUUGAUUUUUAAUUUCUGAAUGAAAGCAGUGGAUUGAUACUCUCAAUAGCAGUUCCAAAGUAUUUCUGGCUGUAUUCUCUCCUGCACCCCCCCCCUUUCUUCUCUGUAGAUGUAGUUAAAUAAAAGUGAUAUAUGUACACUCUGCAGUAACAGUUGAUCAUAAGCUGAUUUAACAGUUUUAAUUCAACUUCAUUAGCCUUAGAGGGGUUGGUUUGAGUAAGAUAUUUUCUUAGGAUGUAAUUUAGACUUCAAUUCUUUUUGCAGCUUCCUCAUACUUUUUCUCUGCCUGCUCUCUGUGAAUGAAAUUACCUUUCCUCAUCACAAAAGCCUCAGAGGCUUCCAGAGGAGUUCUGUAUGAAUUCAACAAGCCCUGAUUGGAUUCCCAGUAUAAUGGCUAUUUCUCUUUCACAUACUCUGAGCACAGAAAACUUGUAUCUUGUUAUAAAAGUGAACUCAAUCUCCCUUUGUUUUGACCUGGAGGGGUAAUAUGGAGGGACAUGCUCAGAGAUUGGUGUAUUCCCAGUUGAACUGAAUCUAAAAGACUAACAAGGAAAAAAAUAUAUCUUUAAAGAGGACAUCUGCACCCUCUGUUUUCAAAUCCCCAUCAGCAGUAAAUCACCUUGCACUUGGUUGACCAAAGAGCCAAUGCGUUUUUCAUGCACAAAGUGCAUUUGCUACAACCGUUAAAUUAAACUCUCUACCGAAUGUGAAAAUAAAAGCUGCAAUCAGAAAGGACAUCCAGUUACUUCUUGGGUAAAACAAUUAUUCCAAAUUGUGGCAUUUAACAUGCCACAACCAAGUCAAGAUAGUUAUGCCAGUCACCGGGGUUUUUUUGUCAUUUUUUUAAAAAAACAUUAUUUUUCUCUCAUUAAAUUUUGUUCCUGGGCUGCACAAAAGGCUAAAUAGGAAAAAAAAUGUUUUGUUUCUAAUGAAAAUGUCUCAUUAUUUGACUAUUGUUAACGCUAGAUUUUUUUUUUACAACAUUUUCAUAGAACUAUAGGAUAGCUACAGCAUUCUAAGAGAGAAAUCUGCUAAUAAUGAACUGCAAGGAUGUAUAGUAUGUAGAUUGGACACAACUGAUAAUUAGACAUGCAAGAAAAGUUUAACACAAAAGACCCUCAACCUAUAGCACCACCCCUGCAGAUCUUCCUUAAACACAAGUAGUAUAACAGUGUAGUAGUAUAUCAUUGUUUUUAUUUGGCUUUUCAGUUUUAAGCUAUGUAUUUUACAAAUCUCAUGUGGCUUGUUCUUUAGAAAGCCAUGUGAUGUAGUUUAAAACUCUGGAAGAGUGACAAAAUGUGUGUUGGAAAGGGGAGGAAAAAUAGAUAUGCCUAUUUCCAGGUGUAGCAGUGCUUCAGCAUAGCUCAGCUCCACUUCCUUUGUCCCGCUAUUUCUUCCAUUUCUCCCAUGAUUUUUAGGCAUGGAUCCAAGAGGUUUUUCUUCUAUCCUGCCACUUUCCCUGGGGCAACCCACAGUUUAUUGCUGAAUCAGAACAAACGUCAAUCCGUAGAAGACUCAGUUGACGUUUGUUCCGAUUCAGCAGUAAACAUCGGGUUUUGCCGCGGGAACUGGCAAGGCAAAAGAAGAACCUCUCAGACCCAUGUCUAGACAACAUGGGACAAAUGGAAGUGUGUAUGAGUCCAGAGUGCGACAUGACCAUCUCUGCCAAUUUCUGCUCUGCAAAGCCUGCCCUUGUAAGCUUUGCAGGCAUUGACUGCACUUUUAUAAGUGGUGAUCAUAAAUUCUGAGGGUGCCUCUUUCAAAGCUGAGCAGGAAAAAGACAAGUGUGAUGGAGCAGAGAAAGCUCAUGAUGAGAAGGUUUAUGAACUACAGCGCUAUAGAAAAGUUGCCCUUUUUAUAGGGUGUUUCACCUGCUGCCAUUCAUUUGCUUCUCUGUCUUGUUGACGGUGUGUGGGGAAUGCACAGACUGUCCCCUUGGACAGGAAGGUUUGCCCUGAAACUCAAGCCACAUAAAUACAAGCCCAAUUUUGUUCAUUCUAUUUUAAAAAAAUAAAAUAUAAAUCAGUAGUCAGUGGAGAUGGGAUCCUUCCCUCCCUAGAACACAAAUGAACCUUGUGAUCCUCCGGGUUAUAAAUUAUAAAUGAGCAGCAUGCUCAUCUGUUAUUCAGAAGCAAAGGUCAAAGGAUUCCCCCCACCCUUACGUUCUUUAAACUGGAUCUCCUUUGAUGUCUACACCGCAUAUACAUAGCAAUCAUUAUAUCCCACGCUCUUGCAUCAUUAAUGCAACUACAAACGAAACAAGUCAAGUUUUGAAUGCCCAGUGCUUCACUAUAAGCACACAGAUGUGAAAGGAAAUCUUGAGCUCGAUAAAAACACACAAAACUUUUACUGAUGGGAUUGCUCCCUAGCAUAACCAUGGGGGCAAAUUAUGAUCCUUUUGGGCAUAAUUCUUGCUCUCCAGAAAUUUUCUGUCUUGCUGCCUUUGACUAGCAAAACGGGAGCUUGCUGUGUAGGUUAAAAACCAGAUGCUGCUGAAAUAUGCUUUUAAUUUCUAAUCAUAUGACAUUACCACCUUGAAAUUGGGCAACAACUGUAUACUCCAUCUAUUAUUACCUGCUGUAGCUGUGCACUAUUACUCCAGUUUAGUUUUGCUUCUUUAUUUAAUUUGGCUCCUGUCCAUCCAACAGGUUCCCAGGGCGGCUUACAAAAAGUUACAAUUAAACCAAACAAAAAAUGGAAACCAGCAAAAAUUAAAACACACACACACACACACACACACACACACACACAAACAAUACAGCAUUAAAAUAAUGUACAGUAGAUUUAAAAGUCUCUUAGUGUGUUGCAAGAGUAUAUAGGGCACCAUAUGUAUUCACAUAGGGGUCCAUGGCCAUUGGAAUCCCAGUCAAUCAGAAGUCUUGCAAGGAAUCCAACACAUGCACACACAGCCUCUUCACACUGAUACCAAACAGUCAGUAAAGUGGUCACUGCAUGUGUUGGCUUCUAAGGCACAGAGGCAAAGGUAAAAGGUAAAGGACCCCUGGACAGUCAAGUCCAGUCAAAGGCGACUAUGGGCACAGAACCAGCCCAUGUCUUUACUACCCCCAGCUAUCAAUUGCCUUUUGGGUAGCAUCACAUCAAGACACAAAGCCCGGGGGACCACCAAGUAUAAGUUGUUGCAAAAUGGUUAUUCAAACUCUAAAAUGAAGAAGCCAUUUAUGUUAAGCAUGUUUGUGGUGUCUAGAGACUGCGGAUAUUCUAAAUAGUUAAUGGAUUAUAAAUACUCAUUUUGCAUUCCAAAUAUUUGCUCCUCAAUAAAUUUUACUUUAGCAUCUUAUUCAGUUUUACUAUAUUUUAUUUUUAAAAACAUGUAUUUGUAAAGCCAUUAUAGUCAGGUCUUAAGACCUUAGCUAUUUCAAAUCAUCACAGGCUAAUAUUUUGCAGAAAUUUGUCAGCCCUAAUUUUAUGUUUGCCCUCACCCUUUCCAGACUCAAUAAUCCUUUAGAGUUUCAAUUUGCAGCCCCUUCUCAGGUCAUUAAUGUUUAUGGAGGUCAUUAGUCGGGAGGUAGAAUGCCCCCAAAUGUACAACUAAGAACAACUGAGAAUUAAGUGCAACUAUAACCUGAGCUAUGUCUAUGGGAUUCUAAAGAAACAGUUCAUGUGAUAAGGUAGAGGAUGGGUGGGGGCAGGGAACACAAAGAACAAGAAGCUCACCACUGAAACCUAACAUCUCCAUUUUGGAGAUUUAAUUGCUCUUUAUUUUAUUUUUAUUGUAUCCACUAUCCUCAAAAAUGCUUAUGGACUACUUUUGAGUGGUUAUCACAAGGGUUACAGAAUGCAUUCACAUGUUGCCUUCUUAAUGAGAAAAUGUGUGGAACAAACCAACUGUUAUAUUGCCUUUCUGGGGAAAGCUUUCUUGCUUAUGGAAGAAGGCAGGAGGUGUAGGCAGCAGUCUCAGCACUCAGUUGUCCCCCUGCAAAUGACCUCUGCCCAAUACCACCUGUCCUGUCUUGCUGUCAUCUCCUGACAUUCCAAAGAAAUGGUAGUUCAUAGCACUAAGGAUAAUGCAUAGUUUCAGAUAAUUGAAAAAUCUCGUACACAAGGCAGUGACUAAAUUAGCCUUCAGAAAUAAUUGGGGAGUUAAAAUAGAUUUUUCAGUUAUCUGAAAUCUUUAUGUUGGUUCACCAUCUUUUUUGUUGACAUUUUGCUAUUGAACACUUUAUGACUUGAUACCUGAAUCUGCAUUAGCAGAAUAAAAGGCUAGCUUUGUUGGUGUAUUUGAUGAACACCCAGGUUUUAUUACUUGCCAUUUUUCUUCCCGUCCCAUCUGCAUUUUGCACUUCCUCAUUUCCACCCUCUCAAUAUAUUGUGCUCUCUUUCUGUUUCCCCCUUCCUUGUGUUUUUGUUGUGGAAGAUGAGAAAUGUCAUUUUUUUUCACAGUGCAUGCUGGAUGGUCAUUUUGCUGAUUGUACAGCAGAGAGAUUUGAAGCCCAUUUGAAGGCUACUAAUCAGUCUUUGGAAUUUUAUGAAAAGGUUGUUCAGAGACCCUUAAAAGGCCUUCAUUAACAUCAUUUUAUCCCAUUUCCCCUCUCAGGAGAGCUACCACCACAGGAAAAAUUAGGGUUGUGUAGUGACCUCAACAUGGUCAGCACCCAAGAUUUGAAUCUUAUUUGUCAUAUAGUUAGGCUACUAUUGUCCAUGUAGACAUUCUGAGAGAGAGUUAAUUUGCUCUGGUGUUUUUGACCUUAGUUUAGAACGUCAUUCUGUGAAGCAUCAAGAUCAUUGAGUUAGUUUUUGUUUUUUUGCUGUACCAACCCUAUUAAAAUGAUGCAAGACCUGCAAAAUUGAAUUAGUUGGGAUGUUGCAAUAACAUGAAUAUGUACUAACAUUGUGUUUUAUGGUAAAAUAUAAAAUGUAGCUUGAAACUGUAAAACGGUUGCUGAUGUUUUCAUAUGUGAUUCAAAGCAUCAUGAACAAAAUCUCUCAGGCAUUAAUUUUACGAUGCUUUAUAUAUUUAUUUUGACAAUUCCGUGUUGUGUCAUAACCAAAAGCUAUUAUUUUGUUAGUGGUUUCAAUAGAAAUUUGAAUGGCCAUAAUAAUACUAAGCAGUAGUGUGAUGUUUCUCAACUUUGUUGUCUAUAAUGACAUUCCAUUAUAGAUUAGAGAGGAUUGUAAAGAAUCUAUUAUCCCCCCAAAUUAAUAUUCACAAGUUUUAGAAAAUCAACAUGUUAUUUGGUACAGUUUAUUCUAAUAGUCACUAGCACACAUUGUGACUAACCACUGCAACUCAUGAGUUGCUUAGAAUAUAUUCUCAGGAUGGAAUACAGUGUCUGUCAUUGCAGCACAACAUGACUGGCUCUUGCGUUGUACUGAUAUCAUUAAUUGAUUCACAUCACUUCACUGCACCUUCUGAGGGCCUUCUCACCUGUAGAAAUGGCCAGAAAUUGCUCCCAAACUUGUGUGGUCAGGAGAGCUCUCUCCUGGUUGUACAUAAAGCAUUUGAGACAAACGAGCUACAGCCUUGAAAUCCUCCAGUUGGGUAGGAAAGUCCACCCCCUGCAGAGGUUCCGUGGACCAAGAGGGUUCACUGUGGGAAGGGGCUUCCCCCUCAACCAUCUUUGUAUAUGCUGCCUCAUCAUUUGCAGGCCUCCCCUAUCCCUUGGCUGCCUCGGACAGCUUUGCACAGCCAGCAGAAGUCUGCACAGAAAUUUGCCAUUUACGGCUGUUAAUUAUUGAGCCUCCAUGAUUUCUGGUUGCAAAUGCUUCCUGUCGCGGGAUGAGGUCCUAGUGGAAACUUGUCCGGACCUCACAGAGCUGUCAUUUCAGGAGUUUGGGUGGUGUGUGUCUGUGUGUGGGAGCAACAGAUGGGCUAGCAUUAGUCAGGAAUGCUCCUCCAGCUUGGAUUUUAUUCUGAACAGGGGGAAAAAAAUGAAUUUGCAAUGCUUGUAUCUUCAUUGAGCUGAGCUUUUCAAGGCCCUGAAGCUCUCAUCCAGGCCAGACUCUAGAGAACUUCAUCAGCAUCUGUACAUUUCUGUGUCUGUUGACACUGGUCAUAUUGUUCAUUCAACAAUAUUUUUAUUGUGUCACCAACUGUGCUAUUACCCCUUCACCUUCUUUUUAGGCUGGUAGGAUGGUGGGGUCAUGACUUCAAAACCCGGUUUCUCAUGGAAAACAGUAUGUAUAUUUCAUAUUCAGUUUUAUGUAAGGAUUUAUUUUAUGGUUUAUAUAGAUUGUAUAAUCAGAUUCUUUCCCCCCAACCAUAAAAAGAAGAACAAACAAUGACCAAGAAGGCCACAUUCCUACUUCUGAUUUAACAGGCCUUUGCAGAGCGAAGUUUUAUGUCAUUUUUUGAGUUGCUGUACUUUACAGCCUGGUGACUCAAUAUUAAAAUGUUUUUAAGAUGCUAUAUCAUUUUGCUAUGUUGUGAUUUGCUGAGCUGAAAGGCUUUUGUAAUAGUGAGUAACAAUUAUUCCUUGUCCCACAAAUCCCUGGGCCAGAAAUAGAGAAGGCCAAGAACAUGUCAGAUAUAUAUAUUAUUUCCAACGACUUAACAUGUACUAGAGCAUAAACUUCUGCCUGUUUCACGGCAACAGGGAUGGCAAAGAAAGCUUCUUUUGCCGCUUCUAUUGCACUCUCAAGUAGCUGUCCAGCAGAGUUUUUCUGAGUGGUGAGAGGUUUGUUAACAUCUCUCCUGAUAAAUGGGAUGUUGGCGCCCCCUGAAGAUUGCUGUGACAUGUUUGCUAAGCACUUGAAUUAUAAAAGUAUUAAUCUUCACAAGAACUUGAAUGUUCUGGUUGUGGCAGGUACAAAUGAAGUGUCCAACACACCACCUGGUCACAUUUUAUGGGAUCAGUUUCAUUUUUUGAGGCCUGAAAAUGUGAACAAGGUGGUUGCAGCUGUCAGCCUUCUUGAUUUGCUCACUUUGCCUAAUAAAGGCGAGCUGGGUGUGGUCAGGUGGGUCUAGGGUGUGGUGAAUGUCUCACUGUGUGAAGGAAAAGGAUAUACUGCCGUGAAGAAGAAGAUGGUAUUGCACCUACUCCUUAAAAACCGAUGUUGGACUGAAAGGCUUUUGACAGCUACCACCUGAUUGCUAAUACUUUUUUUUUGAGGAAGGUGCUUCAGCUGCAGCAACUCUUGGAAGAUACUGAUUCUCUUUAUCCUUCCCAGGAUAGGUUCAGGCCCAUUUCAUGGACUGAAUCAUAAUCUGUUGCCCCAUUGACCUUUAUGGAGAGGUGGAGGGGUAGGACUGCAACCCUGUGGCUUCCACUCAAUAUUUUGGCUAGUUUUGAUAUAAUGAACUAUGGUGUUUUAUUAGGCUGUCUCUGUGGGAAAGAGUUGAGAGGCUCUGUUUUGCAACAGUUCUGCUCCUACCUAUGGCAGGAUCCAGAGAGCAUAAGGUGAUUAUACCAUGAAUCCCUGGAGUUCUGCCAUAGGGAACCAUUUCAUUGCCAAAGCUAGUUUAACUUUCAAUAUGAAGCUGUUGGGAGCAGUUAUGUAGAGAUUUGGAGCCUGAUGUCAUCAAUAUGUGAAGUUGAUAAUGCUUAGCUAUAUUUCUCUAAUUUUGGGGGGGGGGAGGGGGGCAUGCAGGUCCUAACCAACGCUGUAUGCAUUGUAUGUAUGAUGCCUGUAUGCCUUGGUACACUGGAUGAGGGCUAACAAAACCAAAAGUACUUUCUGACAAGAUGGAAGCCCUGUGAGUGAUUGGUUCUUCGUUCUGGGAACAAACAAAAGCUAGGGAUCUAAUAGAAUGUGUUCAUCUUGCAGAAUUGCAACUGAGCCCUGGCAUCAAUGGAUUUCGACUAUCAAACCCUUCGAUUUUAUUGGUGUGCGCCCUCCAUGCUAGUUUAGAGGUGAGCAAUUACAUUUUCAUGACAGAUCAAGUACAAACAAAUGAAGCAAUUUGUGUAGUAUUAACCUACAUUGCGUCCUAUACAGCAGUUAAACAAAAAGUCUGGUUGAAGACUAAUGUAAUAUAAAAAGGAUGAUCUCACUGCUAUGAAUAUACUGCCAGCCUUAACAUCUGCUUGUAGCAUACCAGUGAAGAGAACACUGGAAUUCUUGCCUGGUUGCUGCCUCUACCAUGGUUUCAAACAAAAUGCCACUCCUUCCCUUCCCCAGAGUGGCUGGAGAAACCCAGCCAUAUGGUCAGGGUAAUAAUAAUAAUAAUAACUUGCUUGGAGGAGGAGAAAGCAGAAGUAGCAUCUUGAUGGAAUGCUAGAGACAGGCAUUAAUUUUAAAACAAAGCUGAAGUAUGUUCUAGCACCAUGAAUUCUUUUUUUAAAAUAAUGAACCUGUCUUCAGCUAGUUGUCACUUAUACUAAAGCAGCACUUGUGUGUUCACAUGUGGAUUUUUAUUUUUUUGGCAAGAAAUCAAGAGGUCAGAUAGGUGUCGUAUACAGCUACUAGUGAGCUGAAAGUCCCUUAAGGAUGUUUUCCCAGUGAAAAUAGGGUGGCGCUGUAGGCAAAGAGAAAGAAGAAAAUACAGAAGUAAGGGGGGGAUUGGUGCAUUGGGAUUUUCUAGGAAAAGUAGUAGCAGUGCCCCUUCCCCUCUUCUUGCUUUAUAAAAUAAUUUUGCUGCUGCUGCCAGUAGUAGAUGUCACCGUCCCCUCUCCCCCAACAGUAUCCUAGUACAUUGUACCAGGCAAGGAAUGUGCUGAGGUUAAAAGCAACAAAAAAGGUUUUUAUGGGUAUGUUCGUAGCAAAAGGAAGAACAAAGAAACAGUGGGGUCACUCAGAGGAGAAGAUGGUGAAAUGCAAACAGGGGACACAGAAAGGGCUGAACUCCUCAAUGCCUUCUUUGCCUCAGUCUUCUCCAAUAAAGAAAACAGUGCCCGACCUGAAGAAUUUGGAGCAAAUGAUUCAGCAAAGGAAACACAGCCCAGAAUAACUAAGGAGAUAGUACAAGAAUACUUGGCUAGUUUAGAUGUAUUCAAGUCUCCAGGGCCAGAUGAACUGCAUCCAAGAGUAUUAAAAGAACUGGCAGAUGUGAUCUCAGAACCACUGGCAGUCAUCUUUGAGAAUUCCUGGAGAACAGGCGAAGUCCCGGCAGACUGGAGGAGGGCAAAUGUUGUCCCUAUUUUCAAAAAGGGGAAAAGAGAGGACCCAAAUAAUUACCGCCCAGUCAGUCUGACAUCAAUACCAGGGAAGAUUCUGGAGCAGAUCAUUAAGCAAACAGUCUGUGAGCACCUAGAAAGGAAUGCUGUGAUCACCAAUAGUCAGCAUGGAUUUCUGAAAAAUAAGUCAUGUCAGACUAACCUGAUCUGUUUUUUGACAGAAUUACAAGCCUGGUAGAUGAAGGGAACGCAGUGGAUGUAGCCUACCUUGAUUUCAGCAAGGCAUUUGACAAGGUGCCCCAUGAUAUUCUUGUAAAGAAGCUGGUAAAAUGCGGUCUUGACUAUGCUACCACUCAGUGGAUUUGUAACUGGCUUACUGACCAAACCCAAAGGGUGCUCAUCAAUGGUUCCUCUUCAUCCUGGAGAAGAGUGACUAGUGGGGUGCCACAGGGUUCUGUCUUGGGCCCGGUCUUAUUCAACAUCUUUAUCAACGACUUGGAUGAUGGACUCAAGGGCAUCCUGAUCAAAUUUGCAGAUGACACUAAAUUGGGAGGGGUGGCUAACACCCCAGAGGACAGGAUCACACUUCAAAAUGACCUUGACAGAUUAGAGAACUGGGCAAAAACAAACAAGAUGAAUUUUAACAGGGAGAAAUGUAAAGUAUUGCACUUGGGCAAAAAAUGAGAGGCACAAAUACAAGAUGGGGACACCUGGCUUGAGAGCAGUACAUGUGAAAAGGAUCUAGGAGUCUUGGUUGACCACAAACUUGACAUGAGCCAACAGUGUGAUGCGGCAGCUAAAAAGCCAAUGCAAUUCUGGGCUGCAUCAAUAGGAGUAUAGCAUCUAGAUCAAGGGAAGUAAUAGUGCCACUGUAUUCUGCUCUGGUCAGACCUCACCUGGAGUACUGUGUCCAGUUCUGGGCACCACAGUUCAAGAAGGACACUGACAAACUGGAACGUGUCCAGAGGAGGGCAACCAAAAUGGUCAAAGGCCUGGAAACGAUGCCUUAUGAGGAAUGGCUAAGGGAGCUGGGCAUGUUUAGCCUGGAGAAGAGGAGGUUAAGGGGUGAUAUGAUAGCCAUGUUCAAAUAUAUAAAAGGAUGUCACAUAGAGGAGGGAGAAAAGUUGUUUUCUGCUGCUCCAGAGAAGCGGACACGGAGCAAUGGAUCCAAACUACAAGAAAGAAGAUUCCACCUAAACAUUAGAAAGAACUUCCUGACAGUAAGAGCUGUUCGACAGUGGAAUUUGCUGCCAAGGAGUGUGGUGGAGUCUCCUUCUUUGGAGGUCUUUAAGCAGAGGCUUGACAACCAUAUGUCAGGAGUGCUCUGAUGGUGUUUCCUGCUUGGCAGGGGGUUGGACUCGAUGGCCCUUGUGGUCUCUUCCAACUCUAUGAUUCUAUGAUUCUAUGUCUGGUUUGUCAUUGCUUUCAGUGGCAACAAAAGUACAGUAUGUUUAAAGUUAAGAAAUUGUAUGGAGAGGGUGGGUGUGCUGCCAACAUCACUUUUCACAGUAAGUCCCUUUCUCCUGAAAAUAGUUAUUUUAUGCCCAAUGGAGAAAAAUAGCCAAAACAGUCCCAACUUUCACAGCUGUGAAUGGGCAUUCAAAAUAUUCAUCUCAGCCUUAUGGGGCUGACUUACAAAUAUUAAUUUGAACUAGCCAUAUCUUGGAUCACAACCAUCUGCUCUUCCUUAACAUCACUUAAUUUUGAAUGUUUUACACUACUAGACACAGAGUGCCAAGUCACUAGGUCAUUUUCCCCAUUCUUAUAAUGGCUACAAAGUAAGACUGCUUCAUCUCAUAAAAUUUCCAGGGUCAUUUUCACUUGCAUUUCAAGAUACCUUUAUAUUUUUUCUGUUCAUUGCUUAGCAGACUGACCUGGACUAUGUACCAAAAGUCAGAUGUUUGUAUCUUGACAUACAUCUAGCAGUCACCCAUAAUGUAGAAUAAGAUCUUAUGGCUCCCUUGCUUGAUUUAUCAGUUGAUGCACAGGAGAACAAAAUGAAGGUAGAUGCGAAAUUUAAAUGUGUUAUAAAAGUUUCGCUUGUGAAUCUGCAAGGUUUCUACAAGGAAGUAAAGUGCGCAUCCAAUACAGAUACAAUGGAAAUAGAUAAUGUAUCUUGGAACAAUAUUUGAGAUAGGGAAUCGUUAUUGUCCCAACUUCCUUCUCAUAUGUGAGUUCCUAAGGGGGAAAAUAUUUUCUCAGAGCUUAAAAGAGAGACUUCUAUCAAUUGUCAUUUCCAUGCACAGAAUGUCUAGUGUUCUGUGAUGAUUCCUGGAAUUGGCUUGUUUGUAGAAAACCAUCAGCAAUCUUCAGGAUGGGAUUAUAUAAUGAUGUUGACUCAUAAUGCCACUUACAUGCUGAUUUCUGUCAGAUGCUAAUUUAGUGCAUGCAUAUUUGAAUGAAAAAUAAUAUUUUAUAACUUUCUGUAACCUGCAACAUUCAAAGUUUUUAAAACAUACUUGUAUUCAUUGCAGCCUUUAGUUGUCUGUUAGGGACGUUCUGAAUCCAUCUGGGGGAAAAAUAAUUUUCUAAAUGCUAUCAUCAGUCCUAAAUAAAUAAAGCCAGAGAAUUAUCAGUAAUUUUACUGUUUGCUUUUCCUGCUCUGAAAAAUUGCAAAGGGCCACGGCAAUACUUUUUCUUCUGUUUGGCAAUUCAUUUUGUUUGUCCUUAAACAUCUCUUGUAUUUUUGUAAACUUUAUGUGACCUUAGAGAUGCUUCUCCGCUCUGACCCAGAUGGUGCUGUUCAUAAGGGGGAGGGGGAGCAGCCAUUUAGCCCACGGCAGGGGGUCAAAGGCAAUGAGAGCUCAUCAGUUUCUAUGGACUUGCCUUUUUGCGCCUGUGUUCCUCUUUUGGCACAGUCAGGAUUCCCUUGUGCUAAUUGCUGUAGUACAGUGAAAUAGAAUGUGUAUCUGGCAAGAGAUGGCUUGCAAAAUUGUUUCCCAUCUUGCUCUGGGAUGCAUUAAACAGAGGGUACAGCUUCUAAAGAAAAUACUAAGCAAUGUAAGUGUAAAUGCACAGCAAGGACAAUCUCUUGCCUUUUGCGAGGGGAGAAGGUUUGUUGUGGGGACAUUAUUCCUGGCAGCAUUCCCACACCCCUUGCAAAAUCACAAGUGAAUAGACUUUAUAUGGCCUAAUCUUGCAGAAGAAACCCUAAGUUUCUGCAACCGUAGGCAGCUUCUACAUAAAGGCACACAAUAUUUUUACCCCCUUGUGCAUCCCCAAGUCUCAGUGCCAUUAAACUGGUGGCAUUCUUAUUCUCAAGGCCACCCUCCAAGCAGUGUAGGGUACAAGUUCCAAAAAAACAAUCGCCUUAUGCUGUUCCUAGGGAAGAGGGAGAAAUUCAGUUCAGUUCACAUUUAAAGGCAAACCUGCCUAACUGCCUUCCGAAACAAUAUUCAAACUGGAACAUGGCCAUCCUUGAAAUUCACUCUUCUCCAAAUUUUGCAGCACAGUUCUUCAGCUAAGGAAUGUAUAUGCAAAAAAAUGCAUGUAGUAGAGUCAAGUGUGCAUAAAAAUGUAAACUUUAGCAAAAAUAAGAGAAAAUGUGUUAGAUUAGGGGAAACUGCUUUGGAAGAUGUUUAUAUUAGGCAGGAUUGCUUACAUUGAGUAUAUUAGGUAGAAAUUCACACUACAAUUUUGGUGAAUUUUCAUGACAUUUAAAGAAAAAAUUCAGAGUGAUGUGACAAUGUGUAGAAAUGAAUUUAAGAUUGGAAAAAUAAGAAACAGAGAAGAACAUAAACUGAAAGAUUCUCCCAUCCCUAGUCGUUCCUUUCUAGGGAUGAGUCUGUUCUUCCUUGGAACUACAGCAAUCAGAUUGAAACAACAAUUUCAUUAGAUGAUAAUGAAAAGAUCUUUACUUGGUGCCAAAAAAUAGAACAGACUUAGAACCAGGAAAAUCUCCCUAGGAUAGCACCACCAAGAAGCCGCUAUCACCAGUCAUUACCCAUCUCGCAUCAGCCAAAACGGGGACCAGAAGAAGGGACUUUAAAUAUAGCUGUACUAUGAGGAUAACAUUUCUGACCUAGUUUGCAUUGCUCUUAUAAGGAUUACUGAGAGAAAACAUUUUUCUCCUGAGCACAGCAUCUGCAUAUUGUGGACAGCUUGAGAAUGAAACUCACGACAGCAUUCAUACAUUUAUGUUCACAAAUGUUCUUCCCAACCAUAUGAGUGCUCUUGUGCACUCAGGUGCAGAUAUAUCUACUUUCAUUAAAAUGACUGGCUUUAUUUCUGGUACUAAGUUUUUAUCUUACAAUACUCAAAAGUCACUUUUUGCAAAGCUAAAGUAGAUCAUAGGAUAUAGGCUUUGUAGAGAAGGAUGCAGUUUAUAUUUGUCUGGGCUCUCUUUGUUUUGCUGCAAUGAUGUAGUUGUCUGUUUUUAUUUUAAAUAUAGGUAUUUGGUCAAACUACAAUGAAACUCCUGAGAAGGAAAUCCAUUCUUCUGACUGGUUACUUGGAAUAUUUGAUAAAGCAUUACUAUAGUGAAGAUACAAAUGACCCUGAGCAGCCCUUUGUAAGAAUAAUCACACCUUCCCAAAUUGAAGAAAGAGGAUGCCAGCUCACACUGGUCUUCUCAGUUCCAAUUAAGGAUAUUUUUAAAGAGUUGGAAAAAAGAGGUGUCGCUGUAAGUAACCAAGGCUUCACAUUGCUUUAUUUAACAAAGAUAGUGGGCUCUGUGAUAAUUCUAGAAUUGCUUCUAUUCACCGCUGCUUAGGUCAGAAGGAAGAGGGGGAAUCAGAAUACUGAUAUGGUUCUUCAAAACACAUUAAUUGGUUUAUAGUGGUGUUAUUAUGUUUGCCCUGGGGGACAAACAAAAUAAAAUAUAUAAGGUGAUACCGUUAUUGUAGACUUCCACAGCAAAAAUAAAUGCAUGCAUGCAAGAAAAGGUAUCACUUGACUAUCUUGAGCAUUUUAAGGCUUAAUUCAAAUCACUUUUGAAGCUGUCUAUAUUGUAUUGGACUUAUAGUAGUGGCACUGAUUAACUGAGCUGGUGUGAUGGCCCGGAACGCUCACAGAACUAAACAGUUCGCAGCUUCUGGAAGAGAACAGAAAGUUGCCAGUUGGGCUAGGAUUAAAAUCUUGCACAGGAAUAGAUUAAAAGACUGGGGAGAGGUCCCAAACAGGAACUGUAGAGGUGAGGAGGCUGAAGGUAGAAUGCAGAAGAGUGAGUAAUGGGCUGAAUAGUUAGAAGAGAGUGUAGUUCAAAAGGAGUUGAGAGUAGAAGACAGAGGAAAUGGAAAACUGAGGCAAGAAGGGACUAGUUGGAGAAAAGGAUCUGAAGCAAAUCCACAGCAUUAAGAUUAAGAGGAGUUGUGUGCUAUGGAAGGGGAAACUAAACUGUGAAGGCGUCUGACCAGGAAAGAGGGGCCCCCGCUUGUCACCUUCCUCAUAUCUUUCUAGCCACUGACAAAACAAAAGUGAGAUGUUUUUACAAUCUACUAGAAAUGGCUUCUUAACAUAUCAUUUGAAAGGGUGGUAUGUGCCUAGGUGUUUCAAUAAAAUGCUGCCAUGACAGUCUCUCAGCUGUUAGUUAUUUGUAAGAUAAUGUAAUGCACAAAGUCAGAGGCAGCUUCCCUGACCUGACCUACUUUAUCAUUCUUGCUCUCCACUGCCACUAUAUUUCCCACCCACAAUCCCUUUUCCUCACAAGAAUUCUCAGAAUCCCAGAGCACCAACAUUCUAGAACAGCAGGUCUUUGGGGGCCGCCACCACAAUUCCCUUUUCUUUUAAGAAACCAGUCCUGAAAAUCAGUAUUAACUGAUUAGACACAUGACUAUUAGUUUCCUACACCUUCCCUGUGUAGGAAAUGACAAUCUGGGCUCCUAAAGCAAUGGGAUUUCUUAUUCCUUUAUUUCUGCAUUGGUCCUUGUCCUCUGGCAUAGGGUGUGACUAUGCCAGAGCUCAGAGGUCUCUGAAAACAUUCUGAUGCAUAUAGCAACUAGUUUCCAAAUAUCACAUAAUAACUCAUUUGUAUUAAUUUCUCUUCCCCUUGUCCCCCUGAUUUUUCAGCUUGGAAUGGCAAAACAUGAAUUAGUAUCUACCUUCCCUUCUAAAAAAAGGCUUAUUGUGAUUUUAACAUCCCAACCCUACACUUAGUUACAUAGCAGCAAGCCACAUUAAACAUGAGACAUACUUCUUUGAGUAAACAUAUAUAGAAUUGCACUGUAAAAUAUACCAUGGAAAAAUCAAUACCAAGAACCCUAGCUCUCCAUCUUUCCCCUCUAUUCUCAGUUUAUAUGGGCCAGAAAUGGAGGAAAGCAUUGCAUUUGGCCAGCAUUGUAACAGGAGCACAAACUUUAUGUUAGCUUUGCUGCUUUUGGAGUUUGGCAAACAAAUAUGAAGCUAUAUUAAUUUGCUAGAUGUUUAUUGGCUGUUUUGCAGUGUGACAUUCGGGAACCCAAUGCUCUCCGUGUUGCCCCAGUUCCUCUCUACAAUUCUUUCCAUGACGUGCACAGAUUUAUUGAAAUCCUGGGAUCUGCAAUGGCAUCUGUAAAGCAAAGAACAAACACGGCAGCACUUUCCUGAUCUUACUGACAGUGCAGCUAUACUUUUUAAUCUCUUACUAAGAUGCAUCAAUGCUUCUGAGCAAUUUUUGUUUGUUUGUUUGUUUCUCUUGGGCUGGGCUAUAUGUAUUCCACCCAUUUGCCCCAAAAGAUUAAUUUUGCUUGGAUAGUUAUUUACAAUAGAUACACUUUUUAUUAAAACUCAUUAUUUCUACUUAUUUGGGCUCCAUAAAUUAAUAUGCUUUAUGUAUUUUAAUAGGGUUAGUCUUUAGCAUUCUAGAUACUUUCUUCAUUUAGAUAAUUCUGGUUUACUUCUGACAGGCGAAACAGAAAGACAGCUGCAAACCUAAUCUUUGUCUAAUGUCACUGUGUGGAAUAAGGCACUAUAUACAACUCUGUGGAUAUAACCUGCAUUGGAUUUUAAGCACAAUUUCUAUUAAAGGGAAUUUUAAUUUGCGCUGAAAUUGUAUUCAUAAACAUCUAAGUAGAAUUUAAGAAUUCACAAAUGACUUAAGUUUUAGACAUCUCAACUUUUGUUUAAAUGUAUUUAGCGUUUCUCACAAACCUUCUGCUGAGUUGCUUUGCUCACUUAUAGCCGUUUAUGAAGGAUUUACAGCUCCCCUGGAUACCCAGGCAAAAUAAUGACCCAGAAGCCUGCUUCUUUAGAAGAACAGAUCCAGGGGGAUCCUGAUCUAUAUCUAUUUGGGCUCUUGUGGUCAUCAAGGUAUAUGUGUUGACAUCGUACCUCUGACAUUGGUUUUAAAAGAAUGCCAAUCUUCUGGAAUGCUGAGGCAUCAUACUGUUUUGUUCUUCAACGUGCUCAUUGAUUGUGAAACACUUCCAUUAAGCAAGUGGGGCUUGACUCCUAAUUCAGUGUAGAAUCAUAGGCUUAUCUUGUAAGUGCACCAGAUGUGGUAUGAUUGAGGCAAAUGUAUGCUUCUUAGUAAACUGUCACUGUAAUCCACCACCAUAUCCGUCUAAUCACUGGGCCAUCUGAAAAAUAUUUAGACAUUAUGCUGUCUGAAUAUGUAAGGAGCAGCAAGAGACCAACAUUUUGUACAUCAACCAUCAGUGUAUAUUGCACCAAACUCACUUUAUCCCACUGUAACAAACUUUGCAUUAAUCUUGUACUUCAGGGGUUCCCCCUCCCCCAAUAUGUUGCAUAUGGGGAACUAUAAUCUAUAAAGUAUACAUUUUGUAUGAGAGAAAUAUGGCAAAAUGAGCUGAGUGUGAAGACAAAGGAAAGAUGGAGAGCACAGUUCUGGUAAGUCUUGGUGACAUGGUAUCUAGAUAGCUGGUGAUUCUUUAGUCCUUUUUAAUACGUUUUUUCUGAACGCUUACUGGAUAUUCAUAAAAAUUAUCUGGGUUUGUGUUUGAAUUCAGCCAUGAUGCUAUAGCCAGUUCUGAAUGGAUGUAUUUGUAUAAGACAGCUCUCUGCCAAUACUUAAUUUACAUGGGUAUUCUUACAACAUUUUCAGUGUACUGCUGAUACCAUGUGUGAAUAAGCCCCAGGAAGCCUAUGAUAACUUACUGUGCUGUAUAACAUUCCAUAUAUGCCACUUAUUAAAUAAUGAGGAAAAUGAGGACUUUAAAGAGUAACUUUUAAAAAGCAAACUUUUUUUUUUUUUUGCAGAAUUGUAACUCUGGAAAUUUGCAUUUUUAGUUACAGCAGGUAGUAAAGUCAAACCAAUGGAGAAUAACAAUAACGUCUGCCUUCUGCAUUGUUUUUGCUGCAUUAGCAGCACUGAACUGGCCCCUCCAGGACACAAGCCUGGGCAGUGUGUUUGGAGGUCCUGGGCUGUUCAGAUAACAAGACCCACCCCCCUCGGCCUUGCUGAUGUGGUCCACAGGAAUAAAUUUGGUACCAGCUUGGCUGCAGGAGUUGCCAGAAGGAAGUGUAUAAGACACCAUCCAACCAUCUUAGGGAGUCCACUCUGGAUUUGUGUAACUCCUUAGCCUUUUAUUCUCCUGAAGAUGUCCCACAAAGCAGUGGGUACAGAUUUUUCCUUGGGGUUUACUCCUGAAGCAGGGAUGCGGGUGGCGCUGUGGUGUAAACCACUGAGCCUCUUGGGCUUGUUGAUCAGAAGGUCGCGGUUUGAAUCUGUACGAUGGAGUGAGCUCCCAUUGCUCUGUCCCAGCUUCUGUCAACCUAGCAAUUAGAAAGCAUGCUAGUGCAAGCAGAUAAAUAGGUACCCGCUGCGGCGGGAAGGUAAACACCAUUUACGUGCGCUCUGGCUUCUGUCACGGUGUUCUGUUGUGCCAGAAGUGGAAAGUUGUCUGUAGACAAAUGCUGGCUCCCUCGGCCUGAAGCGAGAUGAGCGCUGCACCCCAUGGUUGCCUUUGACUGGACUUAACUGUCCAGGGGUCCUUUACCUUACUUUUACUUACCUUACUCCUGAAGCCUUCCUCACAAAUGAGUAUAGCUGCAAGGCAGCAGAGGUUUAAGAUCAGAGUUUUCAUUCUCCUAGCUGGGCUACCUUCCCAGGUUGGUGAGCCCCAUCUGCCCACAUUUCCGUCUGCAACAUGCACUGUAACCAACUUCUUUUACCAUUUGUCCCACUACUGGUCUCAUCCACUCAAUCCGCCAGAUUCAUAUGCAGGGGAAGUCCCUAAUUCACCAAGAGUUUGAGACCCAUCGGCUACCCUCACCUGGUUUAACCAGCCAGCCAAAGCCAUUUCCUGGGGUGUAACAGCUUCUAGGAUCCACAGGUGAGAGCUGAGUGCAGGGUGGGGACCAAAGGUGGUCAAACUAGCCCAGAAGGAGCAUGAUGUCUCCUCCACCAGAAGUACUACCCCUCCCCUAACACCCCAUACACCCCAGAAACAGUGUACAGUACAGUAAGACAAAAUACAAAAGAUUAGACUCUAAAACUCAAUAAAAUCAUUUAUAUAGUUCUAC